AUGCCUCCCGCCGAGAUCAUCAGCGGCAAGGCCGUUUCUGAGUAGGUCGCCGCCGCCGCCCCCUCGGGGCUUUGGGGAGGGCCGGGCUUUGCGCGCGGGGAGGCGGGCAAGCGGGAAGGAAGGAGACGCGUGUAUGCAUCGCUCUCGGGGCCUGCUAGGGCGCACCUGGACUCGGGUCGCCGGGGCUGCAAGUGGGGGGAGGUGUAUUGCGCCCCACUUCUCCAAGAGGGCCAGACCCCUCUUUAGGAUGAAGGAUACCGGGUUUGCUGCGCGCUCCAGCGCGCGUCCGGACAGGAGUCGCCCGCCUGGAGUUCUGCGGGACUUGCGCGCCACUUGGCGUAGAUUUCACCAGGUUGGUGGAAUGGUAGAGUUGGAAGGGACCACGGGGAUCAGCUGCGCUUUUUCCCAGCGGGGGACUCGAACCCACGACCGUGAGGUUAAGAGCUUGGAAGGAGGGAGCCCUCCCACGCAGACUCCCCCAAAGCCACGUGCCGUUUCCCUUCGCUUCCAUCCAACUUAUUCGUUGUUGCAUGAAGUUGCCGUUCGUUUUAACUUUAAAUAAAAAUCGCCCGCCUUCCUCCCAUCGCCUGGAGGCCAAAGGUGUGUCCUGUGCCCGGUUUCCAGGUGGUCUCCCAUCCAGGCACGGGCCAGACUGGGCGCUGCUGAGUCUCUGCAAGCUGGCGGCGUCAUGAGACUGUAAAUCGAACCCGAGACCGGCCUUUUCCGCCAGGGCAGGGCUAGCCUCCCUUGGCUCUCUCCAGCUGCUGUUGGGCUGGCAACUCAGAUCAGCCCCAGCCAGCAUGGCCAGUCGUCAGGGAUAGAUCAGUCGCUAGAGCAUAGAACCAAAGAAUUGUCGAGUUGGAAGGGACCCUGAGGGUCAUCCAGUCCAACCCCCUGCAACACAGGAAUAUGCAGCUGCCCCAUGCAAGAAUCGAACCUGCAACCUUGGCAUUAUCAGCACCAUGCUCUAACCAACUGAGCUAUGAGGCUCUUUAAUUUCAGGGUCAUUGGUUCAAGCAAGAGAUUUCUGCAUUGCAGGGGGUUAGACUAGAUGACCGUCGUGGUCCCUUCCAACCCUACAAUUCUAUGAUUUUACCCCUGCACCCUGAGGGUUGCAUUCCAUUCUGGGCAACGUUUUAUUCUUUACUAUUAUCAUUAUAUAUUUAUUUACUUGCAAGGAAGGUGGCUUACAAACAAAAAUAAGAACUGCUAAAAACUUAAGUGCAGGGACAACAAUCAGAAUUUAAACUAUAUGCAUAGAUAAAAUACCUUAAAAACAUACGGGUAACUGCAAUUAAAGCAGCACGGCACCAACCCUUUCUUUAAAAGCAGUCCGUUCCCGGAACGUUAAGGUGGGAGGACAGCAAGGAGGGAGCGAGUCGAGCUUCUCGAGGGAGGGAGUUUGGGAGCUGCCACCACUGAGAAGGCCCUGUCCUGCAACCCCCACCAAGAAUGCCCAUGAGGGUGGUGGGAUGGAGACAAUAGAUCAAAGCCAGCACUUUGAACGAUGCCCAGGUAUAGAUUGGUACCCGGUGGAGCUGUCGUACAAAGGGAGCCAUUAUGCUCCCUGUAGCCUUUGGGGAGCCAUGCCUCAGUGCUGUGCAAGGAGGAAGGCAAAAGUGGCCAGAGCAGCGAAUGCGAAUGCUGCCUUUCCACAGCAGGAGAGCUUCUCAGCAUGUGCUCCUGCACCCUGUCUCUGUUCUCCAUCUACACAAAAAAGUAAUACAGUGGACGCUUGGGUUGCGAAUGUGAUCUGUGCGGGAGGCACGUUCACAACCCGCAGCGCUGUGUCUGCGGGUUGCGAUUCGGCAUUUCUGCGCAUGCGCAAAGUGAGGUUUAGCAUGCGCGAGCGCUCAAACUCGGAAGUAACCCAUUCCGGUACUUCCGGGUUUGGCACGGUACACAACCCGAAAACACCCAAUCUGAAGCGUCUGUAACCUGAGGUAUGACUGUAUUAUCAGACUUCGAGAGGACACAUUGCAGCCUGGCAGAAAUACUGGGACAGGACCAGGGAGGAGGGCUGUGGCCUGCAGAGAUUUCCAAGGGAAUUGUCUCCUGUCUCCCUUUAUUGCUCUGCUGGCUUAAUAUUAACCCAGCGGCUGGUCCGUGACUGAUUAACAUUUGAUUCCUUGAUCCUGAAAUCAUAUGUGUGUGUCUUAAACUAUGUCCUCUUUUGAAACCUUUGCUUUUAAAGCUUACUUUUUUCCAGGGGCCUGGCUGAAGAAGCUGCUUUUAGUUUUAUUCCUCUGUCAUUGUACCUGCAUGCUGCACAAAACAAAACAAAAAACCUCACCUGUUAGAUUUCUGCCUGCGCCCAGGAGGCUUGUUAGACCUCUUUGCAGCAUGAGAGCAGAAGCUGCCUCCCUUGUUCCGUCCGUGCGAGAUUUUCUGCUUUUGCAAAAGACUGCUCCCUUCCUCUCCUCUCCCCAAGCUGCCCCAGAGGGUUGGGGGAAAUCUUGAAAUCCUUGUGCUGUUGAAAUGAUGGGGUCAGUGUUAUAUUGGAUUCCACCAUGAGUGUUGCCAUAGACUCGCAGCCUCUUUUCUGAAGCUCAUCACUACCCUUGUGUGCAACGGUGCAUUGGAGCUGAAAAUUAUGCAAACCGUGGGAUGCUGUCUUCAGUCCAAGCCAGCAUGACCAGUGGUCAGGGAUGAUGGGAACUAUAGUCCAGCAACAUCUGCAAGGCCACAGGUUCCCAGUCCUUUAUAUAUGUGCUCAGCUCCCAUCAUCCCUGACCAUUGGCAAUUUAUUGAUUUGUUAAUUGGACAUAUACGUCCCUAGGCAAUUUGCAGGCAGGGAGCUGUAGUUUAGUUUAAGGGUGCUGGGAAUUAUAGUUCAGCGAGAGGUAAACUACAGUUCCCAUGAUUAUUCAGGGGCAAGUCAUUGGCUUUAAAUGUGUAGCGCGUAUGCAACCAGAGCUGAUGGCUGAGCGAUGCAGACUGCUUUAAUUUAGUGGCACUUCUUUCAUUACUGCCGCUGAAUCCAUACAGGUUGACCUUCAUGUGUCAAUUUUGCAUUGGAAGCAGAUAAUUGGCAUCUGAUCCAGCUGCCUUUCCCUUCUCCCCCCUCCCCCAGCUCACCACCCAAUUGCACAAUUUUAACACAGCGCUAGAAGUGGAAAGACAAGGGAGCCAGCAAAGCAAACAACUUCAGGCAAGAGCAUUGCACUACAGGAUCUGGGCCUACAUGAAAUUUAACCAGGGAGCCUUUGUAGUUUCAUCUGGUUGAACUUGCAAGCCUGUGGAAUGCCUUAGACCUUUAUUUGUGAGGUUCCUUCAUUCCUGCAGCAACGUAUGCCCUUUCCCCCUUUCCUGGUUCCCGAUGUGAAUCUGUUCUUUACAGGGGUGGGGAACCGGUGGUCCACAAGAAGUUCCCGUACUCUAGCUCCCGCAAUCUCCAUCCAUUGGCCAUGGGACUGAUGUGAGAGUUGAGCCCAACAACAUCUGGAGGGCCACAGGCCAGGCUUCCUCAACCUAUGGACCGCCAUAUGUUUUUUUGGCCUACAACUCCCAUGAUCCCUAGCUAGCAGGACCAGUGGUCAGGGAUGCUGGGAAUUGUAGUCUCACGGGCCGAGUUUGAGGAAGCCUGCCAUAGGCUCCCCAUCUGAUUUAUAAUAAGCACAGUGUCUUCUUGGUGGCGUUGAUUUACUGGGGCAUCAGCUUUUGUGAAUUAGAGCCUAGACUUCAUCCGAUAUGUAAAGUGGACAUUAGUUCAUGGAAGUUGAUGCUGAAAUACGGUUGCUAGUCUUUCAGCUGCCCCUAGAUUCUCUAUUUUUUAAAAAAAGUUUAAAUUGAAUUUUGCAAACAAAACAGACAUUUUACAUACCAUUAAAUAUUCAGCAAGGACUUCCCUCCCACUCCUUCCUUGGUUAACGGUGACACAGAGCGUUCAUGACGUCAGAAUAUUCUUCACAACUGUGAGCAGGGCAGUGGGGUGGGGGUAAGUGAAGACAAGCGACGACAAUUAACUACAACGUUGUUUACCACUCUUGUUCAGGCUGCACAGGAAAAGCGUUUUGGUUCCUGAAAUCCAUUCUGAUUGUGCAGAUUAAAUAUAACAGAUAGAAUUCUUCAGGAUGUGUUACUAGUGUGUGAACACAGUCCAAGGUUCUCUAUGCUUGCACCUCCAGAUUUUGGAGGUAUCAGACACUGUCCUAGCACCCCAGCAUCUGCACUUGGUCACAAGUGGCCAGUAGCUAGGUGCAAAAUGUGAAUUUCGAAAACUGCCUCCAGAUGUUCUGGACUACAACUUCUGGCUGGCACUGAUGGGAACUGCAGUCCCAAACAUUGGGAGGACACAAAGUUGAUGAAGUCUGCAGAAGCGUGGAACCAAGAAGUAAAUGUUGCAGCAAAUGCCAUUGCUACAUUGAUUGUGCCACAAUAAAUCUGUAUGUCUUUUUCAGUUGCAACAAAGUUAUUUAAUAUAGAGAUAUACAGUGGUACCUCGGGUUACAUAUGCUUCAGGUUACAGACUCCGCUAACCCAGAAAUAGUACCUCGGGUUAAGAACUUUGCUUCAGGAUGAGAACAGAAAUCGCACAGCGGCGGCAGGAGGCCCCAUUAGCUGAAGUGGUGUCUCAGGUUAAGAACAGUUUCAGGUUAAGAACAGACCUCCAGAACGAAUUAAGUACAUAACCAGAGGUACCACUGUACAUUGCUGUAGGGAUGCGGGUGGCACUGUGGGUUAAACCACCACUUCGGCUUGCCGAUCUAAAGGUUGGCGGUUCGAAUCCCUGCGACGGGGUGAGCGCCCGUUGCUGUGUCCCAGCUCCUGCCAACCUAGCAGUUCGAAAGCAUGCCAGUGCAAGUAGAUAAGUAGGUACCACUCCGGCGGGAAGGUAAACGGCGUUUCCGUGCGCUGCUCUGGUUUCGCCAGAAGCAGCUUAGUCAUGCUCGCCACAUGACCCAGAAAAACUGUUUGCAGUAGCGGACAAACGCCGGCUCCCUCGACCUCUGAAGCGAGAUGAGCGCUGCAACCCCAGAGUCAUUCACUACUGGACUUGAUUGUCAGGGGUCCCUUGACCUUUAUACAUUGCUGUAUCUGAUUGCACAUUAUCUUGCCAAGAUGCGGGACAGACCAAAGAAAGUACUUUGCUCCGACAGUUUUUUGUUUACUAUCACAUUUACGUCCUUCCUUUUCUCUGGGUGGUGUCCAUUGUGGCCCCUCUCCAUUUUACCCUCACAACAACCCUGUGAGGUAGGUUAGGCUGAGAGGCUGUGACAGAACCAUGGGUGAGCGCCAUGUACUGAGGGCCACCAACUUGGAUGUCUUUAAAAGAGAAUCAAACACAAUGGCUAUGUUUCUGUACAAAAACGAGCCUUCAUAUUUGUAGCUCCACCCACUUUUGCCCCUGUCCCCGCCCACCUCAGAAGGUUGGACCUCAGAAGGUCACUAAGUCAUAAAUGCGGCCCUCACAAGAACCAAAGUUUCCCACACAUGUAUUAGGGCAAAAUAUGAAGAACAAUAGGCUUUAUUUAUUUGGGACACGGUAGGGGCACCUGUAAUCUCUUGUACUGGGACUUCAGCCCUCGCCUCCUGCCCCUAGCAUGGCAGCUGAGGGAGAUAUUUGAGUGGGUUUUGGUGAAAUAUUAACUAGCUGACAUUUAGAACAGAUUGUCCUUUAUGGCUCAUCACAGAAUCUGCCAACUCUAAAAAUUGUGAAACAAAAGUUAGCUGGGGAGGUGCUAACCGCUGACAGAUUCACGUUAUAUUUUUGCUGAUUCUUAGAAUUGUACAGUUGGAAGGAGUCCCCGGGGGUUAUUCUUCUAAUUUAUUUAUGGAAUUUAUAUACCGCCGUAUAUCUGGGGGGCCUCAGGGCAGUUCGCAGAAGAAAAUCAAGAUCUAAAACCACAAAAUACAUAAUAAAAAUAAAAACAACCCAGUAGCUCCCCCCCCCUAAAAAAACAACCACAUUUUAAAAGGGCAUGUGAUGUAAAUCAGAUCAACCAAAGGCCUGGGUUAAAAAAACGUUUUUGCCUGGUGCCUAAAGGUGUAUAAUGAAGGUGCCAGGUGAAUGUCCUUUGGGAGAGUCCAACACUUCCAUCCAGGAAUCUCAACUAGAUCAUCCAUGGCAGAUGGCCCUCCAACCUCUGCUUAAAAACCCCCAAGGAAGGAGAGUCCACAACCUCCCAAGGGAGGUUUUGCAGGCAAAGGACAAAGUAUAAUCUUAAGAGACAACUCCAGAUCUGAACGGGCCCUGGGGAAAGUCUCUGCUGAUGCAGAAGGGCUGUAGCUCUUUUGUGGAACAUCUACCUUGCAUGCAGGGACGCGGGUGGCGCUGUGGGUUAAACCACAGAGCCUAGGACUUGCUGAUCAGAAGGUCAAUGGUUCAAAUCCCCGUGACGGGGUGAGCUCCCGUUGCUCAGUCCCUGCUCCUGCCAACCUAGCAGUUCAAAAGCACGUCAAAGUGCAAGUAGAUAAAUAGGUACUGCUCCGGUGAGAAGGUAAACGACAUUUCCGUGCGCUGCUCUGGUUCGCCAGAAGUGGCUUAGUCAUGCUGGCCACAUGACCCAGAAGCUGUACGCUGGCUUCCUCAGCCAAUAAAGUGAGAUGAGCGCCGCAACCCCAGAGUCGUUCACGGCUGGACUUAAUUGUCAGGGGUCCCUUUACCUUUACCUUGCAUGCAGAAGUGCUCAGGUUCAAUCCCUGGUAUCUCCAGGUGUAGCUGGUAGAGAACCCUGCCUGAAAUCCCAAGGAGCUGCUGCCAGCCAGUGUUGACACUAUUGCGCUAGCUGGACCAAUGGUCUCACUUGGUAUAAUAAUAAUAAAUUUUUAUUUAUAAUCCGCCCUCUCCGGCCAGAGCCGGGCUCAGGGCUGCUAACACCAGUAAAAUUACAAUAAAAACAUAAGGUGGGGGCGCACACCAAUUUUAAAAUACAGGUUAAAAUACAAUUUAAAAUGCAGCCUCAUUUUAAUAGUAGCCCAUAGAUCAAAACCAUAAGGGGAGGGAAAUAUAAGGGUCAGACUGAGUCCAAACCAAAGGCCAGGCGGAACAGCUCUGUCUUGCAGGCCCUGCGGAAAGAUGUCAAGUCCCACAGGGCCCUAGUCUCUUGUGACAGAGCGUUCCACCAAGUCGGGGCCAGUACUGAAAAGGUCCUGGCCCUAGUUAAGAGAGCAUCCUUUGUCAGUGGUCCAUGGUGGUGGCAAUCUUUUAGGUGGUGCUGGCAGCUGGUUCUAGCCACCCUUUUAAUUUCCUGCAAUGCCUCAGAUCGGGAUUAUUAUGGGAUAUUUAAAUGGUGGCAAGAUCCACCCAUCUGCUGCUUUUUAGAGUGCUGGACUACCAAAGAAAUUGGGGGGGGGGGGGAUUGGGUGUGAAUCUACGGUGGUUCUCCUAAUCUGCCCAGCGAUGCCAAAUCUUGGUGCCAGAUCUGCGUAGCACACUGGUUUCCUCCAGGUGGAAGUAAUAAUUUACUUAGGUGUGAGUAUUAACUUCUUUGCAGCCAGAACCAGAUUUUUAUCUAAAAAAAGAAGAAAAAGAAAGCAAGUAUCAAACACAUGCCUAGAGUCUUACCACCACCACCACCACCCCAUCCCUAGAAAUUGCUGGUGGACUUACAAUCCAUUCUCAGAAUUCUGGGUUCAGCAGAUUUUCCCUUGUGCAAUUUUACAAGUGCCUUGUCAAAACCUACCGUACAUAAUGAAUAAAUGGGCUAUAUCAGCCUUUGCCGACCUGCUGCUCUCCAGAUGUCAAAACUAGUUCCCAACAUCUGGAGGGUGCCAGGAUGGGCAAAGUAAGAAGCAGAAAGCUAUAAAAUCAAGCAAAACACUUUUAAACAGAGCUCAGUAGCUGAAGAUCUGUGUACUUUGUCAAAUAUUAUGAAUAUCUACAGGCUGAAAAUGGGACUUACGCUCCUUAAUUAAAACCUUUUUUUAAUUUACAAAAGCAGUUUCUGUUACCUGCAGCUGCACCCAGUGCUCAGUAGAUGGCAUUGCAAUACGAGUAUUAUUAUUUCUGCAAACCGGCGUGGUGCAGUGCGCCUCAAGAGUGACUGUAAUAGCAACUGGCGGAUCCAUUUGAUUUUGUUUUCACUGGGGUUGUUAUUUUUAAAUCUUAUUAUUUUUCAGUGCACAAUGAAUGUGCCUGACUUAAUCUUUUUAGCUUGUGCCUGAACAGCAGUUGGAGACCAGUUAUAUCAUGAACAAGAAACAGAUACUUAUCCAUGAGAUCCUACAUAUAGUACAGAUGAGAAUGAACUGUGGUUUCUUUGUGUUGGCGUAGCUUAUUGUGUUUGCUUUUCUGUUCCUAAAUCGGGUGGCGUGAGAGCCAGCAUGGUGUAUUUUGAGAGCCAGCGUGGUAUUUUGGUUAGGGUGUCUGACUAGGAACCUGGGAGAGACCAGGGUUCGAGUCCCCCACUUGGCCAUGAACAUAGCUGUCAACUUACAGAUUUGAAAAUAAGGGACCAGCAGCCAAAAUAAGGGACCUGCAGCCUCACCUGUUCCAGGCACUCCAGUCUUCCUGUCCUCCUGCAGUCUGGUCAAACUCAUGCUGGUAGCUUCGAGAACACUGUCCAACCAACUUUGUAACCAGAGGUUCAACUGAAUAGAAUCUGAAUCACAUGCACCACAAGGCCUAUGCAGCCUCAACUUAAGAUGGCUCCCGGCCUGGCUUUGCACUGCAAAGUUUGCAGCAGCACGUGCAACAAAAUGGCGUCCAGCAUUCAAAAACCUCCUCAGCUUGCAUUAACUAGCCACACACAAGGCAUGCAAGCUCCACCCCCCAGUCGUUCUUAGGCUUCUUAUUGGGUGAGCAACACAGCCAAGCAACACAGUUGGAGCCUCCCUCCUCCCUGGCCGGCAGGGAGGGAGGGAGAGGAGCUGCUUCCUUUGAAAUUUAAGGGACAUCAUUUAAGGGACAUCUAUCAAUAAGGGACAGCAGCGGGACAUGGCACUGGAAUAAGGGACUGUUCCUUCAAAUAAGGGACACUUGACAGCUAUGGCCAUGAAGCUCACGGGAUGGCCUUGGGCCCGUCACUGCCCCUCCGCCAGACCUACCUCACAGGGUUGCUGUGGGAAUUACACGAGGGGGAGAACCAUGUGCGCCACCCUGAGCUCCAUGGAGAAAAAGGCGGGAUGCAAUCAGUAAUAAUAAUAAUAAUAAUGAUACUGGUAAUUUAUUAUUUAUACCCUGUCCAUCUGGCUGAGUUUCCCCAGCCACUCUGGGCGGCUUCCAAUCAAGUGUUAAAAACAAUACAGCAUUAAAUAUUAAAAACUUCCCUAAACAGGGCUGCCUUCAGACAUCUUUUAAAAAGAAGAUAGCUGCUUAUUUGCUUCACAUCUGAAGGGAGGGCGUUCCACAGGGCGGGCGCCACUACCAAGAAGGCCCUCUGUCUGGCUCCCUGUAACCUCACUUCUCGCAAUGAGGGAACCGCCAGAAGGCCCUCGGAGCUGGAUCUCAGUGUCCGGGCUGAACGAUGGGGUUGGAGACGCUCCUUCAGGUAUACGGGACCGAGGCUGUUUAGGGCUUUAAAGGGCAGCACCAACACUUUGAAUUGUGCUCGGAAAUGUACUGGGAGCCAAUGCAGAGUAACAAAUGGCGUGUUUACACAGAUGUUUCCUGUGAAAAUGCAUGGAUUUCCUUGCUGCCUCUUGAAAACUGCUUUACAGUGGUACCUCGGGUUAAGAACUUAAUUGGUUCUGGAGGUCCGUUCUUAACCUGAAACUGUUCUUAACCUGAGGUACUUAAAGUGAGGUACCACUUUAGCUAAUGGGGCCUCCCGCUGCCGCCGCCAUGCGAUUUCUGUUCUCAUCCUGAAGCAAAGUUCUUAACUAUUUCUGGGUUAGCGGAGUCUGUAACCUGAAGUGUCUGUAACCUGAAGUGUCUGUAACCCGAGGUACCACUGACUCUGGGAUUGGACCUUGGUGUCUUGGAAUCCAUAGCUCAGUGACAGAGCAUCUGCUUUGCAUGCAGAAGGUUGCGGGUUCAGUCCCCAGCAUUUCCUCAGAGAGCUGCUGCCAGUCAGUGUGGACAGUACAGUGGUACCUCGGGUUACAUAAGCUUCAGGUUACAUACGCUUCAGGUUACAGACUCCGCUAACCCAGAAAUAUUACCUCAGGUUAAGAACUUUGCUUCAGGUUAAGAACAGAAAUCGUGCAGCGGCAGCAGAAGGCCCCAUUAGCUAAAGUGGUGCUUCAGGUUAAGAACAGUUACAGGUUAAGAACAGGCCUCCAUAACGAAUUAAGUUCUUAACCCGAGAUACCACUGUACUGAGCUAGGUGGACCAAAGGUCUGAUUCAGUAUAAGGCAGCUCCCUGGGUUCUUACAGUUUUGCUUUGUCACAAUUUCUCUCUCCACCUUCAUACGUUAUGGCAGCCUUCCCCAACCUGGUGCCUCCCAGGACUACACUUCCCAUCAGCCUGACCAUUGGCCAGGCUGGCUGGGGCUGAUGGGAGUUGUAGUCCACAACAUGGAGGGCGCCAAGUAGGGGAAGUUUCCUCUAUGGGCAGAGGUAGCAAAGUAGUAGUCAGGGGUUCCCCAUUUCCCACUUCCGCGAGGAAUAACGUGGGAACAUAGGUUCCAAGAUUAAGUCUUCCAGAAAGUUCCAAGUUGAACCCUGGCACAUCUGUUUGGAACUCUCCUUCUCCUAGUCUUUCCUGCUGCUGGAUUUGUGACUUUCUUUUCUCACUCCAGUCUCUUCCUUUUCUAGGCAAGUGAGGCAGAGGCUCAAAAGCCAAGUGGCAGAAAUGAAGGAGAGAGUCCCAGGCUUCAGACCAGGCCUUGCAAUUCUACAGGUUAGUGGCUAUAUCUACAAUUUUGAGAUUUGUUUUCAUCUAAAGCAGAUGCUCACGGGGUCAGACGUUACAGCAUCCUUCACCCACUUGGAUGUCCUCCAGAUAUUUUGGACAGAAUUUCAUGCAAAAACAGUUUUUCUGUAUUAUAUAUGAAACUUUGGCAUUGGCCUGUCUGGAACGGUGUGGUCCAUGGCCACUUUGUGUCUUGAAAUACCGCUUAUUAUCUGCGAAGCAGUUUUUGGGAGGAGGAAAUUAAAAUUUACAGGGGGUGAGGAAAGGCUUAACCCUUUCCCCCAUUUGCUACUGCCCAUUCCCCCAAUUGGAAUUUCAGUGACCAAAGCGGAACCUAAGGAAGCAGACGGUUCUUGUGUAAUGUGGGAUUUGGUAUGGAGGCCUAUUAUUGGAGGGCAGGGUUGCCCCAAACUGGGAGGUCUGCUAAUUUUGUGUGAGGUUCCCGCCUCCAUACCAUUACACGCCUUAAAGGAGGGUCCUAUUAUCCUCUGGAUGAGCUUGGGGGGCGAGGAGACACCCUGUCAGUGGUUACACAAUUGGGGGGGAACGAGAAACUUUUCUUUCAUUGACUUCCUUGAGCUAAGUUAUCUUAGGAACCGAACCAAAAAUAAGUGAAACCUAUAAAUUGCCUUCUGUUUGUGAUUUUUUUUUUUCCUCUUCCUCCUUCUAAAGGUUGGUGAUCGGGAUGAUUCAAAUCUCUACAUUAGCAUGAAACUCAAGGCUGCUGCUGAGGUAAUAUUACCCACACACCCAAAUAGCGUAGGGUUCUCUGGAGUGUUUCAUUCCCCCUUUUCACUUUAGUGUUGUUGAUAAUAAUAAUAAUAAUAAUUUAUUAUUUAUACCCCGCCCAUCUGGCUGAGUUUCCCCAGCCACUCUGGGCAGCUCCCUAUCAAGUGUUAAAAACAGUACAGCGUUAAAUAUUUAAAACUUCCCUGAACAGGGCUGCCUUCAGAUGUCUUUUAAAGAUAGGAUAGCUGUUUAUUUCCUUCACAUUUGAGAAAGGCUGUGAGGCACAGUGGGUAUAGCCUGGCAGACCACGUCAGAGCCCAGGAAACAGUGACUCAGGGAGAGCACCUGGGUGUUGCUUCAGCGCCAUGUGUAGUCGUGGUAGUUCUGCACUCCUCUCGCCAUUCCUGGCUGUGGCAGCGGCGCAUGGAAAGGAUGCAACGUUCUAGGAGGAAUGUUGUGAUGGGCAAACAGGAUGGCCAAUCUGCAUGUGGGGAGUGAGUUUGAAACAUCGGACGCUGCCAUGUGCUGGGCCAGACCAUUGCUCCAUGCAGCUUAGUAUUAUCCUCACUGACUGGCAGCAACGGCAGAUGCUCUUGUCACUGAGCUACAUCCCUUCCCAGAACAUUAUGGUCUGCCACCGAUCUGUGGUCGUUGCCCUGGUGCCCAGCUGCUCCAAAUAAGCGCCUCCACGGAAAGUCACAGUGAGAAAGAAAGACAAAAUGUUCUGAAUAUUAUUUCUGUUUAUAUCCCAAGACCAGGGAGAAGAGGGCAAGGUGGAGACAUGCUGUUGCCGCCGCACGCUGCCUUGUUGAUGGUGGACAGCUAAACCACCUUCACAUCACAGCGUGAGAAGACGGCGCAUGUCUCCUGGUUGCCUUGGCAACGUGUUUUCCUGCCCAGUGGGCAAACACUUUCCCUCUCAGGAAAAGUUGCCCAGAGCAAGGUCCCUUUCUGUGCAUGUGGCGGGGAGAAGAAGGGAGCCAAAGGUUUCGGCUCAGUUCUGCCAUCUCUUUCCUGAGCCUUCCAGAAUGAGAAAAUUACUUGGCUGCUUUUCAUCUAAUCACUUCACAAUUCAUAGAGUUUAAUGAUUUCUAUUUUGUUUUCUGUCUUAUUUUCCAGAUCGGGAUCAAUGCCAACCACAUCAAGCUGCCAAGCACUGCAACAGAAGCUGAGGUAACCCAGUUUUACUUUACGAAUCUCUCUGUGGUUUCACAGGGAGAUCCUCUUGCAUUUCCCGGAUCACAGUUUCUUCUGAAAGUGCCUCAUCGAUUCCUAAAUCUGCUUCCUGAGAUCUUUUUCAGUUGGAGGUCCCUGGGAUUGAACCUGUGACCUUACUGUCACCUGCUAUUGUGCUAUGAAACUGCAUGUUGGGAGGUUCAGGAGAGAGAACGAUUCUCUGAGAUACAAAAUUAAAGUGUUGGAAUGAACCAUCUUGUUGUCUAGAUAGCUAAUUUCCUCCUUUCAUACAGAGGAGUUAUUUAUAAACUUCCUCAGGGAUGGAAGUGAGAGGGACCCUCAGACAUCAGUGGACAAUUCAGAUAUUUUAACGGAUAUAAGUGUGUUCGUCCUCCUGUGACCCCUCCCAAAACGCCCCCCAACUAUACACAUGUACCACAUGUAGGGGGGAAAAAACAGAGAGAAGGUUCAAAACAGUUCAGUGAGGACUAGCAUGAUGGGUUAGCAUGCUCAGUAGGCACAGAAUGCUGGCAGAUGUGGGGAGCAGUGGGGGAUAGAAGGAAGCGAGAUAGAAUGGCAGACUGGAACCCUGAACAGGAGAAUGCUAUGCUGCAACAUUUUGUUGCAGAACCUCACCUGUUUCUUUCUAAUUCUCUCUCUCUCUCCUCCCCCCCCCCCGGUCCUGUUCCUGCUUUUAAACGAACAGGUGUUGAGAUGUAUUCACAAUCUGAACGACGACCCUGCUGUUCAUGGGUUUAUAGUACAAUUGCCUUUGGAUACCAACAAGCCCAUCAACACAGAGAAAGUCACCAAUUCUGUGGCACCUGAAAAGGAUGUGGACGGGUAAGUUUGUGGAAGGGUCAAAGGUCUGCAGUAGAGCAGGUUCAAUCCCUUGCAAUUUCCAGGUAGAGAUAGGAAUGUCCUCUGUCUGGAAUCCCAGAGAGCUGCCUGGAGAUGAGACUGAAGUGAGAAGGUUUGCUUUCUUCUUUGGCGAUCACUCGUAGCCGAGUAAGAUUGUCCUCCAUAAACACAGUUUUAAAAGUGAGUCUGUAAGUGACUGUGGAGGCAAAUUCUGGAUCCGCACGUCUUUCCACAGUGGGGACAUAGGUUUCCAGGAGGGAAUUGAUCACAGUGAGGGUUUGCCAAGCGUGCCUUCCUCUUAGCACGUUUCUCCCUUUCGUCCUGAGUUCGAGCGUCUUCAAAGCCCAUGACACCUUUGGGAAAGGCAGUUCUCCAAUUGGAGCGCCCGCAGGCAAGUGUUUCCCAGUUCUCGAUGUUUAUACUGCAGUGGUACCUCAGGUUACAGACGCUUCAGUUUACAGACUCCGCUAACCCAAAAAUAGUACCUCGGGUUAAGAACUUUGCUUCAGGGCGAGAACAGAAAUUGUGCGGUGGCGGCAGUGGGAGGCCCCAUUAGCUAAAGUGGUACCUCAGGUUAAGAACAGUUUCAGAUUAAGAACGGACCUCCGGAACGAAUUAAGUUCUUAACCCGAGGUACCACUGUACCUUUUUUUUUUUUUUUAAGAUUUGCCUUGAGAGAGUCUUUGAACCUCUUUUGUUGACCACCAGCAUUACACUUUACACUUUCCAUUUUUAUGUUCGGAAUAGAGUAGUUGCUUUGGAAGACGUUAAACAGGUAUCUGCACAACAUGACGAGUCCAACAAAGUUGGUGUUGAAGAAUCAGUGCUUUGACACUGGUGAUCUUUGCUUCUGAAGUGAGAUCUUUGCUACUGGUGAUGUUUGCUACUGAAGUGAGAAGGUUUCAGCCUUUAUCAUCACAUGCAAACCGUAUAUGGCAAAUGGAUUUCAGUCCAGAACCAGAUGCUUGUACCUUCUGGAACAGAGAACAUUUGCAUCUUACCCCCCCCCCAUUCAUUUAUUUCCAGAGGAGGUUGUACUUCAGUUUGCCCCAGACUUAGAACGAGGGAAUAGAACUAAAGCCAGCUUUUUCCUUCCUCAGAGACCACUGACCACUGCUGCUUUGUUUUUGCCUUUUCAGCUUGAGCAGUAUUAACGCAGGGAAACUCUCGCGUGGCGACCUCGGAGACUGUUUCAUCCCCUGCACGCCGAAAGGAUGCAUGGAGCUCAUCAGGCAGACAGGUGAGCAAGGAAAAGCCACGUGGCUUCUUGCCUUGGUAAAGAUGCUACUGUGAAAGAGGUCCAGGAAGAAUUAAGGUCCUGGUGUGUUUUGCUGUGCUAGGGACAAAAUAUUAAGAAAAAGGGCUAAAAUGUACAAGACAAGAACUAAUGAGUGCUGGAAAUCAUCAGGAGAGGAAAGGUAUCUUCUACCACAUGUGGUGGACUUGCAAAGAGGUAAAGGCUUUCUGGGAAAUGGUAUAUAUUGAGUUAAAGAAAAUGUUUAAAAAGACUUCUGUUAAAAAACCAGAAGCCUUUUUACUGGGUAUAGCGGGUGAAGAGAUUCCGAGGGAAGAUAAAAGACUGUUUAUCUAUGCAACAACUGCGGCAAGAAUUAUUUUAGCCCAAAAAUGGAAAUAACAAGAAGUACCAAUGAAAGAAGAGUGGCAGAUGAAGAUGAUGGACUUUGCAGAACUGGCGAAGCUGACAGGAAAAAUCCAAAACCAGCGCAAUCAAGUAUUCCAAAGGGAUUGGAGUAAAUUUAUACGAUAUCUGAAAGAUUAUUGUAAGCAAUUAACAUCACUAGCAGGGCUGUUUGAAGACUUGUAAUGAGAGAUUUUCCGUCUUUCUAUAUUUAUGUAAAUUUUGAGCCAUUCUGUAAUGAGCGUAAUUAGAAUUGGAAAACGUAUAUUUGCAAUGAUAUAAAGGUUGAUUUUGAAAGCCAUGAGGCGGGAGGGAAGGAAGUCGAUAGGCUCUCUAGAGCCAGGGCGAUAUUGUGGAUGAUGAUGAUGUGAUUGUAUAAUAUUAAAUGGAAAAUAAAUAAAAAUUGUAUUUAUAAAAAAGAUUAGGAGAAAGAUGCCACCGUGCCUGUGGGGAAGCAAAGUGGCUCAGCGGUGUAGCUUCUGCUUUUUUCAUGCAGUGGAAUCCCACAAGCCCUAGAGGCUGAAAUACGUCAUUACCACGGCUCGGAAUUUAGGCAAAACUAAGUUGUGUGUUCUGUGUUUCAGGUGUUCAGGUGGCUGGGAAAAGAGCCGUGGUGAUUGGUCGCAGCAAGAUAGUUGGUGCUCCAAUGCACGACCUCCUGCUCUGGAACCACGCGACUGUGACGACAUGCCACUCCAAGACUGCGUCCCUGGCUGAGGAGGUAAGGCUGGGAGGCGGGCGGGGUAUAAAUAAUAAAUUAUUAUUAUUAUUAUUAUUAUUAUUAUUAUUAUUAUUAUUAUGCUUGGAAGUACAAAGUUGCCUUGGUGAUACUAUCUUGUGUCAAUUUCGAUUGCAGUAGUCAUUGUAUCAACACCCUGUUCAUUGUUUCCUUGUAGAAGUCAGCAGAGAGGAUGCAGGGGACAAAGAUAGGAUUAGUUGGCUCUGCCCAUCGUUGGCUCUAGCUCCACCUACUGUUGGCCUCCUGCAUUACACCCUAUUUCUUCUUCCUCUUCCUGUUUUUGUUGUUCUUCUAAAUUUAUUUAUAGCUCACUUUUCCCUCUGAUGGGAACAGCUAAAACAUGUGGGGGAUUAAACAAUAUCCACACACACAUGUAUGUAUACACAAAUACACACCCACCCACGCAUGCAUAAAAAUCUGUAACAACUAUACAGAUAAUUACAAUAAAAAUAGCGCAGCGCCAGACUGACUUCUCAAGUGGAGGGGAGUUCCAGAGUCUGGGAGCAGCCACCGAGAAGGCCCUCUCCUACGUCCCCAUCAAGCACGGGGUCAAGAGGGAAGGGCCUUGCAGGCCUAAUGGACUCUAGCCACCACUGGGUUCUUCUCCUCUCUUCUCCCUGCCUUUAAACAUUUAUUUUAAAAUAGAGUACAGUGGUGCCCCGCAAGACGAAUGCCUCGCAAGACGAAAAACUCGCUAGACGAAAGGGUUUUCCGUUUUUUGAGUCGCUUCGCAAGACGAAUUUCCCUAUGGGCUUGCUUUGCAAGACGAAACGUCUUGCGAGUUUGUUUCCUUUUUCUUAAAGCCGCUAAGCCAUUAAUAGCCGCUAAUAGCCGCUAAGCCGCUAAUAGCCGUGCUUCGCAAGACGAAAAAACCGCAAGACGAAGAGACUCACAGAACGGAUUAAUUUCGUCUUGCGAGGCACCACUAUAUUCGCUUUAAAGGGGUGGGGUAGUAGAGAGACUGAGCAAGAGGGAAGGGUGGUGGAGCAUGCCUGGUGAACCCUGGGUUGAUGCAAGCUCUGUUUGCAGGUCAGCAAAGCGGAUAUCCUGGUGGUUGCUGCUGGCAAGGCAGAGAUGGUGAAAGGAGAUUGGAUCAAACCUGGCGCGGUCGUGAUUGACUGUGGAAUCAACCACAUACCAGGUAAUUUUUUUGAAAAAGCGUUGCACUGUUCGAAAUAUGAGCAAGCCAGGGCUGAACUGAUAUUACCCUUGCUGGUACCUUUCCCGGGAAAAUCAGAGGCUCACUAUGUCAGGUUCCUAUUGGAAGACCGGACAAACGCUAGAACAUUAGCAGUGGCAAAGUUUUUAAUCAGUGAUUUAAGAACCAAUGAUCCCUAUCUUUAAGUCUGAACAAAAUGCUUGUUUAACCUGGAGGUAGGCUGUCUGAAUUGUGCAUUGCUUUGUAACGAUUUGUUGGGUCUCUGGACCGUAAUAAAGAUUGAUUGGCAGUAUAAAAACCUUCCAUAUUGAUACUCAUAAAACUGCGCUACAGGAAAAAAACAAAAAAGCGGCUUCUGGAAAACAAAAACAUGAGAAGAGCCUGCAGGAUCAGGCCAACGUCCCAUCUAGUCUUACAGUGGCCAGCCAGAUGUCUGUGGGAAAUCAGCAAGAGCGCUCUCCCCUCCUGUGGUUUCCAGCAACUGGUAUCAUAGAGUUGGAAGGGACCCUGAGGAUCAUCCAGUCCAACCCCGUGAAGUGCAGGAAUAUGCAUCUGUCCCUUACAGGGAUCGAACCUGCAACCUUGCCUUUAUCCGCACCGCACUCUUACCAAUUGAGCUAUCCGCUACGGCCUCAAACUGUGGAGCCAGCACACAGUAGCUGUUGAGAGCCUUCUCCUCCGUGGAAUUUGUCUAAUCCUCCUUUAAAGAAAUGCAAUUUGGUGGUUAUCGCUGCCUCUUACAGGAGCAAAUUCCAUAUUUUCAAGUGCUAUCAUGAUAGCCUCUUACUCACCUUUUCUCUUAAAAGUCCCGAAUGUUGUGACCUUCCCUCACAGCCCCUUGAUUCGAAACAAAAUAAAAAAAAUCCUUCCAGUAGCACCUUAGAGACCAACUAAGUUAGUUAUUGGUAUGAGCUUUCGUGUGCAUGCACACUUCUUCAGAUACACUGAAACAGAAGUCACCAGACCCUUAUAUAUAGUGAGAGGGUGGGGAGGGAUAUUACUCAGAAGGGUGGUGGGAAUGGGUGAUUGGCUGAUAGGUGUGGUAAACCUGAUGACUUAACGACUGCAAUUGGUCUUACAGGAAAAAGCAAAGGGUGAGAUGGCUAAAAAUAGCUUUAUCAUGUAUAAUGAGAUAAGAAUCUAAUGUCUCUAUUCAGACCAGGUUUCUCCUGUUGAUUUAAAGCAGAGUCUCGUGCCCAGCGGAAGGAUGAGGAAUACGUGCUGCAUACUCUAUAUUGCUUUAUUUACAGUUCAAAGCUGGUAUAUUACAGAAAGACAUCUUGCCUCUGCCGGAGCAGAAAAUGCAUCCUCUCUCCUCGACAGCUCGGAGAGAAUCACACAGUGAAAAACAGGAAACCAGUGUACGUCACAUCCAGUCUCCCUUUCCCGUGAGAAACUCCAACAGUACAGACUGUGGAAUGUAAACACCUGUCUCGUGACAAGCAGAGCUGCACAGUGAAGGAAAGCAGAAACCAACAUCCUCCCCCUUUCUGUGAACAUCACUGGGCAGCGUGUUUGCACAAUAUCAGUACAAACCCAACUUCUGCACAUAGGUACAGUGUUGAUCCCUCGAUACAAUCUUGGACAAUACAUCAGCAGGAAUUUCAUUACCUGGCAUAUAGGACACCGUUACGAGUCCCUUCUGAAUACAUUCCCUAGCAUGCUGCAACUUUAAUUGCAAGUGCUUUGUGCUUUGCUUACAACCUUCAGACUUCAGCAAAGCCAAACAUGCUUUGUUGUCCUGGUAAACCUGGAUUGGACAUUUGACAGGAAUUUUCAUAUCUUUGCACAAUUGUACUAACCAUUCACAAUCCUUAAGUGAAUAAGACAGUGCAUUCAGUUCGGCUUCACAAGUACUUAAGCUAACUGUUGUUUGCUUCUUGCAUGACCAAUCAAACAGACUCUGAUUGUACAUAUAGCAAACUCCAGACGUACUUUUCCUGUCUGUAGCGUCACUUCCAAAACUUGCAUCUGCAAAUAUCUCAAGACCACCAGACUUCUGAUUGUUAAAUCUCAGUCUGUAAUGCAUAGUGCCUUUCAAAUACCGCGCUAUGCGUUUCAGAGCUUUCCAAUCCUUGACACUAGGAUUGUUGACUUGUCUGCUUAGCAAAUUACAGCUAACAGCAAUGUCUGGUCUUGAACAUCUGGCAAUGAAGUUUAGCUUGCCUAGCACACUCCUGUACAGUGUAGUGUCAGAAAAUGCUUCUUCAGUGUCAUCUACCUGAUAACCUGUUGUCAUCGGUGUGUCUACAGGGUUAGCAUCCAUCAGAUUUAGUUUGCUUAACACAUCAGCAAUUUUCCGUGACUGGUGUACUAGAAUGUUACCAUCUUGAUCUCUCUCUAUUUCCAGAGAUAGGUAGUUGUUUACCUCACCAAGAUCUUUCAUGUCAAAGUGCUCUUUCAGUUGAGCUAGGGCGUUAUUGUACAUUGCGACAUCUUUCCAAAAGAAUAAUAAAUCAUCAACAUAAAACAAACAGUACAGUUUCUUUUGCCCCUCCUCUUUGACAAAUACACAUGGAUCAGCUUUCCCUUGCUGAAAACCUAGAAAACAAUACUUCAGUGAGUUUUGUGUGCCAACACCGUGCACUUUGUUUGAGACCAUAAAGGGAUUUCUUCAGAGCACAAACAAAUCCCUGUUUUACCUGUACGCCAUCAGGUGGAAGCAUAUAAAGUGAUUCAUCUAGAGAUCCGUACAGAAAAGCUGUAUUAAUAUCAUGGUGACUAAUGUGUAGAUUUUCCUCUGCAGCUAGCUUGAGCAUAAGCCUAAUGCUUUCAUAUCUCACUGUGGGUGAAUAGGUCUCGUGAUAGUCUUCACCUGGUACCUGUGCAAAACCUCUGGCUACCAAUCUGGCUUUGUGUCUGACUAUCUUGCCAUUUUGAUCUGUCUUCGCUUUGAAGACCCAUUUGCUUCCAAGCAGUUUCAUUCCUGGAACUACUGGAACUAGCUCCCAUGUUUUGUUCCUUUCUAAGGAAUCAAGCUCAGCCUUCAUGGCAUUUAACCAUGGCUCAGCUUCCUUUGAAUCCAAACCCUGGAUUUCUUGGAAACUUGAAGGUUCAAAUACCUUCUUGGAGCUUUUAACAGCUGUUACUGCUAUCUUAGCAAACUCAUCAGCAAAUCUCUUUGGAGGUUUGCCUUUUGUAGCUCUCUGUGACCUACGAAUUAGCCUUAAGUCUUCAACACUCUCCUCUUCCUUCUUAGGAGAAAAACGACCUAUUGUGAACAAUGGUUCCUCCAAUUCUUGAUCAGAGCUUUCAGAGGGUCGCAUAGAGGCUUUCGCACUCUCGAAAUCCUCUGAAUCACCCGAUUCAGUUUCAGAUUCAGACUCAGAACCUUCAUCAGUGGGUGUGGGUUGUUGUGGUUGCUUUUGACUAUCCUCAGUCUCAUCACCGUCAUCAGGAUAACAUUGGAAAAUUCCCACAUUCUCCCCCCCUUUGCAUUGUACUCAACACUUCUCGUGAGCUUAAUUGUCUUAGAGUCAGUCAUCAUUAUUCUGUAAGACCCUUUCUGAUAACCUAGAAAGAUACCAUGCAAUCCACGCUUGUCUAACUUGGAGUUUUGUGGUGAGCGAACCCACAUGUCAGAACCAAAAAUCUUCAUGUGUUUGAUGUAUGGCUUCUUGCCAAACAUCUUCUCAUAGAGGUACAACCAAUCGCUGAAGAUAACCUGCGAUUGUAACUGUAAACAAAACACGAGAGAGAUUCGGCCCAAUAACUCUCUGGAAGAUUGGCAUCAUGCAGCAAGGUUUUUAACCCUUGAAGCAAUGUCUGAUUUGCCCGUUCCGCAAGUCCAUUCUGCCAUGGCGAGCGAGGACUAGACAAAUCGUGUUGAAUUCCUUUCUCAGUCAGAAAAGCUUCAAACUGCUGAGAAGUGAAUUCCCCCGCGAUCACUGAAAAGAGUCUUUAUCUUCUUACCAUGCACAUUUUCCAACCAAGCACAGAAUUCCUUGAACCUAGGAAAAGCCUCCGAUUUCUGCUUGAGAUUGUACACAAAAAUAUAUCUAGAAAAUGCAUCAAUGAGAACCAUGAAGUAUCUAUUUCCACCCAAAGAGGGCGCUAGUGGUCCAACCAAAUCAGCAUGAACAACCUGGUAUGGUUCUGUAGCUUUCCUACUAGACACCUUACCUUUCGCAGCCAUUUUCACUUUGUUUGCUGCGCAUGCUUUGCACUUCAUGUGGUACCUGCAGGGUUUAAUAGUCAUACCUUCAACCAAGGCAGGCAUUUUAGAUACUGCCUCAAAAUGCAAAUGACCAAAUUUUCUAUGAAAAUCGUGAAUACAUUCUGCAUGCAAACUUUUGUUAGAACCUGCAAUGCAACAAGUGUCAUCCUGCACCACAUCAUCAUAAUACAAAACAAACAAACGAUCAACAUAUUCUGCAUGCAAUACAUAAUCAUUUUUCUUUGUGAUGAUGCACUUCUUGUUCUUGAAGGAAACGUCAAUGUUCCGCUCAUUCAGCUGUCCAACGCUGAGCAGAUUAUGUUUGGCGUCUGGCACGUAAAGCACAUUCUGUAUCGAUAAGUCCAAACUGUGAAGAACAACAGUUCCGUAGCCUUUACUGGGAAUAGUGUGGUCAUCCGCCUGGUGAAUCGCACCUUCCUGCGGUGUAAAAGACACAAACAGUUUCUUAUCGUUGCACAUGUGGUGGGUGGCCGCUGAAUCAACAACGAAGAAAGAUCUAGACGUCUUCUGGACCUCUGCAACCUUUGGAGUGAAGCGUGAAACCAUAGCCUUGUGCUGCGUUGUCCUAGACACCGGACCUUUGCCUUUGCCUCGGCCUUUUCCGCGCGAUGAGCUUUCGCUGCGCUGCUCUGUCUUGGCCCUGGGAUGUCUGCAUUCCCUCUUCAUAUGGCCUAGACGUCCACACGAGUAGCAUUUCACUGCCUUCAAAGCUUUGGCGCCAUCUGGUGGUUCCACUGCACUAUGGGAUGACGUCUGUGAAGACUCCCCCUUGCCCAUGCAGCUAGCACCCGGCGAUCUGCUUCAUUUAAAAUCACGGCAGUAACAAAGUCCACUGUCAGCUGAGCAGUUGGUUGCACAGCAAUCUGGGUUGCAACAGACUCCCAACCUGAACCCAAAGAUUGUAGUAUCAUGAAAGAAUACACAGCCUCUGGAAAGUUGAGUCCUCUCUGUUGCAGCUCAUGUCUCAGAUUUUGCAUCUCCAUCAGAUGUAAACGCACAUCUCCACCUUCAGCAAGAGCCAUAUUAUGCAGCUUGUUAAAGUAAAACAUAGUGGAUCCAGCUUCUGUCCUUAAGUGAGCCUCUCUCAAAGCGUCCCAAAUUUCUCUGGCUGAGGUCUUAUCACGCAAUAGACAGAGCUCUUCUGGGGAUACUAUCAAUGUAAGAGUUCCCCUUGCUUUGGAAUCCUUAGCUUUCCAUGCAUCUGUAACUGGAACUGGGGGGGUUUCUGUAAUCACCUCAAACAAACCCUCUUUCCGCAGAAUUGCCUCUGCAUACUGAACCCAGUCGCUGUAAUUUUUCUUGUUGAGCUUAGGAAUCCCACAAGCAUCCUGAAGGGCCAUCAUGACUCUGGCAUUAGCCUUCAGCGUCAUAUAUAUGCUGCUUUAAUUCUUGCUGCGUCACUGCUGCAGCUGCCUUAUUACAAAGGCGCACUUAAAAGUUACUUUCGAUUUCCCCAGCAUAGUGACUUGUGCCUGGGAGCCUUUUGCCUAUUCCCGGCAAAACCGGCUUUAAAAGUUCAAAGUCCAGCCAUAAAGCCAUUAACUUGAAGCUGGCAGGCUGCCCGGAGCAGUAGCACAUACCUCAUCAAUCACUUCUACGCGCAGAGCAGAUUCCGUUCCGAUCUGUCCCUCUGCAUUCCGAUCCUUUGCCGGCACUCCGAUUCGACUUCUGGGCCCAUAACCACGUGUUGAUUUAAAGCAGAGUCUCGUGCCCAGCGGAAGGAUGAGGAAUACGUGCUGCAUACUCUAUAUUGCUUUAUUUACAGUUCAAAGCUGGUAUAUUACAGAAAGACAUCUUGCCUCUGCCGGAGCAGAAAAUGCAUCCUCUCUCCUCGACAGCUCGGAGAGAAUCACACAGUGAAAAACAGGAAACCAGUGUACGUCACAUCCAGUCUCCCUUUCCCGUGAGAAACUCCAACAGUACAGACUGUGGAAUGUAAACACCUGUCUCGUGACAAGCAGAGCUGCACAGUGAAGGAAAGCAGAAACCAACAUCUCCAUGGUUUUAAGUUUGGUAGUAAGUUGCAAUUCAGCAACUUCUGUUUCCAGUCUAUUUCUGAAAUUAUUUUGUAAUAAGACAGCUGCUUUGAGAUGUUGUAUAGAAUGUCCUGGGAGAUUGAAGUGUUCUCCUACUGGUUUCUCUGUCUUGGGGUUCCUGAUAUCAGAUUAAUGUCGCAUUUAUCCUUUGGCGUAGGGUUUGGCCUGUUUGUCCAAUAUAGAGAGCUGAAGGGCACUGAAAGCUCAUACCAAUAACAAACAUCUCUAAGGUGCUACUGGAAGGAAUUUUUUAAUUUUGUUUCAACCACGGCAGACCAACAUGGCUACCUACCUGUAACUAUCCCCUUGAUUUUGGUUGCCCUUUCCUGGACGUUUUUCCAACUCUGCAAUACCCUUUCUGAGGUGAGGCAGCCAGAACUGCACAUGGUAUUCCAAAGGCAGCUGUGUAAUGGCAUCAGGAGUUUUAUUUUCCUUUCCUAAUGCAUGGAUUUCACCAGUUUUCACAGCUCAGAAAGCUGAGAAGAAGUGACCGCUAAGUCUAGGAAGUCUUCAAGGUCAGCGCAGCUUGGGGGGCAAGAGACUUCCUCUGUUGGGGAGGAAGGGGAAGGGAGCUGGGCAGGAUCCUGGCAACCAGAAAUUGGGAGGUGGCAUCCAAAGCCCGAAAUCUUGCACCCUCCCCCAUAACAAAGCAGUUUCCAUACUCCAUUGGGUUGACUAGCAACUUCAGCAAGCUGUGAUUGUCACCAUGUUAAAUAAAAUUAUGGAGUCAUAGGAGUGCUUUUUUUUUUAAAGAAAAAAACCCACUUUCCAUUAGAUAAUUGCAAUAAAUCACUUAUAAAAACAGGCUUCAUGGAAGCGCAGUUAAGUGGGAGGAUAGCAACAGCCUGACAGGUGUGACUAAUCCUCUUAUUUAAGAACCUGAGAGUUAGAUUCUUAAGCGCAAGGUGCGGGCGGGGGAGAGAAAUGCAGCAAAGAAGUGUUUCUAAAGAAGCAAUCUAUGCCAGCCAGACUCUGGUUCAUUAACUGAGUUCUGAGAGCUGUCAGCGAAGAGCAGGGCAGAAAAAUCUUGGUCUCUGGGUCUAAGCAGGGAUAAGUGAGAGGUGUACGUCCUCCGUUUUGCAUCACUUCGCAGGCCAGGUAUCUAGAGAAAGGGCUGCCCCCUUGCAAACUGGUCAGUGUACCUUCCAAACAAGGUGGGGGGAGAUUUUCCAGCAUGGUCGCCCCAUGAGCAACCUUCUUGUGCAUGUGGGUGAGGGUGGAGGAAAAACUGGGAUGGAGCAAUGGAUUUGGCUCUCACUUGGAGCAUUCCCUCCGUGCAAAAUCCAGGGGUGCACAUGCUCCUUUCUCCACCCCCCCCCCAAACUACCAAGGCAAACCGUCGCAGUCCAGGGACCUAUCCCAGCGACACAAAGGCACUUGAGGGGGCACAGGGGGCUAUGCUGUGGGGCAGGCGGGGAAGUUCAGAAGCUGCCUUUCCACCAGGUCAGACCACUGGCGCCUCUCGCUCAGUGACUGUGACCCUUCAGGGUCUCAUGUAGGGAGAUGCUCUGGGGCCCAAGUUUUAUGAAUUAACAGAGGAACCAGUGUUUCUCAAACUUGGGUCACCAGCUGUUGUUGGACUACAGUUCCCAGCACCCCUGAAAAAGAAGAAGAAGAGUUUGGAUUUGAUAUCCUGCUUUAUCACUACCCUAAAGGUAAAGGGACCCCUGACCAUUAGGUCCAGUCGCGGACGACUCUGGGGUUGCGGCACUCAUCUCGCUUUAUUGGCGAGGGAGCCGGUGUACAGCUUCUGGGUCUUGUGGCCAGCAUGACAAAGCUGCUUCUGGCGAACCAGAACAGCACACGGAAAUGCCAUUUACCUUCCCGCCGGAGCGGUACCUAUUUAUCUACUUGCACUUCGAACUGCUAGGUUGGCAGGAGCUGGGACCGAGCAAUGGGAGCUCACCCCGUCACAGGGAUUCAAACCGCCGACCUUCUGAUUGGCAAGUCCUAGGCUCUGUGGUUUAACCCACAGCGCCACCCGCGUCCCUCACUACCCUAAGGAGUCUCAAAGCGGCCAACAAUCUCCUUUCCCUUCCUCCCCCACAACAAACACUCUGUGAGGUGAGUGAGGCUGAGAGACUUCAGAGAAGUGUGACUGGCCCAAGGUCACCCAGCAGCUGCAUGUGGAGGAGCAGGGAAUCAAACCCGGUUCACCAGAUUACGAGUCUAUCGCUCUUAACCACUACACCACACUGGCUCUGACUGCUGAUCCUCCUAGCUAGGGAUGAUGGGAGUUAUAGUCCAACAACACCUGGCGACCCAAGUUUGAGAAAUGCUGCACAGUUCAACAGCACCUGGAGGCUGCCUGUCUCUGAGUUGACUUAUUUUCCGAUCCAGGCCCAGCUUGGAAAGAUUUUACACACACACAGUUCAAGAGGGGUCCCACCUGGCUGUAGACCCUUCGGCGAGGGAGGCAGGUUGCUUUGUAGGGCAGGCAGGAAACUUUGCUUCUGUCUUUAACUUGCAUUAGGACCCCAGCCUAAGACUCCCCUUUAGAAUGGGUCUCUUUUUGUAAAGUGCCUCCACUUCCAAUAGAACUAUUUCACACCGGGAUUUGUGAAGGAGAUAGCCAUCUUCACAUAUCUCAAGGGAUGUCACACAGGAUGUAGCAAGCUUGUUUUCCCCUGCCCUGGAUGGUAGGACUCGAACCAGUGGCUUCAAGAAGGAGAUUCCGACUAAACAUCAGGAAGAACUUUCUGACAGUAAGAACUGUUUGACAGUGGAACAGACUCCCAUGAGAGGUUGUGGACUCUCCUUCCUGGAGGCUUUUAAGCAGAGGUGGGAUGGCGCAUUGCUGGCAGUGCCGGAUUUACGUAUAAGCUAAACAGGCUAUAGCUUAGGGCCCCACUCUCUUGGGGGCCCCCCAAAAAAUUAAAGGAAAAAAACCUGGAUGUACGUUUCCAAAAUAUAAGAUAAACAAAACAAAACCUACAUGCAGCAACAGUGUUUUGUGUUGCGUAGGCUCCUAUGAUAUAUUUCACUAUUAAUAUACUUCUUAAUUGUAUUUCAGUUCAACAAUUACUUUGAUAAAAUACAUAUUUUGUUCUGUGCAAAUGGCUUUAGAUGAUGAUGAUGAUGAUGAUAAUGAUAAUAAUAAUAAUAAUAAUAAUAAUAAUAAUUUAUACCCUGCUCUCCCUGGCCAGAGCCCUGCUCAGGGCGGCUAACACCAGUAAAAUUACAAUAAAAACAUAAUGGGGGUGCAAUUUAAAAUACAGGUUAAAAUGCAAUUUAAAAUGCAGCCUCAUUUUAAAAGUAGCCCAUAGAUCAAAACCAUAAGGGGAGGGAAAUAUAAGGGUGAGACUGAGUCCAAACCAAAGGCCAGGCGGAACAGCUCUGUCUUGCAGGCCCUGCGGAAUGAUGUCAAGUCCCACAGGGCCAUAGUCUCUUUUGACAGAGCGUUCCACCAAGUCUGGGCCAGUACUGAAAAGGCCUUGGCCCUAGUUGAGACCAAUCUAACCACCUUGCUACUUGGGACCUCCAAAAUGCUGUCAUUUGUGGACCUUAAGGUCCUCCGCGGGGCAUACCAUGAGAGGCGGUCACGUAGGUAUGUGGGUCCUAGGCCGCAUAGGGCUUUAAAGUUCAAAACCCUGUACUCCACCGGGAGCCAGUGCAGUUGGUAAAGCACUGGAUGAAUGUGAUCCCUAUCAGGUCCAUAAAUUACCAUAUAGCGUAUGGUUUUCCCAGUAGUGAUGUAUGGAAGUGAGAGCUGGACCAUAAAGAAGGCUGAUCACCGAAGAAUUGAUGCUUUUGAAUUCUGGUGCUGGAGGAGACUCUUGAGAGUCCCAUGGACUGCAAGAAGAUCAAACACAUCCAUUCUUAAGGAAAUUAGCCUUGAGUGCUCACUGGAAGGACAGAUCGUGAAGCUGAGGCUCCAAUGCUUUGGCCACCUCAUGAAAAGGGAAGACUCCCUGGAAAAGACCCUGAUGUUGGGAAAGAUUGAGGGCACAAGGAGAAGGGGACGACAGAGGACGAGAUGGUUGGACAGUGUUCUUGAAGCUUCAAACAUGAGUCUGACCAAACUGCGGGAGGCAGUGGAAGACAGAAAUGCCUGGCGUGCUCUGGUCCAUGGGGUCACAAAGAGUCGGACACGACUAAACGACAACAACACACACACAGCGUAUAUUCAACACAAAAAAGAGUGAGAAUUUGUUGUUGACAAAGGACAGCUCAACAUUUUAAGGGCCCCAUUACCUUCAGUAGCUUAGGGCCUCAUUAAACCUAAAUCCGGCCCUGAUUGCAUGGGGUUGGACUAGAUGACCCUCAGGUCCCUUCUGUAUAUGAUACCGUAUAGUCAACCUUUAAUACAGGGUUGAGGAACCUUAAACCCUCUAGGCCUGGCCCCUGGGAGUCUCCCCAAGCCAUGCACCUCUUGAAUGCAGGGGAAGAGGUUGAGAGGAGGUAAAGUGGACAAGCGCAGACUUCUGCAUGUGGGAUAUAAUUCUCAGAGACAUUGAGAGCAUUUGCAGGCCUGGGAGCUGUCGGACGGAGGCUCCGUCUCUGCCCUGGACAUCAGUUUGACGGUGGCUGCUAUGGAGACGCAGGCAGCUGAUCUGAAAGUUCAAAAGGGGAGACAAUAAUUUAAUGAUCUUGAGAAUAAUUGCCCUUGUUCUUCAGGUUAAUAUUGAGGUAGGGAUAUAAAACAGCCCAAUUUCAGGAUCAAAGUCAUUUUUUUUAAAAGGAUAUAUUGAAAUAGAAUCUUAUUGGAUGAAAUGGGCUACAUGGAGCUGGUAUCGAAUUAGGCAUGAAGCUUAAAUUCUUUAUUUUUGAAAUGUGGGUAUAAUUACAUAAAAGGAUAAUGUGCUCUAAAGAUCCCUGCUGCAUAAGCUGAAGUCUAGAGCAGCCGUUGCUAACCUGGCGGCUUACAGAUGUUUAGGACAAAAAACUCCCAUCGCAGCUAGCUGGGGCUGAUGGGAAUUUUAGGCUGAAACACCUGAGGGAUGCCUGGCUGCCAGGGAAGGUUCUGGAAGGUGAGAUGGUGUGAAAAGCGCUGACGAUUCCACCGAUCCCUUUCCCCAAGAAAUGACUGCCAACAUGGAGUGUGACAGAUGUGUUUUGUUUUUUAACCUGAUUUUUUUUUUGAAAGUUUUCAACGUACCAUACACUAAAAACCAAACUAAUCUAAAUAAAAAUAGAGAAGAAAACAAAACAAAAAAGACAGAGAGAAAAUAGAGAAGGGCGGAAGAGAAAGAGAGAGAAUAAUAACAUACAGAGCCCUCUAUCGAGGUAGAUCUUAACCCUUUUGCUGUUGUUUAGUCGUGUCCGACUCUUCGUGACCCCAUGGACCAGAGCACGCCAGGCACUCCUGUCUUCCACUGCCUCCCGCAGUUUGGUCAAGCUCAUGCUGGUAGCUUCGAGAACACUGUCCAACCAUCUCGUCCUCUGUCAUCCCCUUUCCUUGUGCCCUCCAUCUUUCCCAACAUCAGGGUCUUUUCCGGGGUCUUCUCUUCUCAUGAAGUGGCCAUCCUACACAAAAGCAAGUGGACUCUCCCAGCUCUUACUGGGGAGCUGCCCAGAGUGACUUGGGCAACCCAGUCAGAUGGGUGGGGUACAAACAUCAUCAUCAUUAUCAUCCUCCAGAACGAAUUAAAUACUUAAACUGAGGUACCACUGUAUUCCAGAUUCCAAACUUGUUAUACGUUUCUCUUUAAAAUUUGACUUUCUUGCCUUUCCCUCCAUGAGUUCAUAAACUCAUCCCAUUUACUUACCGUGUUUUAAUAAACAUUUCGCCUAAGACAUGUUAUUCUAUUUCAUAUAUUAUCAAUCUCCUACCUCUGCCCGUAUUUCAAAUCCUGCUUGCGAUUUCAUCUGAUUAUAACAUUUUUUCAGAUAUCCCCAAAAGGGCUUCUGUGAAUACCCUGUGGUGUUGGUUUCUUAUUUUUGCUGUUAGUUCCGCCAGCUCUGCAUAAUUCAUUAGCUUUGAAAUCCAUUCUUCUUUGGUUGGUGUUUUCUUUCCAGAUUUUCACGUGCAAGAUAAUUGCAUUCAUAAACAAGUUAAUUUUUUAUGCUUUCUGUUGUGUUGCCUCUUAGCUCACCUUGUACAUGAUCUUGUAUCUAAAUAGUGCUAUAGAAAGCCAUAGAAUGUGUUAUGCAUUUAUAUGCCACUUUUCCUCCAAGGAGCUCGCAGCGGGCUACGUGGAUUUCCCCAUCUCCAUUUUAUCUUCACAACACCCCUGUGAGAGGUUGCGUCUGGCCCAAAGUCACCCAGUGAGCUCCAUGGCUGAGUGGAGGAUUUGAACCCAGGUCUCGCAGACCCUAAUCCCAACGCUCUUAACUGCUACUCUGCACUGGUUCUCUGAAACAGUGCAGAGUAGCAGUUAGGAUGUUGGACACUUCAGUGUCAUUGAGCUGUGCCCUCUGUAUUAGCUGGCCACAAGCGCUUGCAAUUUGACUGAAUGGGUUUUUAAAAAAAAAGAAAGGAAAAGAUUUGGCUAAGGCAGCUCUGGCUCCAUGGUUAAUGCAGGAUUAUUCUUCAUUCCCACACCCUCGCCCUGCAAAUCCCAAGCUAUCUUGCUGCCUUGCAAAGUCUUAAGAAAAGCAUCAGCCACUUAUAAAAAUGGUACACGCAGGAGUUUUUGAGCAAACCUUGCUCUUUGAUAAUAAAAAAAAAUUCUUUCUCCUUUUUGUAUUUUUAUAUACACGUCCUCCUGAGUGGUUAACAAAUUAAAAUCUGCAGAACACAAAUCCGGUCUGCGCAGAAACGAUUGCUGCUGCUGCAGCUGCACUAUGGGCAGAGCUGAACGGCGAACUAGCAUAAAGACGCAUGGAGCAGCGUGAACACUGAUAAAAACAGCGCUAAAACCCAGGGAGUGGGGAAAUCCUAAAGGGGAGUCUUUCUGGGUGAGCUGUGCAGUUCACCAGCUUAACAGCACAGCAAUUAUUAGCGAAACCUGAAAGAGGAGGAGAAACAGAGCGGUCUGGUGUGUUGCCUUAGCGCUGCCAAGAGAUUAUGCUUGUGUGUUUCUGCCGUUGCAAAGAUGUUCCCAGGCCUUUCCCCUGCUUAUUCUUUGUAUUGCUCUGAUGCGCACCCUCCCCUUAUCUCUCUCUCACACACAAGACAGUACAAGGGCAAGUGGGAAAAGGGUCGUUGGCGAUGUGGCCUACAGCGCAGCCAAGGAGAAGGCGGGUUACAUCACCCCGGUCCCUGGAGGUGUCGGGCCAAUGACGGUUGCCAUGUUGAUGCAGGUGCGUGGCCUUGGUUCGCGGAGAGAGCGCACUGGUUGUACCUGUGGGAGGCGCAUGGGCUGCGUUGCUCUCCCACAACCCCACCCUCAAAACUCUUGCUUUCCCCCAGAGCAGCUGCACAUUAUGUACGGGGGGUGAGGGGAGGAAUGGUUGUGGGUGCUCUAGGGUGUUCUGUGUGUGUUUUUGUCCCACCUUUUGGCGUGAGCAUGAAUUGCAGAGGUGAGGGUGCAGCUGCUACCUAUGAAUGCAUGCUUGUAAAUGUUAAAUAAUGGGAUGAUGAUGAUAAUGAUAAUAAUAAUAAUAAUUAUUAUUAUUAUUAUUAUUAUUAUUAUUUAUUAUUUAUACCCCGCCCAUCUGGCUGGGCUUCCCCAGCCACUCUGGGCGGCUUCCAAAAAAAUAUUAAAAUAAUGUAAUACAUCAAACAUUAAAAGCUUCCCUAAACAGGGCUGCCUUCAUUCUAUUUGACUUUGUGAUAGUUUUGUAACAUUCUAAGCUGCUUGUAUGUCCAUCUCUGUUGCAUGAAGAGCUAUAUAAAUUGCCGGAAUAAAUAGCAACCUCCAGUAUUUCUGAUCACUGUGCCUCUAAAUCAGGGGCAUAUUGGAGUCUGUCAUCUAUUAUCCUUGACCAUUGGACAUGCUGGCUACAGACGACAGGAGUCCAAUAGCAUCUGAAGGGCCACAGGCUCUCAAAAUAUAAACCACGGUGAUGAUUUAACCUUUGUAUUCUGGCUUUCUGCUGAUGUAAUCAGAGUGUCUGACAGCAGAGAUCAGAAACGAUAAUCCUAAAAUGCAGCAACUAAUGCUGUAAACAGUUAGGGUCCUUGGUUUUAUAUCCUGCUUUGGGGGGGGGGAUGACCUAAAAUUGGCUUCAAGGGCAACAGAAAUAAUAAUUGGCCUUCCGCUAAAACCUACCCAAGCAACCAGGUUGUAAUGAAGAUGUUAGAACGAGGCAGGGGAUGGAGGUGUUGAGGCCGGGCUUCCUAGAGAGUGCAUUCCGUAACAGCAGUGCCACAACCAAAAAGGCCCUGCAGCUUGUACCCAUCUGCGUAACAAUGAGUGAUGGAGGUUCUUGGCCGGGGGCGGAAGUCCUUUGUUGCUGCAGCUGGAGGAGCCAGACGCCUGUGGAAAGCCUGCAAGAGGGACUUGAGUGCAACUGCACUCUCCCUGGCUCCCAGCAGGUAGUAUUCAGAGGGAGAACACAGCAAUUGCGGCCAGUAGUCUUUCCAGGUGUGUGCUGGGCUCCUGUUCUGUCUUGCCUAUGACAUUAUUGACUGACCUGCUGGAACGUUUUGUGUGACGGACCUUUCCUUGGUUCGCUUCUUUGUUUUUCAAUACGAAUUUAGAGCACUGUAGAAAGUGCGCAACGCUUUCUGGAGAAAUAUCAGCCUGGCAAGUGGAAUAUUCAGUAUAACCAGCUGAUCCCUAGAACGCCUGUUCCAAGGUAAGGAACAUCUUAUGGCUGGAAGGCCAUUGAUAGAGAUUAUUUCGUUCUGGUUUUUGCCUGAAUUUAUAUGGGGGGGGGUGUUGGGGCAUGGGAUAGGGGGUGUUGUUUUUAUUAAGUCUUUGUAGAGGUCCAGCAUGUUCUCUCCACUACUCACAGCAAAAUGGGGUGAUAGAAACUUGGAACUGAUGGAAUAUAUUUCUGCGGUCUGCAAAUGGGUGAUGCAAUUGAUUUUUGUUGAAUUUGCAGGGAACAGCUUUUUUAUAAUAAUAAAAAAAUAAUCUAGGUGGUUGUUGUUUUAAAACAAGGUCUACCUUCCCCCAAUCUGGGGAAGAUCAUGUGGAUCUUAAUCUCAGGGUUGUGCAUUUGAGCUCCACAUUGAGCAGAGUAAAGGUAAAGGGACCCCUGACCAUUAGGUCCAGUCAUGACCGACUCUGGGGGUUUUGCGCUCAUCUCGCUUUAUUGGCCGAGGGAGCCGGCGUACAGCUUCUGGGUCAUGUGGCCAGCAUGACUAAGCCGCUUCUGGCAAAACCAGAGCAGCGCACGGAAAUGCCGUUUACCUUCCUGCCGGAGCGGUACCUAUUUAUCUACUUGCACUUUGGCAUGCUUUCAAACUCUAGGAUGGCUAGGAUGGCAGGGACCAAGCAACGGGAGCUCACCCCGACGCAGGGAUUCAAACCACUAGGCUCUGUAGUUUAACCCACAGUGCCACCCACGUCCCUACAUUGAGCAGAGAGAGCCUUGCAAUUGCAGGGUGUGGUGGACCAGAUGAUCCUUGUAUGAUGCCUUCCAAGUCUGCAAUUCUGUGGUUCUAGGAAUAUCUCCAGAUGUGGCUGGGACUGACAGGUGUUGUAGUUUUAAAACAGCCGGAGGGCACCCAAGAUGAGAGCUCGCUCUGGUCCAUCCUUCUCCUGCUAAUUUUCCAGCUUGCUAGGAGCCUUUCUUUUAGGCAAGCACUCAGAAACAUGACUCUCCCUCCAUACACACACAACUGUAGUGGUGAGAGCCAGGGUGGUGUUGUGAUUAAAGUAGUGGGCUACAGCCUGGGAGGCCUGGGUUCGAAUCCUCACUCAGCCAUGAACUUCACUGGGCCAGUGAUCUAUAACUCAGCAUUAAAGCAGCUUCCUAUAGUCCUGCGUAUCGUCUCUCCGUAGAACUCUUCCUCACCGCCCUCUUGUUGACUUUCAGCGACAUCGAAGUAUCCCGGUCCUGCUUCCCCAAGCCCAUCGGCCAGCUGGCCAAGGAGAUCGGUCUGCUCUCAGAUGAGGUGCAACUCUACGGCCAGUGCAAGGCCAAGAUUUCGCUGUCGGCGCUGAAGCGCCUGAAGGACCAGCCCGACGGCAGAUACGUUGUCGUAACGGGGUAGGUUUCAUGGGUCCGUUUCUGCUACUCUGGUCGGCUCGUAGCCUUUUUCAGUUGGGGACAUUGGGGAGCAGCCUGCCAGGUGGGGUGGAACCAGCCAGUGGCGUAACAUGGGUUUCCAGUGCCUGGGGCUGCUUGGAGCUGGGUGGGUGGGAGAGAGGGAUGGAAACAGACAGAGUAUGCAUUCACAUUCAGCUGCCUAAAGGUGUCCGUGUCACUCAGGAGUAUUGCAGCCACUGUGAUAAGAAAAGAAGAGUCGUUCGCUGGAAGUGCAUGUCGGGAUCUCCGCUCGGCCAAGCUGAUAAAGCUCAUCUUCCUCCGACUGCUUCGGAAUCGCCCCCGAUGAAUAAUUAAUGACCUGAGCCUUUGAUGAGGCCUCAGGCACGUUCCCCCAUUCAGCAGAGAAUCCAAAACAGCACGCGGAAGUGAUGAGAUUUAUGGCUACAUGCUAUGCUUUAUUACUAAGCUACGUGGAGAGCAAAGAAAAAUGCAUCCUCUCUCUGUGAGAGCAGAGAGCAACUGAACAACAAAGGAACAGGAAACCAGUAACGUCACAUCCGUCUCCCUUCUCCCGUGAGACUUCCAACAGCCUGGGAUGUCUCUGGAAUGUAAACAGAGCCUUGUGACUCUAAGCAGCUGCUCAGUGGCAAAACAGAAACUAACAGUGCACAGCUGUGUUGAGGCAGCUCUGGGUGCUGAAAUUGUGCACCCCAAACAAUUUUGUGCCCAGGGCAGCUGCCCCCAUGGCCCCUCCCAUGCUGUGCCACUGGGUGGAGCCGCUGCACUGACUUCCCAGGAGGCAGGUGGUGGUUGUUUGCUGGGAGGGGCAGAGGUGAGGCAGCACGAGAUCGGCAUCGUGGCCGUCCUGUGAUUUGCUGGACCCCAAAGAGCUUGUCUUGAGCUUUGAAUACCAGCGCUAAGGGUGCAUGCAGGAGAUCACCUUGUUCAUAGCCUGUCGGCUUUGCUCAAAGGAAACGGGUGCAUUUUCCCAAUGCCUUCGGGUUUUUUUGUUUUGUUUUUUUGCAUUUCAGUAUAACGCCCACACCCCUGGGAGAAGGGAAAAGCACCACAACAGUGGGACUGGUGCAAGCGCUGGGAGCAUACCUUGGUCGGAAUGCCUUUGCCUGCGUUCGGCAGCCUUCGCAAGGACCCACAUUUGGAAUUAAAGGUACGUAAAGGUGGGCCGUGGGCUUGAUCCAGCAGCCUCUUCUUAUGUCCAGGGUGUACCUGGAGAUGCUGGGGGGCGGGGUUAAACCUGGAAUCUUCUGCAUUCAAGGCAGAUGCACGGCCACAAGCUAUAUCCCUUCCCAGAACAUUACAGUGGUACCUCGGGUUAAGUACUUAAUUCGUUCCGGAGGUCCGUUCUUAACCUGAAACUGUUCUUAACCUGAAGCACCACUUUAGCUAAUGGGGCCUCCCGCUGCCACUGCGCCGCCGAAGGCUGAUUUCUGUUCUUAUCCUGAAGCAAAGUUCUUAACCUGAAGCACUAUUUCUGGCUUAGCGGAGUCUGUAACCUGAAGCAUAUGUAACCCGAGGUACCACUGUACUGAAAAUAUUGUUUCCGGUAUCAGUAAUUUGGACUUAAAAGUUAUGAGAUAACACAAGACAACUUACAGAUAAGCACACGAUCUACUUUCAUCUCUUGUAAUCAGAUGCAGGAGGUUUUCGGGCAAGCCUUUUUCUUGACACCCAUCACUGCUCAGAGAAGUUUGUCGGUUUUAGAAGCCUGUGCAUCCUCUUCGUAAUCUAAAGAUGCUCACACUUUUAAGAAAUUUAAAGAAUAUCUAGCUAAAUAUUGUAAUAUAAGAUAAAUAGAAAAUUAAUGGAAGUAAUAAAUAGGCUUGGGGUAGAGUAAGAAUAUGUGGUAGUAAAUAUUAAGGAUUAGAAUAUUAAUAAAAGAGAAGAGGUUAAUAAAUGAAAGGAGUUAAUGUUAUUAGAAAUAUGAAUUUGGAGAACUGUUAAACAGGUGAUAUAAUGAAAUUCAGUUAGAGGGGAUUUGAGGAAGUCAGUUAUCAAUGUAACGAAAAUUAGGGAUUUGAAGUAAUAAUUCUUUUUUGUGUUUUUUUUCUCUUUUUCUCUGUUGUGUGUUUUGUAAUGUUUUCUUUUUCUUUCUGUGAUAAAUGUGAAAAUCAAUAAAAAAAUAAAAUAAAGAUGCUCACGCUUUUUGCAAGCGCGGUCUGAUGAAUGGCAUCCUUUCUUUUAUACAGGUGGUGCGGCUGGAGGUGGAUAUUCUCAGGUUAUUCCUAUGGAGGAGGUAACUUGAUUCCUUAAUUUACGACUGCAUUUGAGACAAAACGGUUGAUGUGGGAUUAGCUCAGUCAGUAGAGCACUAGACUCUUAAUCUCAAGGUCGUGGGUUUGAGCCCCACAUUGGGCAAAAGAUUCCUGCAUUGCAAGGGGUUGGAACUUGUGGUUCCUUCCAACUCUACAAUUCUGUGAUUCUGUGUUUAAAGCAGGGCUGGGAAACCUUUGGGAAGCCUGUAGUGAUUGAAGGAACUUUUUCUACGAUACCCACUUCCCUGGAUCUCUGGAAAUUUUGCAGUGUGACAUCAAGAGAUGGCUCUUGUCUCUUACCUAUCAGAGAGCAACUUUCUAACCUCGCCUGUAGGAACAUUGCUAAUAAUAAUAAUAACAAUAAUUUAUUAUUUAUACCCUGCCCAUCUGGCUGAGUUUCCCCAGCCACUCUGGGUGGCUUCCAAUCUAGUGUUAAAAACAAUAUAGCAUUAAAUAUUAAAAACUUCCCUAAACAGGGCUGCCUUCAGAUGUCUUUUAAAAAUAGGAUAGCUGCUUAUUUCCUUCACAUCUGAAGGGAGGGUGUUCCACAGGGCGUGCGCCACUACCAAGAAGGCCCUCUGUCUGGUUCCCUGUAACCUCACUUUUCGCAAUGAGGGAACCGCCAGAAGGCCCUCAGAGCUGGACCUCAGUGUCCAGGCUGAACGAUGGGGGUGGAGACGCUCCUUGAGGUAUACAGGACCGAGGCCAUUUAGGGCUUUAAAGGUCAGCACCAACACUUUGAAUUGUGCUCAGAAACGUACUGGGAGCCUGUGCAGGUCUUUCAAGACCGGUGUUAUGUGGUCCCUAGCAAUCAUUCCCAGUCAGUAGUCCAGCUGCCGCAUUCUGGAUUAAUUGCAGUUUCUGGGUCACCUUCAAAGGUAGAGCGCCAUGCAGUAGUCCAAGCGGGAGAUAACUAGAGCAUGCACCACUUUGGCGAGACAGUCCGCAGGCAGGUAGGGUCUCAGCCUGUGUACCAGGUGGAGCUGGUAGACAGCUGCCCUGGACACAGAAUUAACCUGUGCCUCCGUGGAAUAUUUCCCUCUCCAGCUCAUAGUCCUGUUUUGGGACUUGCUGGGCUUUAACAGAGGGUUUGAGGUUGUUGUUGAGGUCCUCUCCACCCCAAUACAAUUUGUCUCCCCUUUUUUGUCAUGGGUAUUCUACUCAAUAUUGAUCCAGGGUAGAUUCCAUUGUAUAGUUAGCAGAGUAAAAAACUUAAACUUGUUGCAGGAUUCCCCAAAAAAUAGACCAGAGGCAAUUAAUAUUUCAUCCAGCAGAGCUUUACUGCCACUGAAGGCAAAUGAGCAUAAUGGUCACAAAUCCAAUACAAUUAGGAUUGGCACUGUCCAUAAGAAAUCCAGUUGCAGCAGACUUAACUUAAACUUGCAAUAACUUAUAAUAAGUCUAAAUCUUUUGUUAAUGAAUCUUAACACUAAGCAUACUAUGUACAGUCAUACUUCAUGUUACAUCCGCUUCAUGUUAUGUUAUUUCAGGUUACGUCCUGCGGCAACCUGGAAGCACUGGAAAGGGUUACUUCCAGGUUUCGCCACUCGCGCAUGCGCAGACGUGCAAAAUGACGUCAUGUGCAGAAGCGGCGAAUUGCAACCCGUGCAUGCGCAGACGCGCCGCUGCAGGUUGCGCUCUUUUCAUGUUGUGUACGGGCCUCCGGAAUGGAUCCCGUUCACAACCAGAGGUACCACUGUUCAGAACACCACACCAGAAGGAAAGAGAGAUAGAAAGAGAAAGUGUGACGCCCAGGCUCCUUCUGGCCUAUUUUUAUAGUCAGCAUGACCUUGACUGAAAGAGAUAACAGAACUAGUUUAAACUAGCUGCACUCAGCUUCUCUGAAGGAAUAACCCAAACAUCGUGAACCUUCUUUCACACAGAGAAGCUUCCAGAACCCUCUUGAAUUAAUUAGAAUAGGAAAGAUCUCAACACAUCAGAUCAGUGCUUUCUGCAAUAAGAAAUGCAAACUGACAUUUUCCGUCCUCUCUAGUUCAAUCUCCACCUCACUGGCGACAUCCACGCCAUUACUGCAGCCAAUAACCUGGUCGCUGCCGCUAUUGAUGCCCGCAUCUUCCACGAGGCCACGCAGUCUGAUCAGGUAACAUGGUGCAAUUUAUCUUUUCCCCUGUAGUGUGUGUGUGUGUGUGUGUGUGUGUGUGUGAGAGACUUGUUGAGUGCCCUGCAGCCACUAAUGAAGUGCCUUUGCUCCUUAAGGCUCUCUAUUCCCGAUUGGUCCCUUCUGUUGACGGCGCCAGGAAGUUCUCCAACGUCCAGAUCCAGAGAUUGCGGGUGAGUUUGCAGAGCCUGUUCCGGUAACAAAUUUCCAAGUCCCUUCCGUGUGGAUGUUUCAUGGACUAUAUACUCAGGGAUGUGACCAUCUUGCAUGUUUGCAAGCAUAGAAUUUGGUUCAAAGCCCAGAAUCCUUUUAUUUUAUUAAAAAAACUUGUACUGAAAACAGCAAAGCAUAAAAAAACCCAGGCAAACAGGAGGCAAAAAAAUGCAAGGUCAGGUAUCUGGCAAAUGUAUACAAAGAGUAAUGUGAGGACUUGCCUUAGACAUUCAGAAAACAAUUACAAAAUCAAAAAGUCACACAAAGGACUAAUCAAGAACACUUAAUGAAGUCAUAUUUGUGCAUCAGUGUUGUCAGGUAGGCCAUCAGGAGCCAGCAGACAGUUGCAAAACCCAGAAUCUUGGCCCUGUAAUUUAUGAGAUUUGCACCCAGGCAAAGUGUGAUGUACUAUGCCAGCCCUCACCAAUUCCCUCCAGCUGUUUUGGUGGAUAGUCUGAAAGAGCUGGAGGGCACCAAGGUGGAGAAGGCUGAUUUGUACAAGUCUCUCUAUUUCUUCAGGAAAAUCUGGCUCUACAUUAUAUAUCUUCUUUCAGAUUAGGCCCCUGUUCAAGUUAGCUAGGCAGGAAACACACUUAGGACCCAUAUCUAUAGCUGGCCCAUUGAAGCUGAAAUUCUGGCUUAAAAAAAAUUCUGUCACUUACAUCAUUCCUGGUUUGCACAGGAUGCUAAGCCAUGGCUUAGACAAACCAUGGUUCAGAGUUAUGUGCAAACCAUGCUUUUUCACAUUUCUUCUUGGCAGGUUUCAAGUUUCAGCCUAGGUUUUUAGACGCUGCUCUCCCUUUAUUUAUUUAUUUAUUUAUUUUGCUUUAAGAACGAUUCCCCCCCUCCAAAAUGAACUUGCUCAUUUCCUGUAACUACCCACCAUCUUAUUUCUCUCCCCCUCCUUUCGUUCUUCCUCAGAGAUUGCAUAUUGAGAAAACAGACCCAAGGGCUUUGACGGGUGAUGAAAUAAACAAAUUUGUGAGAUUGGAUAUUGAUCCAGAUAGCAUAACAUGGCAAAGAGGUAUUGGCGCAAAAAUAACCCACAGUGGGCAAAGUAGAAAGAUGUUUAGAAAGGUGGGGGAGUUUGAGCUUUUGUUUUUGUGUGUAUACAAAAAAAAUGGUUUAAGGUUUAGACUUAGAGAUUCCUGCUUAUCUCCCUCCACUGCCGGUCCCCAUCCCAGAGCCUUCAAUGUUAGCCAAAAUCUGAUUGCACACAGAUUAUAGAUAGUUUUGAUCCUCCGCUUCCUGUGUAGCAGAACUGUCCAUCCUCCAAGGAGACGGCCGUUGCUUCUCUGCAUGAGUCAUUGCUCUGGGCUUGCCGACUUUCAAUCAGGAACACCCCCAGAAUUGCUGGGCCUUUACAGAGUUAUUGAUAGGGCUGGCUCAAGAUUUGAGGAGGGCCCUGUGCGAUAUCCCCUCUGCUGGGCUUAUCUGGUAGCAGGAAGUGGCCGGCAGAGAUGUUCUGGUCAGCACAGGGUUUCGGAGCUACCAUUUAAUUUGAUUUUCUGUGCAGGCUAGCCGCACGGACGCUGCUGGGCAGCUCUCAAGAUGUAGCUGCUCAGCACUGAUUGGAACGCUUGGGGGAAGCUGUUGACCUCUAAAAGUUUUUUGAGAGGGAGAGGGCUGUCUUUGUGUGCCUGUGUGUGUGUUCCUGCAUGUGUUUGAGUGUGUGCACGUAUGAAUAGGCAUUCACCUUUCAGCAGCUUUUCUGAGCUAAUGGGGUAGGCAUAUGGUUGUCAAGCCUCUGCUUAAAGACCUCCAAAGAAGGAGACUCCACCACACUCCUUGGCAGCAAAUUCCACUGUCGAACAGCUCUUACUGUCAGGAAGUUCUUCCGAAUGUUUAGGUGGAAUCUUCUUUCUUGUAGUUUGGAUCCAUUGCUCCGUGUCCGCUUCUCUGGAGCAGCAACCUAAGGCCCAGGGGCCAGAUGCGGCCCUAUCACCUUCUCAAUCCGGCCCAUGGGUAGUCCGGGAAUCAGCAUGUUUUUACAUGAGUAGAAUGUGUGCUUUUAUUUAAAAUGCAUCUCUGGGUUAUUUGUGGGGCAUAGGAAUUCGUUCAGUUCCCCCCCCCCCCAAAAAAAAUAUAGUCUGGCCCACCACAUGGUCUGAGGGACGGUGAACUGGCCCACAGCUGAAAAUGGUUGCUGGCCCCUGCUAGCCCCCCCCCAAAAAAAGCCUGCCUAAAAUGCCCAUGUCACAGGGUCCUUUUUAACCUGCUUUCACUCAUCCAUCCAUUCAUUCUCUCCUUCCCUCCCUCUCCUCUCUUUCCCUUGCUCAGUGAUGGACACAAAUGACAGGUUUCUGCGGAAGAUCACUAUUGGGCAGUCUCCAACCGAAAAGGGGUUCUCACGCACAGUAAGUGCCCUUUCUCCUCUCAUUCCGAGAUGCUUUCUUAUUGUGAGGGUGGUGGUGGGGAACUGGCUGGUCUUUGAACAAUAGCAUCUUACCCUCCCUUAGCAACUGGGUUGACCUUAAGCUAAGAGGUGUUGGGGUUUUUCUUUCCCCACUGAGUGUUUUUCUACAGAUGAUGUGCAUGAGAACAUAAAAGUGUGUGUGGGGGGGUGAUAAUAUGUACCUGGUGCUAAAUUGCUCCGAGGGGCUGGCUUUUCCACCCACCGUGUUUUGGAGUACCUUGGUAAUCAAACAGCUUGGCUGCCAAACAAAUCUGCUCCUGAACGCUGCAAACCCAGAAAUGAGUACAGUGGUACCUCUGGAUGUGAACGGGAUCCGUUCCGGAGCCCCGUUUGCAUCCUGAGUAGAACGCAACCCGCGACUGUGCGUCUGUGCAUCAUGAUUCACCGCUUCUGCACAUGUGCGUGACCUCAUUUUGAGCGUUUGCACAUGCACGAGUGGCGAAACCCGGAAGUAACGCGUUCCGUUACUUCCGGGUCGCACACACAGCAUAACCUGGAAAUGCUCAACCUGAAGCAUAUUUAACCCAAGGUAUGACUGUAUUCUUGGGACGUGGGUGGCGCUGUGGGUUAAACCACAGAGUCUAGGACUUGCCGAUCAGAAGGUCGGCGGUUCAAAUCCCCGCGACGGGGUGAGCUCCCAUCGCUCAGUCCCUGCUCCUGCCAACCUAGCAGUUCGAAAGCACGUCAAAGUGCAAGUAGAUAAAUAGGUACUGCUCCGGUGAGAAGGUAAACGACAUUUCCGUGCGCUGCUCUGGUUCGCCAGAAGCGGCUUAGUCAUGCUGGCCACAUAACCUGGAAGCUGUACGCCGGCUCCUUUGGCCAAUAAAGCGAGAUGAGCGCCGCAACCCCAGAGUCGGCCACAACUAGAUCUAAUGGUCAGGGGUCCCUUUACCUUUACCUUUAUGACUGUAUUCUGGUUUGCAAAUGUUUUCAGAAGCUGAACAUCCAACGCAGCUUCCGCGGCUUCUGAUUGAGUGCAGGAAUCUCCUGCAGCCAAUUGGAAGCCGCACCUUGGUUUUCGAACCAUUUCAGGAGUUGAACAGACUCCCGGAACAGAUUAAAUUUGAGAACCAAGGAACCCCUGUAGUCUUCUCCAUUUCAGACAUCUAGUUUGCUUGACUCUGUGUUGUCUUUGGCAUAAAAAAUGGCACCUCUUCCAGCACAACCUUGCGCUAUCUUUCCUGUGGAACAGGGGUAGUGGUUGGAAACCUUUUUCAUCCCUUCUGGGGACGGCAUGCGGGUGGUAGGUGGAGCCGGAGGCAAAAUGUGGGUGGAGCAAUGGAGGUGACUCUUACCUUACAACAGGUGACUUUCCAGCCGUACGAAAGUGAGAGGUAGACACCCGUCAUUUAUCUCUAUUUUAUUUAUAUAUUUUGUUUCCCAAGAUUUAGACACCGCUUGAUUGUAAUAAAACCUCAAAAUGGUUUACGAAAACAACAACAUUAUCAGGGGUUGGGGGAACAGCUAAAAACAACGAUUGGGAAUAUUUAAAAAAAGAAAAAGAAACACGGAAUCGGUGAUCAGCUAAAAACCACAUUAAUUUGAACAACCAUAGGCAACACGUGGCUAAUAAUGUGCUAACAAAAUAUUUACAAAAUUAUAAUGUUUCACAAUUCAUAAACAGAAAAUAUGCAAUGGAGUAAUGAAUCAUCGGAGUCAAAUAAUGUUCACGAACAACGAUAGAGAGUGUAGUUAGUCGGUAUCAAAGAACCUGGAGAUGGAGGCAAAAUGCCUUUCAACAGUCACAGUCCUGCAAAUGAGCAGUGAUUGGUGCUCCGAACAAAGUGUAGAACAAAGUGUAGUUUUUACUACACUUCUCGGUGAUUGCUGAUCCUUUGCUACUAGAUGUACCUGUAGGGACAAUUCAUUUGCUGAUGAAGAAUUACCAUUGAAACAGUUCAUCAUCCGGAAAAACGGUUCUGCACUGACUGUGACUGUUGUUGUUAGCAAAUUAUUAGCCGCGUGUUGCUUGUGGCUGUUCAGAGUUGUCUGUUUUGCAACACGGGGGAUUUCCUUGGUUGUUUAUUCAAAAACCAGAUUAAAGCAUACGUCAUCAUUCUGCACGCCUUAAACAAAGAUGUUUUUAGCAAGCAGCAAAAAAAGUACAGUGAAGGAACUUGCCCAGUGUCAACAGGCAGGGAAUUCCAAAGUGUGGUGCUGCCACACUAAAGAUGGAUUUUUUCCAGGAAAGCGAGAGGCGUUGUGGCAGUUCAUGUUGGAAAAUGCCCUGGGGUGCUCCUGCAGCCCCCGCACUCCAAGCAUUCUCUGGUAUGCGCAGCUCUGGAAAAGGCAUUUCCUUUCUUCUCCAGUGUGCUCAGCGACGUAUACCUGAUGGCAUAUUCACACUAAUCUUCUAGCAUUGCACAGCAAGAAGUGUGAGACAUCGUAGAGCUAAUCUACGUAUUUAUUUACACACUAUGUACAGACAAAGAAUUAUGGCGUCCUCUCUCAUCAGCUCCGAGAGAGAACAGGACGAAGUAAAAGCAAAAGUACAGUCCCAACAGUACCCACAACGGAAGAGAGAAAAGGCUGUCUUCCAUUCCCACCGUCUUCCCAGACAGGCAUGUGAUUUACACCAAUCACAUCUGCAGCAACAGAUGCAUGAAAUACUAACAGUUCAAGGAUUCAUUCCAGAAAGGCAAAAGCACUCAAGGAAGGUGUAGCUUUCAGAUGUGGGUGACCUGGGAAGCGUCUUGGGGGCCAAGCAAAAAGGCCACAUUGGCUCCUGAGUCUAAUGCUUCUCUUGCCUGUUAACCACAAAAAUCCAUCUUUCCAUCCAGGAAAACAAGAGGCACUCUUGCAGUUCAAGGCGAGAACCAGUGUGGUGUAGUGGUUAAGAGCGGUAGUCUCCUAAUCUGGGGAACCGGGUUCGCUUCCCCGCUCCUCCACAUGCAGCUGCUGGGUGACCUUGGGCCAGUCACACUUCUCUGAAGUCUCAGCCCCACUCACCUCACAGAGUGUUUGUUGUGGGGGAGGAAGGGAAAGGAGAAUGUUAGCCGCUUUGAGACUCCUUUGGGUAGUGAUAAAGCGGGAUAUCAAAUCCAAACUCUUCUUCAAGGACACAUUCCAAAAACACUUGAGGAGGGCAAUGAACAGGGUCAAGGAGAUGUGGCAUGGAGAGAGUCCUGAGCGGGAUGGAGAGGCUUGAGGUGACACAUUCGUUCCCAAGGGUCUGAGGCUCCCCACCUUUGCCAGGGGUAUCAUAGAGUUGGAAGGGAGCCUAUCAUCUACUCCAAGCCCCUGCAAUGCAGGAAUAGGCAGUUGUCUCUUACUGGAAUCAAACCUGCAACCUUGGCAUUAUCAGCAUCACACUCUAACCCAGAGCUUUCCAAACUGCGUGUCGCAUCACGUUAACAUGUCGGCUGCAGUGUGCAGGUGUGCCGUGCGAAUGCUCCCUGCGCUCCUCACGGGGCUGGAAAGGGGUUAGUUUAAACCUCUGGCUUGCUAGUAACACUGAAGUACCGUGUCGCAAAAUGAUGCAUGUCUAAAAAGUGUGUCACCAGCAUGACAAGUUUGCAAAGCUCUGCUAAGCAAUUCAGCUACCCAGAGGUCAGGGGUUGAACAAAGUGUAUGGGGUGAAAGAGGGGGGGUCUUUGUUCCAGCCUUGCCCACUUUGGCCCUCCCCACCACCAGGGUAAAGGUACGGGCCAGUCGUGUCCGACUCUAGGGUUGUGCGCCCAUCUCACUUAAGAGGCCGGGGCCAGCGCUGUCCGGAGACACUUCUGGGUCACGUGGCCAGUGUGACAUCACUGCUUUGGCGAGCCUGCACCAGAGCAGCACACGGAACGCCGUUUACCUUCCCGCUAUAAGUGGUACCUAUUUAUCUACUUGCACUUUAAGGGUGCUUUCGAACUGCUAGGUGGGCAGGAGCUGGGACCGAAAGACGGGAGCUCACCCCGCCGCGGGGAUUCGAACCGCCGACCAUGCGAUCGGCAAGCCCUAGGCGCCGAGGUUUUACCCACAGCGCCACCAGGGUGCCCAGAUACAAAAGAAGGCAAAGCUCUGGGAAUGUCAGUGGGUGUUGUUUGCAGGACCAGCUAUCCCUGCUGAAAUCCCCUCGUCUUAUCUCAACCUCUGCAGUUUGCAGGAGCCCUGCCCAUCCACCAGCAUGCAGCCCCCAACCGCUUCCCUCCAAGGAAACAGGGCCCUUGCGAGGCAAGGAAGAGUCCCCCACCCCACAUCCCCACUAUAGAGUUUGUAUCCGGAGACAGUGGUUCUCCUUUAAAACAAAAAAAUGCUGCUUGAGUUGAAAGGAGACUGUUUUUGGCCCUGUCCUUCCCUCCGGCAGGCUCAGUUCGACAUCACGGUUGCCAGUGAAAUCAUGGCGGUCUUGGCUCUCACAGAUGGCCUGGAGGACAUGAGGCGUCGCCUAGCCAAAAUGGUGGUGGCUUCCAGCAAGAACGGCGUUCCAAUUACCACAGAAGAUCUGGUACGUAGGCCAUAAUCUUCCUCAGAAGACAAAACUUUGCCAAAACUGACCUUGAUGGUGCAAGUUUCCCAGAAACCUCUGCCGGAUUUAAUUCUGGUUCAACUGUCUCUUGGAUCUGGGUGUUGAGCUCAUAAACCUAAGCUGGCCCCAGGAUAAUUUAGAAUGAUAGAAUUGUGGAGUGGGAAGGGACCCAAGGAUCAUCUUUUCCAGGCAUAGACAACCUUGGCCUUCCAGAUGUUUUGGGACUACAACUCCCAUGAUCCCUAGCUAACAUGACCAGUAGUCAGAGAUGAUGGGAAUUGUAGUCCCAAAACAUCUGGAGGGCCGAGUUUGCCUAUGCCUGAUUCAGUCCAACCCCCUGCAGCGCAGGAACGAAGCAGAACCUGUGGAGCAUCUUCUUCUUUGCGAGCCCCUUGUGAUUCAGGUAGUCUGAGGAGGCCCUGCUCCAGAAUCCCAUUGUGUGCCUAAGGUAAAUUGCCCUGGACACCAGCUUUAAUUUACAUUUUAAAAUUAAAAAUAGGGAGAAGUAGAGGCCUCGCAAGCACCAAGGCUGGUCUCUUCGGCACUCGAGCACUAUGCUUAGGAUCCCAGAGGUAGAUCGUACAUGUGUGAAAUUGCCCUACCUGUAAUUAUGGAAUGGUGAGCAUGGCAUCCUCAAUUGUGUUCAUUUAGCAUCCUAUUUCUGUCAAGGUAGAAUAGUGGGCUUCCUUGCGGUUCUUGGAGCAUCCUAAACCUGAAGAAAUUGGUCAGAACUGCCACCCAGGUAACUCUAAACACUUCUUUCUUUAGGGAGUUAGUGGUGCCCUGGCAGUUUUGAUGAAAGAUGCUAUUGAGCCAAACCUCAUGCAGACUCUGGAGGUAAGUGCAUAUCUUGUGCAAGCUUUGUGCUGUCAGUUGGAAAUCGGAAAACCUACCUGCCCCCCCACCAAAAAAAAUGCUGUGAGGCAGUGGUUCUCAAGAACAUUUUGCACCUGACAACCAAUCACCCCUUCACGGUUUGCCUUGUUUGUUUGCUGUGUUUCCAAAGUGGUUUGCGAUUAAAAAAACAUUAACACAAACAAAUAGGAUAGCUCAGUCAUGAGAACCUUAAUCUAUGAAAUGGUAGAAAAAUAAUCUCAGGGUGGCAUCAGCUGCCGAUGGCACUAGAUCCCUGGCCUGGAUUUAUCCUCUUCUGCCUGCCCCCAAGGGGGGAAAAAUGGCUGGAGAAGGAGGGACAAAGGCUGCCUCAACAGAUCUCCCAGGCCACUGGCGGUCCAGUCAGGAGCUGGUGGCUCUCUGCUGCUUGGCCUAGUCUUCCUAGCUUCUGCCUUACCUCAGAGCACACAGGUUGUAAGUAGGGGUUGGUCUUCAUGUUGCUUAAAACAGAAAUUAUAUAGACCUGUCAAGGGCAACUGGCUAUGAUCAAUAGAACCUCCCCAUGCAGAGGCAUGGAUUACGAGUUACUGUGAGGAAAACAAGAGGAAGUGUUGUUUAACCAGAGAUGUUGUUGGAAUCAGGAUGCUAGCCUGGGAUUCUUGCAAAUUCUGCAGGCUCUUAAUCCAGAGGCAAAGCUCUUGCUAUUUAAAGUUAAGUACCGAAAUAUAACGCAUCAAGAAUGGAUGUGGUUUACAGACUUGUCGCAUUCCCAGAAGGUGUGGGGGUGGCCAAGAAAGGACUCUGAGCUAUGAGGGAAGCCAGUUCCUAACAGGCAAGAUUGCAUCUUCUUCCCCUACCCUCAGCUAGCAGAGGUGGAGGUGGGGGGUUUGCCGUCUGCAUUCCUGAAGGAGCCAGAAAGGUUUAAACUUCCUGGAUCCUGCCCAUUCUGUGCAGGGAAGGAUUUGGCUUGAGAAGUGAGAGUUCCCUCCUCUCCUGUAGAACUGUUUGGGUUUGACAGGCACAGAAAGAGAGAGCCCCAUUUCAUUUUGCUUUCAAUUUGUAUACCAUCUUUCUAUAUUACUAUACACAAGACGGUUUGCAGCAACAAAAUAUACACACCUUAUAAUAAUCUGAUCCAGUGUAAAAAGGCAUAAUGAAACAUAACUUUAAAAAUGAACGACUUAUGUCAUAUAAAGUGAUAUUCACUGAUGUGUUAGAAUAUAAUAGAACACAACAAAAUUAACUCUCAAAUAAUAAUUAAAUUCACUCUUAACAAUUGCAAUAAAUAUCGCUCAGCUUGGGGCGACACAGAAGGGACUGUGAUGGGCUGAUUUUUCUUGCUGAUUUUCAGUUCUACCCAGUUUCCACUUUGUUGGGUUGCUUCACCAGAGACACUUGAAGUGCUGCAAGAUUUUUAGAGCCCUAACACAUGCUUACUCGCAAGCAAGUGCCAUUGAGAUCCAUGGAAUUUGCUUCUGAGUAAGUGUGCGUAGGGCUUGCCGAUCAGAAGGUCGGCGGUUUGAAUCCCGCGACGGGGUGAGCUCCCGUUGCUCGGUCCCUGCUCCUGCCAACCUAACAGUUCGAAAGCACGUCAAAGUGCAAGUAGAUAAAUAGGUACCGCUCUGGUGGGAAGGUAAAUGGCGUUUCCGUGCGCUGCUCUGGUUCGCCAGAAGCGGCUUAGUCUUGCUGGCCACAUGACCCGGAAGCUGUACACCGGCUCCCUCGGUCAAUAAAGCGAGAUGAGCGCCGCAACCCCAGAGUCGGCCACGACUGGACCUAAUGGUCAGGGGUCCCUUUACCUUUUAAGUGUGUGUUGAGCUUGCAGCAUUCCAGGUGGCAAAGCAUCUUUUCUCCCUUUGCAUUUCCUUCUUCCAGUUGCAUUUCCCCCUUCUCUUCUCAGGGCAACCCUGUGUUUGUCCACGCCGGUCCAUUUGCCAACAUUGCCCAUGGCAACUCAUCCGUCCUGGCAGACAAGAUUGCCCUAAAGCUCGUCGGCAAGGAAGGGUUUGUGGGUGAGUCUCUGUGCGCCAUUUACUUACAGAAUUCACGGCUGCACGAUGCAGUAGGUGGGGGAGCCUGUGGCCUUCCAUAGGUUUCUGGACUACAACUCCCAUGAUCCCUGUUGGCCUCUCUAGCUGGGGAUGAUGGGAGUUGGAGUCCAGCAACAUCUGCAGGGCCAUGGGUUCCCUAUUGUUGCUGUUGCACCGAAAAACAUUUGUGAAAUUGACCUAGUAGUUCAAGGAGGAAUAGCUUUGUGAAGUUGUGUCCCCUUCCCCAAGUUUGUUUCCCAUAAUCAUUUCAAUGAUUCCAUGGCUUGUUUACUUGGGUGUAAGUCGUAUUGAACACAGUGGGCUUACUUCUGAUUGGACAUGCAUAGAACUGCUAUGGGUUUUUACAAGGCAAUUCUUGUUUUUAAAAAAUAAAAUAAAAAGGCAGAGAGAAAUUCAAGCCUAAAACAAAAGUCUUGUGUUGUUCAGAAAGGCUUGCAAGGAACAGCACGCUGUGAGUUCAUCUAUUUAACAAGCCUGCUUCAGUCACUGCCCUUUCUCUGGAGGUGUGUUUAACACUGCACCUCACGGAUAAAAUGAGAUGCUUGAGGAACAAGCCGCCCACUCUGUAGAAGGGUGUAUUUUUCUGCAUAUAUUCAGCUGCUGUCCACUGAACUGGCAGCCCCCAGGGAAUGGCAGUGGCUGUGUUUUCCACCGUAUUCUCAAAGAGCACCUCAGAACAAGGCUUCAUGGGGGAAACAAAAUGGCCUCACCUCUGUUUCAAAUCGCGCCAAAAUAAUUUUACCUCACCCCGGGAUUAUAGCCAGACAAAACAGCCGGUUUCAAAGUGGGUGAAGUGGCUGAGAAAAUGGGCUUUGUCACUUUGGUUCACCCUUCCGGCUGCUAUCAUUUAUUUAUUUAGAAUAUUUACAUGCAGGCUUUAAAUCAGAAGUAACUGAGGCAGAGUGCAACAUAAACUUCUUCUCUGACGAUCACUUGUAGCUGAGUAAGAUUGUCUUCCGUUUGAGGACCUGGACAUUCUCAGGGAAACCAAAAUAAUCUUGAUUCCCAAAAUGCAACACAAUAACUUAAGACAAUCCACUAAAACACAUGAAACACCAUGAGGGUUUGAAAAUCUGCAUCUUCCCAAUCUAAGGAACAGGUUUUAUUUCUAGGUGUUUUUUUUUUUUCCUUUUUUGCCAGUUAUUUUUAUUGAUUUUCCGUAAUUUUUAUCGAAAUUAUUACAAAUUUAAAAGCUGACUUCCAGCUCCACCCCCGACGUUCCUUCUUUUUCCCUCCCUCCAUUGCUGCUCCAAAUACAUUUGCUUUCCCAACUUUCAUUUCAAUAUUCAAUAAAAUCAAACAUAUUUAUUUAUGCAAUAAUAUUUCAACCUUUGUCCUUUCACAUCGGCUGUACAAGUACCAAUUUCCGCUUAAGACUUUUGUAUAUAUUAUUGUAGCCUAUCCAUAAAAUAACCAGGUAGAUAAAUCCUCCUUUAUCUGUCUAUGAUAAUCAUGAAUCAAUAAUGACAUAUCAGUACUGUCAGGGCCUGCUCUGUAUCCAGGGGGAGACCAUUCCACAAGGAAUGACUUUUGUGGGAGCCCACCUGGCUGCUUGGGGUCCCCAAACCAGAGGACAUUUUGCAUAAACUCUUUGACGCUGUUCCAGCUGGAGCAAGGACUUUGCAUAGCUAGGAAAGAGGGAGGGCAAUGAAGUGACUAGAGCAGGCAUCCCCAAAACUCAGCCCUCCAGCUGUUUUGGGACUACAGUUCCCAUCAUCCCUGUCCACUGGUCCUGUUAGCUAGGUGCAAACAAACAGCAGAAGUGCCAGGUCAGGUCUGCUGAUGUGUUUGCACCAUGCUGGCCACGUCGCUGCCUUGCCCCUCUCCCUCCAGGUGUGCUGCAGUGACUCAGGUGAUGGGAGGCCAGGUAAGCUGAGCGCUAGGAGCCGAGAGACUCAAUGGCUUGCCGGACCUCUGCUAGGAAUGCCUUACCCUUUGUGGCAUCGUCACUGCCCUGUCUCUCCUAGUUUGCUGCUGCUGCUGCUGCUUAUUAAUGCCAUGCCUGGGGAGCUUCUGCUGGAGGUGUGUGAAUAGAAAGGAAAGAGGAGUUAUUAAAACCCUCUGGUUUUCAUCCUUGUUGUGCAUCUCUGGUUCAGUUGUGCUUCAGGCAGUUCCGUUUCCUCGUUUCGCUCUUGCCGUUUUGGCAAACUCUUGCACGUUUCUCAAAGCGUGAAUUCCUCCGAGCUGAACACUAGAGUGGAUAGGGACGUGGGUGGCGCUGUGGGUUAAACCACAGAGCCUAGGGCUUGCCGAUCAGAAGGUUGGCAGUUCAAAGCCCCGCGAUGGGGUGAGCUCCCGUUGGUCAGUCCCUGCUCCUGCCAACCUAGCAGUUCGAAAGCACGUCAAAGUGCAAGUAGAUAAAUAGGUACUGCUCCAGCGGGAUGGUAAACGGCGUUUCCAUGCGCUGCUCUGGUUUGCCAGAAGCAGCUUAGUCAUGCUGGCCACAUGACCCGGAAGCUGUACGCCAGCUCCCUCGGCCAAUAAAGCGAGAUGAUCGCCGCAGCCCCAGAGUUGGCCACGACUGGACCUAAUGAUCAGGGGUCCCUUUACCUUUAAAAACAACAACAACAAAAAACACUAGAGUGGGUGGCUUAAGGACGGAGAUUAAAAUGAGAAUGAUGCUAAUGCUGCCAAGCAAAUAGAAAGGAGAUUGUACAUAAUAUAACGCAGUGUUCUCCUUUUGUUCCGCCUGCAGUGACAGAAGCUGGCUUCGGAGCAGAUAUUGGCAUGGAAAAGUUCUUUGACAUCAAGUGCCGGUAUUCUGGGCUGCAGCCCCAUGUGGUCGUCUUGGUGGCUACUGUCCGAGCUCUGAAGAUGCAUGGUGGAGGACCUACGGUGAGUGGCGGCCUUUGCGAUAGGGAAGCCCAGAGACCAAUGCUUAAGUCAUUUUAGUUCCCCCAUUCUGGUGCCCUCCAGGUAUUCUGGACCGCAUUGCCCAUCAGCUCCAGCCAGCACGGCCAUUAAUACCUGUGGAUAUUAUCCACAUGUAUGUUUUGAUUUCUGAAGACUUAAAAUUCAGGAUAAAUGAAGAUACAUACAGAGAGGUGAUGGGACAGAAGGGAAAUUUGGGAGAGACAUACCAGAGUGGCUUUUCUCAGGGUGUGUGACUGACGAAGAGGGAAGCUCUCCCAGGUGAGAGCUGAGAGGUUUCACUUGUCAGUAUGAGAAUCAAAAAUUAAGAUAUAAUGGAGGGCUGUAUAUAUACAACUCUGUGCUCUUUCUUUUCUCGUUUUCUCCCUUCAUUUUCUGUAUUGUUGUUGCUGUCAUUUUAAUAAGUAUUUAUUUUAUUUUUUACAUAAAAUGCAGUAAAAAUCUAAUUAAAUAGCAGAAAUAAUAGGAAACCAAGAAAGGACAAUAAAGGAGGGAAAAAGAGGAGGGGGGAGAGAGAAAGAGAAAGGAGGAAAAAAUAAUAGCUAUUACGGCCCUUUAUCACAUUUAUAUCAUAUGGGGGGAAAAAACCCAACUAGUCUAAAAUAGUAAUAGAUGGGCCCUUUAGCACUUUUGUUGUUGUUAUUUUAGACUCGUUGGGUUUUUAUUCUAUCACAUGUUGAAAACUCUUAAUAAGAUUUAUAUUUUUUUAAAAAACUGGAGGGCACCAGAUUGACUUAUCCUUCCCCAAAGUGUGCAGUGAUGUUGAGGAAUCUGGCUCCACUUUCCAGCUGCCCUUAUUGGGUAGCCAGUGCUCUCAAUUCCUCUCCAAUCUCCCUCGGUUUCUUUUUCUGAUUCUGAUCCUCUCCCUACCCCUUACCAUCCAUCAUGAGGUUUAUUCUCUUUCUUCAUUGGAAAAGCAAAAAAACAAAAACACAUUUUGCUCUUUUCCCCGCCCCCUCUAUACAGUCCUCUGCUUGCUUCUUAUUUAAAAUUUCAAAACGACAGCUUCUGUCAGUAUAUAAGUGAUGGUUAACGUUAUGAAGGCGUCGGGCUUUUAAUUUGCAUUGCUCCUUUCCCCUCGUGGCCCUUGCUGUUUAGAUAAGCAAAGCCUCCUUGCAGAGACUUGUCUCUGAUGAAUUAGGUUUACAUUGGCCGCGUUGGCGGAGCAACCAGACUGCCAUGUUUCAGAAACAAAUCUCCAUUUUGGGUAGGCAGCAAUGCUCUGCUUUUCUGUUUCUUACAGAUUCCUUAGGCUUUGCGGCAUAAGCAAGAAGCAGUUUCUCUAGCUGCCCCCCUUUUUCCUUUCUGUAGCCUAAUCCCUGAUAAGUAUUCUGAAUAUUUUCCAUAUUUAGCUUCUCCUUACAGAGAUGUCAAGCAGAAUUACUGGCCUUCUGUGUCAAAGAACGUUUGCUUUUUUGCCAGUCUUAGAAAUACCUUACUUCCUUUUUUAUCUUUUGAGUUCAAAGUGAUCUUAUUUUUUAACAGACGUGUGUGUGUAGCUAAAGAUGGAGUAAAAAGUGAGUGAGAGAGAUUUGCACACACACGCACACAAACACACGUCGUGCCUCCUGGUGACUGGCAAACAACCUCUUCUUUGCUUAGCUUGGAACAGGAGCUAAGACGAGUUCUUCUCCAGAAAAAUGUUAAGAGUCUGCAGGAGGAAGGGGGAAGGUCAAAUUUAUUCCCUCAGCAUUGCCCACUGCUUCUUUGCUAAUGAGAUCUUUUGUGUGCCGCUGGCUAUCGUCUUCACAGUCUGGUGUCUCUCCUCCUUUGGCCUCACAGCCUUGUGUUGAGAGGUAAUGAUACGUCCCUGGAGGCAGCCAUCUAUUCUUUGCGAAUUCAUCAAGAGGGAAACAAUUGCUGCUUGGUUCAUUAUGUUAAUGUGCAGGACUCCUAGACGUGAGCCAAAAUUCACAACCUUUGCUAUGUCCUUGUAGAAGAACUCCCCUUCUCUCUCGAAGUGGGGACCUUUCCUAAAAGUCUAAUUUGUGCCCACUCCACCUCUGGUCCACUUCAUCCUGCUUGUGAGGAACCUGAAGCACCCCCAUCGUUCUGCCCGGACACUGAGGUCCAGCACUGAGGGCUGUUCCCUCACUGCGAGAAGUCAAGUUACAGGGAACCAGGCAGAGGGUCUUCUCGGUAGUGGCACCCGCCCUGUGGAACGCCCUCCCACCAGAUGUCAAAGAGAACAACAACUACCAGACUUUUAGACAACAUCUGUUUAGGGAAGCUUUUAAUGUUUGAUGCAUUACUGUAUUUUAAUAUUGUGUUGGAAGCCGCCCAGAGUGGCUGAGGAAACCCAGCCAAAUGGGCGGGGUAUAAAUAAUCUAUUAUUAUUAUUAUUAUUAUUAUUAUUAUUAUUAUUAACCUUCUAAGCACCUUCAGCAGGAAGCCCACUUCACAGUCCAUUGUUACUGGUUCACAGCGGGUUGGGAGUGCCUACUCUCUCCCUAUACAAUUUAUGACAGCAUAAAAAAAUUUCCUUUUUUUUUUUUUGAACUUCUCAACAGGGCUAAACAGGCUCCCAGGUAAACGCCAGGGUUGGGAAUGAAAUUGGAGUUCAUAGGGAAUGCCACCUCCAAUGCCUGUUUUUGCUCUUUGCAGGUCGCUGCCGGAGUUCCCUUGCCAAAGGAGUACACUGAAGAGGUAACAAUAAUCUGCCAACUCUAUUUACUGUUCCCUGAUCUAAUAACAACUUUGCAAGACACAAGGCAGCCUCUGCGCCCUCAAUACGUGCCCUUAAAUGCAGUACAUAUACUUCCGCUCUGAAAAGUGCUGCUUCCCGUCUCUGCUCUGAGGAAUAAAGAUUGCUCAUUUUGAGCCAAGAUUCAGGGACCCAGUUCUUACAUCACAAUCCCAGGCCAGUAAACCAUGGUUUGUUGGUCCCCAAAUGAUCUGUGUGGCCACACCUCCUUCCCUCAUGUACCUGAUGCCAGCACUUCUAGCCUAGGUUGUUGGAAACCACAGUUUUCUGUGAUGUCCAAACAGAGAAACCGUGGCUUUAAGCUCUGUUAAAGACCAGGAUAAGGGACGUGGAUAGCGCUGUGGGUUAAACCACAGAGCCUAGGACUUGCCGCUCAGAAGGUCGGCGGUUCGAAACCACCCCCAAGACGGGGUGAGCUCCCGUUGCUUGGUCCCUGCUCCUGCCAACCUAGCAGUUCGAAAGCACGUCAAAGUGCAAGUAGAUAAAUAGGUACCGCUCUGGCGGGAAGGUAAACGGUGUUUCCGUGCGCUGCUCUGGUUCGCCAGAAGCGGCUUAGUCAUGCUGGCCACAUGACCUGGAAGCUGUACGCCGGCUCCCACGGCCAAUAAAGUGAGAUGAGCGCCACAACCCCAGAGUCAGCCACAACUGGACCUAAUGGUCAGGGGUCCCUUUACCUUUAAAGACCAGGAUAUGAAAUCAGUUUGUAAGCAGCUAUUAAGCCAUACGUUUCUCUAAACCUCGGUUGGUUUGUCUAACUUUGCUUUCCCCGUGUUUUUUGUAUCUUGCCACGUGUCAGGAAUGACGUGGCCAGGUUCACACAUAGCAUCGAGCUAUAAAUGAAAUGAACUGAGUGUCGUAAUCCAACAAGAAACCAUCAGGAUUGUGGUUUGUUGGCAGUAAACAGUAAUUCAGCCACUUGGCAGGGUUCACAUACAACACAAAGCUAUAGUUUAAUAAACCACGGCUUGGCGUUAUGUGUGAACCAGGCCAGUGGCAGUCUGAUAUUGAAUGUAAGCAAGAAUAUAUGGUAAAGACUCAAGCUGCUUCAGGUGAGGAAAUUAAUCCUGAAAAGGGGGUGAGUCAAAGCUUCAGAGGAAAUUUAAAUUACUUAAGUAUUAAGAGAUCACUCUGUAGCUUGGCCAGAAUCCCCACCCACUGCAGCUCAGGUUAGGAAGUUGAAAAGGAGAGUUUUUCUCUUAGACAUUUUGUUUGCUGAGAAAGCAGAAUGUAGGGUGCUCUCAGCACACAAAAUGCCUAAGAGAAAAACUCUCCUUUUCAACUUCCUAACCUGAGCUGCAGUGCUUCAUUUUUAUAAUGACACUUUGGGCUUGCAGUGCUCACUGCUCGUUUAAUCCACAGGUCUACUUAAAAUUUUCCAUGCCAAUAGUUUUAUCUCUCUAUAACCUCUCUGUUGCUGCAGCUGUGCUUUUUUUUUUUUAAAGUAAAGUGCCUGGGAGGUAGCUGAAUUCAGGUCAGGAAAAUGGUAGACUGGGGCUAAGGGUAGCUUCUGGCUGUUUGGUUGAGGAUUAUGUGUUUGUAUUUUAGAUAAGCCCAAGCCACUGGGUGCUUUACAAUAAGGCAAGUAGAUAAAAAUCCACAAAGUCCCCAAGAUAACAAUCCGUUAAAAACUCCUAACAAAUCACAGAAGAGCAGGUACUAACAGAAGCAGCGGCAGUCAGAGUUUGCUUCCAGACACCCUCCAAAAAAUAUGCAUCUUGGCUAGCCAUCUAAAACAAAGCAUUUACCUUUCCCACCAAUAUAAGCUCCUGAGGCAGCUUACAGCAAAUGAUGUUGCAGUGCACAGUUUACCACGAGAAAAAGCAACGUUAGAUAGAGCAGUUGAUAAAGCAGCUUAAAAUCCUUCACAAUUGGACGUUAACUUUCUUAACUGGCCAAGAAGAUGGACAGAUUCAUACAGACGCCCUCGGGAGGUUGUGGACUCUCCUUCCAUGGAGGUUUUUAAGCGGAGGUUGGGUGGCCAUCUCGCCAUGGAUGCUUUAGUUGAGAUUUUUGCAUUGCAGCGGGUUAGACUAGAUGACCCUGGAGUCCCUUCCAGCUCUGCAAUUCUACUGUUCUAUUAUUUAAGUUAUCCUGAGAAUAUGCUUCCGAAAUAAGAGGCUAAAGAUGCCGUAACAGCUGUACUGGGAGCUGGCAAGUUGCAAAAAGCUACCUAGCACUUGUUCAUCCCCAAACAAACUCUCUCCUUUUUUUUCCCCUUUCCUUUUCGUACAGAACCUCCCACUUUUGGAGAAAGGGUGCAGCAACUUGCGUAAGCAAAUCCAAAACGCCAGGACCUUUGGCAUCCCAGUCGUCGUAGCUGUCAAUGCAUUCAAGUAAGUAUGAGAGCUAAAAGUCCCUGCCUAUCCAUGCAAGGAAAAUAAAGCAGUAAAGGGGACUCACACUAUUUCAGACUGCUGUUUUGGAACUGCAAUGAAAUAGUAGCAUAUGAUCACAGGGCUGUUGUCACUUGGGGCUGCCGCUGAAGCUGGUUCGGAAACUUCAGCUAGUGCUCAGCGUGGCAGGCAGGUGGUUAAAGAACGCAGGGAGGUGGGAUCUCUUAACACCAGUUCUCUCCCACUGGCUGCCACUUGGUUUCCAAACUGAACUCAAAAGUGCUGCUUUUGACGUUUAAAGACCUGUAUGGCUCAGGACGCCCCCGUACCUAGAGGGUCCCCUUUUCCCAUAUGAACUUGUCUGGACACUGCAAUCAACAUCUGAAACCCUUCUCUUGAGUACGAAGGUUGGUGACUGGAGACAAGGUCUUCUCGAUAACGGCCUGCCUCCCCGGCCCCUUCUGUAAAAUGGGAGGUAAUGCUGUCUCACUGUAGAGGCUUCUUGUAAGGAUGGCGACAAGAUAAUGCACAUGAUGUACUUUGAAUGCUGGAAAGCACCAUUUAUAUGGGUACUAUUAUUAUUAACAUCUCCCCCAGUGGUGCAAUGGCUCAGUGCAACCAGAAGGUUGAUGGUUCGAACUCACCCAGGGAUGGCGAUGCGCAGAAUUCCUGCAUUGCAGGGAGUUGGACUAGAUGACCCUUGGGUCCCUUCCAACUCAACAAUUCUUUGAUAUUUAUUAUUAUUAUUAUUAUUAUACCAAGUAACAUAGGAAAGGGUGCAUUCAGAUGAGAUGUUUCUCUUGAUAAGGCCUUGGUAGCCCUGAUACAUCCAAAGUCAGGCAUGGCCAAACUUGGCCCUCCAGCUGUGUUGGGACUACAACUCCCAUGAUCCCUAGCUAACAGGACCAGUGGUCAGGGAUGAUGGGAAUUGUAGUCCCAAAACAUCUGGAGGGCCAGGUUUGGCCGUGCCUGCCCUUAGGAAACCACCACGUAUGGGUGGCCGCUUGAAAGGUGGCAAGCUACCCACACAAUAUCUUGUUUGUGAGCGCAAAUUAAAGCUAUCCUGCUCUUCCCCGGUCCCCGCCCCUCCUUCCAUGCCAUCCGUGAGUCAUUCUGCAUGUGUCUUUCUUAAAUGUGAUGUGCAUCCACAUGAGAUGUUGCUCUGAAGUGCAUUUGAGAAAUGUUCUGUGGCAGCUCUCUGCUCUCGUCUCGUUUUCAACCUUGAAUAAAAGAAAAUGCCUUCGCUAAUCAGGCAGUGCUUUUUCAUUCCUGCCAGCUGAAUCGUGGGAGGUGGUGGUUGGGAUGUCAUGAAGAUUAAGCACUUAAUGGUUUUCAGUGAGCAUUAAUAGUCAAAAUUAAAUCUCCCUAUGCUUCUCCCUCUAUGGUUUACAUCAUCAUUGGCUCAGUAUAGUGAUAGCAUCUCUUAGGUAAAGCUCAAGACGCGGGUGGCGCUGAGGUCUAAACCACUGAGCCUCUUGGGCUUGCUGAUCGGAAGGUUGGUGGUUCGAACCCCUGCGAUGGGGUGAGCUCUCGUUGCUCUGUCCCAGCUCCUGCCAACCUAGCGGUUCAAAAGCACACCAGUGCAAGUAGAUAAACAGGUACCGCUGUGGAGGGAGGUAAACAGUGUUUCUGUGCGCUCUGGUUUCCAUCAUGGUGUUCUGUUGUGCCAGAAGUGAUUUAGUCAUGCUGGCCACAUGACCCGGAAAGCUUGUUAUUGUUUAGUCGUGUCCAACUCUUUGUGACCCCAUGGACCAGAGCACGCUAGGCCCUCCUGUCUUCCACUGCCUCCCGCAGUUUGGUCAAACUCAUGCUGGUAGCUUCGAGAACACCGUCCAACCAUCUCGUCCUUCCAAAUGCCUGCUCCCUUGGCCUGAGAUUUUUAUCUAUCCUGAUACCAAAUAAAAGUAAAGGGUGUACAGGAAGAGGCACUGGAUUUUCCUGCUGUUUGCUAAGCUGCAUUGACCCAAGGAAAACCAUCCACUUGUUUCCCCCAGUGAUAACUCUCCGUCAAUGGAUAUCUUUGCAGAUCUGAUACGGAGGCGGAGCUACAGCUGGUCAUCCGGUUGGCUAAGGAAGUGGGCGCUUUUGAUGCUGUGAAAUGCACCCACUGGGCCGAAGCAGGGAGAGGAGCCAUGGCGCUGGCCGAAGCUGUACAGAGAGCAUCGCUGGCCCCCAGCAACUUCAAGUUUUUGUACAAUGUGGAGGUAAGGAUUCUCACUGAACCCUGUGUGACUCCUCUUCCUCCUUUGCGAUCUUCAUUGAGUUAUAAUGCAGAAAAAGGGAAGUUAUUUUGAGGAAAGGAGUCUGCAGCUGGGCUAGCAAUGAUUCUGGUCCAUGGGUGAGAAACACAGGCAUAUAAGCAGCAGCUCCAUCUCAGUGUCGCCUUCUCUGGCUGGCAGCAGCUGUCCAGGGGGUCAGACAAGCGCCUCUCCUAGCCUUAAGGUCCCAGGGACUGAACCAUGCACUUUCUUCAUAUAAAUUUUAAACCUUCCACUAAACUCAGGAACUGCACGUAUUGAGUUUGCAAAAAGAAGAAAACAACACAUGCCAACAUAUAGCAUAUAAAUUGCCACAAUGAGAGUUGUUCCGGCGAAAAUGAAUCUUGUUAUUUUUACAGGAGCUUUUCAUGUUACAAAUCUUGCUCCUCCGAUUUCCAGUACAGCCGCACCUUGGUUUUCAACCAGCCUAAUUCUCGAACGUUUUGGCUCCCGAACGCCGCAAACCUGGAAGUGACUGUUCUGGUUUGUGAACUAUUUUUGGAAGCUGGACAUCCGACGGGGCUUCCGCGGCUCCCUAUUGGCUGCAGGAGCUUCCUGCAACCAAUCAGAAACCGUGCUUUGGUUUUCAAACAUUUUGGAAGUCGAACGGACAUCCGGAACGGAUUCCGUUCUGCUUCCAAGGUACGACUGUAUUUAUCUGUUUCACAUUAUUCACUUCUUCAGUUAUAUAUCUUCAAAAAUAUAUGUACGUAAUAAGCUCCCAUCAGUUACCAGUUUUCUUCAUUCAUAAACCCAAAGACCCUAGCCUUUGUUGCUCACCUAUUUUAAUAGUUUCUUCCCCCUUAGAAUCUUUCUUUGGAGUAGGGAACCUUUGUCGCUUUGGCUGUUGCUGCACUAACGUUCCCAAAUAUCUGGGCCAUUGGCUGUGCUUGCUGAGCCUGAUGGGAGCUUGCAGUUCCACGGCAUCUGGAUCCCCACACCUGCUCUGGGGGAGGACACUGAUAAGCUUGUGGGAGACUUGGGAAAGACUGGCUGACUGGGGGUGUGAAUGGCUUAGGGCCUCAAAAUUAUCAUAAAUGCUCUUGCAGGCUCUCUUUCCACAACUAGCCAAGCCUGAGAGAGAACCUACCCAGCAAUCCCCUCUUUCUCUCUCAGGCUAAAUCUAAUUCCUUGCCCUUGAGUCAGCGGCAUAAUCAAAUUGCUUUCUAAUGUCCCUGGGAAGACACAGAAUUUUUUGUUCCGAAUGCCCAGAAUCUGAUUGGCAUUCUCAAAGCGAUGGAGAAUAAUGUGGUUGUGUGGUUUGUUUGAAAAAAGUGACUUAAUGAAUGAUGGAUGGCUUAAAAGGAAAAUGAGGCUCGCUGGGCCAAAGUGUUCUGAGUUCCCUUCCACUGUUUCCUCCCUCCGCCUUGCAAUGAAUUUUGGUUCCCUCUGUGAAUCAAGAGGCUCCCCUCCCCUUCCGCACUCAUACCUUGCAACUCUCCUGGUGUUUCAGCUGCACUUAUGGGGCUUUUCUGAAGGCUUGACUGGUUAGGGGAGAGUAAAAAUAAGAAUGCACACAUGCACCUAUGUAUUUUAACGUUCUAUAUCCUCUCCAGUCUUACGGAUACAGGAAUCUGGCCUCUACUGAAUCAGGACAUUUAUUUUACUUAUUUUUAGAAUUCCUACACCACCCUUCGUCAAAAAAGACCACAAGAGGGUUUACAACAUAGAUCAUAAUAAACGUGUGUGUGUAUCCAUCCAAUAAAAAAAGAAACUGUCAUAUAAAUACGAUGCAUCAUACUAAGUCGCACAUCGUCAUAAAUGAUACGCAAUGGUUCAUAAUAUCUAAUGAGCAAUGCAUGCUAAGCAGCAGUAACAGACACUGUCAGCCCAGCAAAUAAACAUUUGGGGAACUUCGGGCAUAGCCCCCUAGGCCUUUCCACACAUGCACCCCCUCUCCUCAGGCCAAUCCCUUCAACUCUGCCUUCUCGGUAGUGGUGCCCGCCCUGUGGAACGCCCUCCCAUCAGAUGUCAAGGAAAUAAGGAGCUAUCCCAUUUUUACAAGACAUCUGAAGGCAGCCCUGUUUAGGGAAGUAAUAUUUAAUGCUGUACUGUUUUUAACACUCGAUUGAGAGCCGCCCAGAGUGGCUGGGGAAACUCAGCCAGAUGGGCGAGGUAUAAAUAAUAAAUUUAAAAUUGUUGUUGUUGUUUAGUCGUUUAGUCGUGUCCGACUCUUCGUGACCCCAUGGACCAGAGCACGCCAGGCACUCCUGUCUUCCACGGCCUCCCACAGUUUGGUCAAACUCAUAGCUUUGAGAACACUGUCCAACCAUCUCGUCCUCUGUCGUCCUCUUCUCCUUGUGCCCUCCAUCUUUCCCAACAUCAGGGUCUUUUCCAGGGAGUCUUCUCUUCUCAUGAGGUGGCCAAAAUACUGGAGCCUCAGCUUCACGAUCUGUCCUUCCAGUGAGCACUCAGGGCUGAUUUCCUUAAGAAUGGAUACGUUUGAUCUUGCAGUCCAUGGGACCAUAAUUCAAAAGCAUCAAUCCUUCAGCGAUCAGUCUUCUUUAUGGUCUAGCUCUCACUUCCAUACAUCACUACUGGGAAAACCAUAGCUUUAACUAUACGGACCUUUGUCGGCAAGGUGAUGUCUCUGCUUUUUAAGAUGCUGCCUAGGUUUGUCAUUGCUUUUCUCCCAAGAAGCAGGCAUCUUUCAAUUUUGUGACUGCUGUCACCAUCUGCAGUGAUCAUGGAGCCCAAGAAAGUAAAAUCUCUCACUGCCUCCAUUUAAAUUUAAAUUUAAAAUACAUAUUAUUAAUCACGAAAGCCAAAGGUGGGAAUCUUUUUCGUUGCCUUUUGGGAUCACAUUCCUGUGGUGGGCAGGGCUAGAAGUGGGUGGAGCAAAGAAUGUAAAUUAUUUACCUUUGCACAGUAAGCUAGUUUCCGCACACCCCUCUCCAUCCUGAUGGGCAAGAGAAAUGAAUGAUCAAAGUUCAAGUCCAGCCAUGCAGAAGCACCCGAGGAGGCAGGACCAUUGAGAAGUGUGAUCUAAGGAGAGGGGUGUGGCUUGGGGAGAGUACAAAGGGCCAAACAGAGAGGUCUGGGAGGCCACAUCUGUGCCCUUGGCCUGAGGUUCCUCCCUGUCACCAUCACUCAGGGUAAGCCUUCCAUUUUCUGGUGCAGCCCCUCUUCAGUAUGUUUUCUGCUUGGGAAAAUGAUGCGUUCUUGUUGCUUUCAGAUUACCAUGAUUGGCUACAUUCCUUAUUGAUUUGGCAUCCCAUGGCGGUAGGGAAGGAAUUGGACUGACUCUCUCUUCCGCUCCCUUUCCUGUCUUUCUAGCUUCCAAUUCUAGACAAGAUAAGAAUUAUUGCACAAACGAUCUACGGGGCAAAGGACGUUGAACUGCUGCCAGAAGCAGAGCAGAAGAUUCUUCUGUACACCAAGCAGGUAUGCUAGCAAAACAUCCUUGCAAGAUUGGGCUCUUACGGUUGGAUUUUUUGGUGCACGUUCUGAUUUUUCCUGCGCACGUAGCCUGAGUUGGUCAACAGCUACCAAGACUGUCUUAAUUAAUUUCUUAGGAAAGAAUCCUAGAAAAUUCUUCUUCAGAAAAAACAGGCUUCAUUUUGGCAUGUUGCCCAUUCUUGCUUUUUCUCUCUCUGAUAUGAUGCUGAUAAUUAGGGCUUAUUCUUUUUAUGAGCUUGUAAACUUAAUUUGUAUCUUUUCCUAUUUCAGUGGGAUGUCAUUCGGCUUUUCUUGACACCAAAUUCAGACUGCCUUAGUUAAGGAUGUUAACAUUUUGUAGCUUGUAUGUGCAUUUGUAAAUUUCGAAAAGAAGGUUUGCCCUAUAAAAGCAUUCCUUGCUAAAAUUCCAUAGGCCAAUGAUAUGCAAAGCUGUUUGCACUUUAUCAUGUGCAUGUCCAUUUAAAAAGCAUAUUUGGAGUUUUUGCUUACUGCUGCUUACUCACCGCUCCUUAAUAAACUAAAGUUACGGCACUCGCAGCUCCAGUUAAGUAUCUCAGUUGAAACUUUGCUUCCAAAUCACUGGGAUGAAAUUGUUGUGUUGUUGUUUUAGAAAGCCCAAGGUCCAUAUUGGCUCCUGGCAAAAGCACUUGCAAUUAGCAGAUUAUCUUCAUAGAACUGCAAAUGGCAGCAUUAGGGGGUCUUUUACUUUCCCUUUGGGGUAGCAGUGCUACUCCGUUGCAGCAGAAAUUAUACAUGAAGGGCUUAGGAUUGCAGCCAGAUUUAACAGUGCAAUCCUAUAACACAGGCAUAGGCAAACUCGGCCCUCCAGAUGUUUUGGGACUACAAUUCCCAUCAUCCCUGACCACUGGUCCUGUUAGCUAGGGAUCAUGGGAGUUGUAGUCUGAAAACAUCUGGAGGGCUGAGUUUGCCUAUGCCUGCUAUAACACAUCUGCUCAAAAGUAAGUCUCCAUUGAGUUAAUGGGGAAUACUCCCAGUUCAGUAGGUUUACAGCAGGCAUAGGUAAACUCGGCCUUCCAGAUGUUUUAAAUCAAGGCAUGACAGAGUUGAGUGCACUUUAAUUGGAGCAAUUUCAUAAUGUUUUACUGGCAGCCUGUUCAAAAGUUGUCUUGCUCUUCCUUGUGGUCUCCUCAAUCCAUCAUCCAGGGUUUUGGGAACCUGCCUAUCUGCAUGGCGAAAACCCACCUGUCGCUGUCUCACGACCCAGAACAGAAAGGGGUGCCCUCUGGUUUCAUCCUGCCCAUCAGAGACAUCCGAGCCAGCGUGGGUGCAGGAUUCUUGUAUCCGUUAGUAGGAACGGUAAGUGCUACAUACUGAAAGCUUUGUUGUGUGGAUUAAGUCAGAAUGGGUAGCAAACAUGCAGAGCUGCCUUCGACCUUUUGUCUAUGUAGCCCAGUGCAGCCUUGACCAACCCUGGGUUCGCAAAUGCCGUUGGACUACAAAUCCCAUCAUCCCCGGCCAGCAUGGCCAGAGAUGAUGGAGGUUGUGGUCCAGCAGCAUCCGGGGACCCAAAGUUGAGGAAAGCUGGACUGGCGAAAUGCUGUUUCCAGAUGAAAAAGAGGGCUGGAGGGACUGUGAAUCUCUGCAGUUUGUAUGCAUCUCAUUCUCUUGAUGUUAGGCCAUAAAGCUCCCCUUCUCAUUUAAAAAGCCCUAAACAGCCUCAGGCCUGUAUACCCCAAGAAGUGCAGUGGUGCCCCGCAAGACGAAUGCCUCGCAAGACGAAAAACCCGCUAGACGAAAGGGUUUUCCGUUUUUCGAUGCGCUUCGCAAGACGAAUUUCCCUAUGGGCUUGCUUCGCAAAACGAAAAAGUCUUGCGAGUCUUGCGAUUUUUUUUUGCUCCCCCCCCCUUUUUCUAAGCCGCUAAGCCACUAAUAGCCUUUUAGCCUCUAAGCCGCUAAGCCUUUAAUAGCCGCUAAACCGCUAAUAGCGCUAAUCCGCUAAGCCGCAAAUAGGGUUGCUUCGCAAGACGAAAAAACCGCUAGACGAAGAGACUCGCGGAACGGAUUAAUUUCGUCUUGCGAGGCACCACUGUGUCUCCACCCCCAUCAUUCUCCCCAGACACUGAGGUCUAGCUCCAAAGGCCUUCUGGCAGUUCCCUCACAGCAAGGUGAGGUUACAGGGAACCAGGCAAAAGGGCCUUCUCGGUAGUGGCGCCCGCCCUGUGGAAGGCUGCCCCAUCAGAUGUCAAUGAGAUAAGUAGCUAUCUGACUUUUAGAAGACAUCUGAAGGCCGCUCUGUAUGUUUCAUAUUUUAUUGUUUUUAUAUGUGUUGGACGCUGGGGUACAAACAAACAAACACCUGUUUUGUGUUGUGCAAGCUUACAAAGCAAUUUUACUUUCAAUGCUUUGUACAUUAAGUCACUUUUGUUUUUUGUUUUUUUAAAUCAAUAAAUCUCCAGCACGCUGCAUUAAACCUGCAGCCCAGUUACACACUUUCCUUAUCCAGAUUGACCUUCAAUUAUUUUAUGGUGAAUAUUGCUGAUUUUGGGUGAAUAUUGCUGAUUUGUGACCAGGAGAGAGUUGAGGGAAGGAGCUCUCUUCUAAGAUAUGCUUGUUAGCCCAAGAAAAAAAAAUGUUCUCUGGUAUAAAUAGCAAAGCACAUGUUGCAGAAAUGUUCGGAAGACUAAAACAUUUUGUCUUGUUUUGGCAUCUCCAAAUUUGGACGGCUUGGCUUUUAAUUGAAAUCCCCCAAGCAUCUUACGCAAGUCUGCCUGUGGCACUAGAUUCUUGCUGUUGUUUUUCCAGGCUCCCACAAAACCAUAUGAUAUUAAAAAAAAAAGAAAAGACUCUCAGGAGCUGGCAGCUUAAGGUAAUGCUGCUUAUGUUCAGGUGGAAGAGCCAUAACUCAUUGGCAGAAAGAGCCAGCCUUGAGGUCCUGGGUUCAGUCCUCAGGUUCAGUAGCAGGGCUUGCACAAAUCCCUGUGCCUUUGGAGCACCAUUGUCAGAGUAGGCAGGGACACUACAGGUGACUGAACUUUCUUGGCCUAAGGGACACAUCAUCCCUGCAGUUCCUCUGGGAGGGGCAGGAACGCUGAACACGAGCACUUGGCGAUACCUGUUUUUCAGCAUUGUAAUAUAUCACCAGCUAAACAUAGCAAUAUGGGUUAAGAACUUAAUCCGUUCUGGAGGUCUGUUCUUAACCUGAAACGAAUAACAACAACAACAACAACAAUAAUAAUUUAUUAUUUAUACCCCGCCCAUCUGGCCGGACCUCCCUAGCUACUCUGGGCGGCUUCCAACACAAUAUUAAAAUACAGUAAUGCAUCAAACAUUAAAAGCUUCCCUAAACAGGGCUGCCUUCAGAUGUCUUCUAAAAGUCUGAUAGUUGUUGUUCUCUUUGACAUCUGGUGGGAGGGCGUUCCACAGGGCGGGUGCCACUACCGAGAAGGCCCUCUGCCUGGUUCCCUGUAACUUGGCUUCUCGCAGCGAGGGAACCGCCAGAAGGCCUUUGGUGCUGGACCUCAGUGUCCGGGCAGAAAGAUGGGGGUGGAGACGCUCCUUCAGAUAUACUGGAUCGGGGCCGUUCCUAACCUGAGGUACCACUUUAGCUAAUGGGGCCUCGCACCACCGCCGCGCGAUUUCUGUUCCCAUCCUGAAGCAAAGUUCUUAACCCGAGGUACUAUUUCUGGGUUAGCGGAGUCUGUAACCUGAAGCAUCUGUAACCCGACGUACCACUUUAUACUGAUACAUCACAAUGUCUGAAGUAAGGAUGGAGCUAUGUAGAGGCAUUAGCUGGCUUCAUGGUUUUUCCUGCAUCACGAUUUUUGCCAGCGCCUGCACUUGUGAUUUGCUGGAGGCAAUGGAGAGCUGAGCAGGCAGAGAGAAACCUUGGCUGGCUUCGCGGUUUUUCCCACAUUGUGAUUUUUGCAAGGUACACACACACACACACACCAUGAUUCACAAUAUAUCGCCAGGUCAAAAAUUAUGAAACUGAUAUCACAAUAUGGACUUCAAACCAGUUUUGGACAAUAUAUCACCCAGCCCUACUGUAGGCGGUAUUACCCCUGGCAAGAUGUCAUGGACUGGCUGGUUGCAGAGGAAUGGUGGGAGGAACCAGCCGGGGAACCCCCAAGGGAAGAAGGCUCAGAGCCUGGGAAUUGGUGGUGGGACAACGAUGAGUGGUCAGAGGGAGAAGAGGGAGCAGACUGGGAGGAGGAGGAGGAGGUGUUGGAAGCUGAAGAGGUAACAGGGCUUAGUGAGCAGGAAGAGUCUGGGGCAGAGAGCAGUGCAGACUCUGAGGCUGAAGCAGAGGCUGGAGGGGAGGGGGACAAAAAGGCAGAGUGAAGACAGGCUGCUGAAGAAUCCAGGGAGUCCCCACUUCCUGCUGCGACCAGCUCCGCUCUCUCCUUGGUCUCCAAGAAUGCACAGAGCAAUGAAAAGAGUGGGGCAGAGAUGAUAUGUGUGCAGCCGCAGUUUGAGACUGUGUGGGGAGGCGAGGAGCCUUAGGGGUGGGAAGAUGGGGACAUCCAGGCCUUGCAAGUGCCUCAUUGGGGCAAGACCUCCUGGAAAGCGUUGCUGAAACCACUAGGCCCGAGCUGCAGUUUGUUUCCCUCAGUAACUAUUUACUUGAGUGCUUUAUUGUUUUUGCUGACAACCUACGCCUGACACAAGCCACUCAAAAACCAAAGACUUAUUCUGGCAGUCUGGGAGCACCGGUUGAUGUCGGCCGGAGGGGAGAGGGUGCGUGCAGGGGGUUGAAUUUGGUCUUUGACUCCACCGACGUUCUCUUUCAAACUGCAUCCCGGAAUAAGCACACGUCAGCCAACGAGGCUAUUAGCAUAAUCUUUAUGCUUAACAUUAUUAAAACCCACUCGCUCAGCGCAGUGUCGUUGCUCCCGUUAACAUCACUUCAAAACACUAAGAUUAUAAGGAGCCCUGCGGGUCGGAGCUGGUUUUGUAGCCGGGCUGGUGGAGGAAGCCUUGUAUUAUGGUCUGUAUGGCACAAGCCUGCAGUCCCCUCCCUCCCUGACUGUUUGCAACCUCCCCAGAGAGUGCCAAACACUCGUCUCUUUCUCACUUUUGUGGAAACAUUCAUAGCCCUGCCAGCUGUGGGAGUGGAAACGAGAGAAUGGAUGUAUUAUGCUCCCCUGUACUUCAGAUCAGAGGUGCACAGCGAAGGCAGCGUUUGUUCCUUCUACCCUGUUACAACCGCCCACUCGCCCUGCAAAGCUCAGGAACAGAAUAAGCACCAGAGGCCUAUCAAACGCAGCAUCCUGCGGCCAGCCCAAAGUCCUUGAGAUGCCCCACAAAGAGAACAGAACCGCCCUAGGCCUCUCCUGUUGCAGCAGCUGGAAUUCAGAAGCAUCAGUGCCUCUAAUCCCGCAGGGAGCAUUCAUCAUCCUGACUAGUAGCUGCAGAUAUAGUCUUCUCCUCCAUGAAUUUAUCUCAAUUCCCUUCUAAGGCCUUUUUGAGCACCACAUCUUCUUGUAGUAAGGAACAAGUGGACUGGGAAGAUUGUGGCUGGAAGGCUAUUGGUAUAGAUUAUUUUGCUCUGGUUGAAUUUAUUUGGGUGGGUGUGGGAUAGGAGGGUGUUUUUUUUUUAAAGAAGUAUUUUCAGAGUUGCAUCAUGUUCUCUCCAUCUCCCACAGCAGAAUGGGAUGGUAAAAACUUGAGCUGAUGGAACAUAUUGCUGUGGUCUGCAAAUGGGCGGUGCAAUUGAUUCUGUCUGUCCCCAAUCUAGAGAAGAUAAGGAGACUGUUAAUCUUAGGGUUGUGGGUUCGAGCCUCAUGAUGGGCAGCGAGAUUCCUGCAUUGCGGGGGUUGGACUAGAUGACACUCGUGGUCCCUUCCAACUCUACAAUUCUAUGAUUCUAGUGAGCUCUGUAGUUCAACAAUGUGAGGAAGUCUUUUUCUCUUUUCUGUCCUGAAUUUGCCGUCACCAUAUGGCUUCGUUGAAUGACCCUGGCCUCUAGAAUUACGAAAGAGUGGGGGAAAAUACAUAUUUCAUCCACUUUUUCUACACCGUACAUUACGUUAUGUGCCUCUAUUGUGUGUCCUGACUUUCUUUUUUCUAAACUAUAAAGUCCUAAAUCUUUUAGUUUUUCCUCGUAAUGGAUUGCUGCAGUCCCCUGGUCAUUUGGUUUCCCUUUUCCAGCCCUACAAUACUCUUUUUAGAGGCGCAGCAGCUAGUACUGUAAACAAUAUUCCCUUUUUUGUAAUUUUUUUAUUUAUAUUUUUCCAUUACAAUUUUUUAACAUUUCAUUGAAUAGAACUAUAUAUUCAUAAUCUUUAACUUUCCUCCACGCCCCUUCCAUUGUUCUCUUUAUUUACCCAUCACAACUGCAUAUUCUAAUGACCCCAUAUGUUCACAUUCUCUCCCUUGUAAACAGUAUUCCUCAUACUGUCCUGGUCUGAGACAUCACUCACUAUUAUAUAUUUUUGUUGUUGCUAUGGAAGGGGCAACGCAGGCCUCUUGAGCAACAGAAAUGCAAAAGUGACUCGAUUUAUGAACACCUUUGAGAGCCAGUGUGGUGUAGUGGUUAAGAGCGGUAGUCUCGUGAUCUGGGGAACCGGGUUCGCUUCCCCGCUCCUCCACAUGCAGCUGCUGGGUGAUCUUGGGCUAGUCACACUUCUCUGAAGUCUCUAAGCCCCACUCACCUCACAGAGUGUUUGUUGUGGGGGAGGAAGGGAAAGGAGAUUGUUAGCUGCUUUGAGACUCCUGAAGGGGAGUGAAAGGCGGGAUAUCAAAUCCAAACUCUUCUUCUUCUUCUUCUUCUUCUUCUUCUUCUUCUUCUUCUUCUUCUUCUUCUUCUCCCUGUGCCCAUUAAAAUAUUUGUGCUAUAAGAAGAGCAAGGCUGUGGGAAAGGGUGGACACUGGCUUUGAAUGGACGGGUCUGAAAGUAGCAGGUGCAAAAUGUAAAGGACGGCUUAAAUCUCCAUCUUUUCUGUCUGAUUGUCAGCCCGUGGGUGUUUCUGAUGGGCUUGUACCAAUGUGAAUAAACAUCAUCUCUCCCUGCUUUUUUUUUUUUUUUAAAGUUCUGUUAUGUAAAGUUCUUUUAAGAGAAGGGAGAAAGAUCUGGACACAUACUAUGUAGAGAGAGAGAGAGAGAGAGAGCACGCACAUGGUAGAAAUUUUGUGCAAGAAAAGUCAUUUUUCCUGGCUGCCCAAAUCUUGUAAUGCAAUCCUAGGCAUGUUGUUUUCAGAAUUAAGUCCCAGUGUAUUCAGUGGAGCUUUCUUCCGGGAAAGUGUGUUUUGAAUUGCAGGCAAAGGUCGUCCCACCCACAGUGAACCGAGUUCUGCAAGCUGCUUGCUGUAUAAGGCAAGGGCAUCUUGAAGGUGAAGCAGGAAAAAAAAAUCCUGCUUCUCUUGCUCAAGAUUAAGCAACCCUUCCCAGCAUGUUCUGAUCGAACGGCGCUAGAGAGUUAUAAAUCCAAAAAAAGGGGGGGGGAAUAGGAAGCCUCUUGCACAGAGAAUUUGCUUCUUCCUUGUUGCCGUACCUGCUUAUUUUCUUGAGCAAAUGGUUAAGCCAGGCAUUAAAUGGCUUGGCUGGUCCGCAAGCCCUGCUACGGCCAACUCCUUUGAGCAGAUUUACAGCCCUUUGUAUGCUGGUUGCUGCUUAUGUCUGCAGCUGCGUGAACGUCCCUAACCUCUAUUAACCUGCCAUGUCUGCUGCCUGCAGAUGUACCCAUUCAGCACUGACGCGGAAAUCCCAGCUGAAAAGGCAAAUGUUAAGACCUUGUAAAUGGAGUUGUAGACAAGGCUCACUUAUUCCGGGUGGGAAGAGCAAGUAGCUCGAAAGCUCGUGCCGUAAUAAAUAUAUUAGUUUCUAAGGCCCCAUCUGAUCUCCUGGUUGAAUCCAUACAUUCCCCCAACCCUCCUCUUUGCAAUCAAAGGAGGUUAACAAGACUAGCAAAAAGAAAAAGAAAAAAACAUACACUAUUUAGAAUUCAUUCCCAUAAUGUUCUGGGGAGCCAGAUGGGAGCCAUUUUCAGAGUGUAAUAGGUUUGCUUUGUGGGUUGUUGGGGUUUGGUCUGGUUUUUAAUCAGAAAUGCUGCUUGCUAGAAAUCUUCCCGUCUUUUCUUGUUUUUUAAGCACACGGGUUAAUCUUUUAAAAAUGUCUCUCGCAGGCCCGGCUCACCUGCAGAAAGAAUACCACUGAUUAAGGGUUAUGAUCCCUUGUGUGUGAAGCGAGCCUUCUAAAGAACUGCAUAAAAAUGUAACAUUGCUUCAGAAGUAAUCUUAGAAGUGGAGUGGGGGGGUGGAAAUACGUCAGCCAAUUUAUAGCUCUCUCUUGCUUUAAGACUCUGCUGCCUGCAUGGCCCACCAGCCAGGAUUAAGAUAUUGGAAGCGGGGGCUCAUGUCUCAGCUAAACUUGGAGCUUUCUUUCCCAGUGCUGAGCAGGAAAUUCUCCAUCCACCUAAUUGAGCUCUCUGCAAAAUGGGAGAAAGAGUGGUGGAAAUCUUUUUCUCUCUUGCUGAAAGAAAGGAAGAAAGAAAAACGAAUCGGAAACGUGAUUAAGGUUCAUCACCUAAUGCCUGGUGUGGGAAAAGUGAGUGGAGAUGCUUUUCAUUCUCCCGUCUCGAAACUACAAGGUCAUUCCAUGAAACUGCAUGGUGGGCGAUCAAAGCAGAAAACAGCGUCUUCCUCACACAGUAGAAUUGUAGAGCUGGAAGGGACCCCAGCUGUCCUGUGUGUCUGGAGGCAGUUGGAGGAUGGUUGGCAGCUAACAGAUUGAGGUUGAAUCCAGACAAAACAGAAGUACUGUUUUUGGGGGACAGGAGGCGGGCGGGUGUGGAGGACUCCCUGGUCCUGAAUGGGGUAACUGUGCCCCUGAAGGACCAAGUGUGCAGCCUUUCACUGGUAGGGAGAGGUGGGAGAGCUAUGAGAGAGGGAGGUUGAUGCAGUGCAGGCGAUCAGUUACACCCGUAUGCCCAUUCCAUGCUGACUGCCUCUCCCUUCAGAUAAGCAACAGUUACGCCCCUGCCAGGAAACGAGCUUUGUGGUUCCGCCCCACGGCAUGAGCUGUUUCUAAGCGUGCAAAGUUCUAAUCGUGGUUACUGGUCCUCAUGACCUGUUUGGGGGCUUAGAUGAUCUGCGAGAAGUGAGGUUACAGGGAACCAAGCAGAGGGCCUUCUCAGCAGUGGCACCCUCCCUGUGGAACACCCUCCCAUCAGAUGUCAAGGAAAUAAACAACUAACGGACUUUUAGAAGACAUCUGAAGGCAGCCCUUUAAUGUCAGGACCUGCCCAUAGUGGCUGUGGCAACCCAGUCAGAUGGGUAGCAUAACACUACUACUACUACUACUACUACUACUACUACUACUACUACUUCUACUACUACUACUAAUAAUAAUAAUAAUAGAUUCAGGUAGGUAGCCUUGUUGGUCUGACACAGUCAACAUAAAAAAAUAAAAAUAAAUUGUCCAGUACCACCUUAGAGACCGACGAAGUUUCUUCUGGGUAUAAGCUUUUGUGCGCAUGCACACUUCUUCAGAUACACAAUAAUAACAAUAGUUAUUAAUCAGGGUUCGGAUUUGAACAUUAGCAACCCACAAAGACCACAGGCUCAAGAUUGUCGCUGAAACGAAUCUAUACGUUUACUGGUGCUUCAUUGAAAGCGUACUGUUGCCUUCUCGUGAACUUUGAAGCCAAACUCGAAACAAUGAGCUUUCCUCUCGUACUUUCCCAAAGAGCCCCACCGACAACAGCAGGGGCCUGUUUGCAGCAACCAAGAGAGCAGCUGGUGUUUUGGAUGGGGGACUUUUUGUCUGGAAUGCCAAAGAACUAGCAGGCAGAUGGAAUUAACUUUCUUAAUUCCUCCCAUACCUCCUUUCUGGUAGAGGCUUGAGUUAAGUUGUGGGUGAACAUAUCAGACGACACAGCGAUUCUUCAAACAGCUCUUGUUUAUUCAUAGGCCAGAACUGAACUGAACUGAAGGGUUCAGCCAGCCUGCUUAUAUAGAGCUCCACUAGAACACAACAGUAACCAUUUUCUGUAACUAUCCAAUCACUGAACGUCACUUUCAAUCCCUUAUUUGCAUAUGUGGACCUGAGUGAAACCUAUCUACAGUAUCCUCCUUCUGGCCCAGGGUGAGAACUUCAGUACAUAACAGCUUUGCUGGAAAGAAGAUCCCAGCUUUGCUCCCCUGUCCCUUUCUCCUUGUGAAGCCACAGGGCAAAUGUCAGCUGUACCAGUGGCAAUCCUGCCUGGGAAGAGAGGUGUCAAGUUUUUCAGUUGUCUAGCCAGCAGGAAGAGGGUUGAAAUACCUUUGCCUUGGUGGUCUGCUUCCUGCUGGUAAUAGGACUUUGGCUUCAAGCUGGUCCACUGACGUGACCCAUAUCCAGCAAGGAAGCUCUUAGUGUUCUUUGCUCCUGUUUCCAGCUCUAGUUUUGAUAUUUGUUCAGUUCGUUACAGUUGAUUUUUUCCCUUUUAAUUCCUUCCAGAUGAGCACAAUGCCGGGACUUCCAACUAGGCCUUGUUUCUAUGACAUUGACCUGGACCCAGCGACUGGAGAAGUGACCGGCCUGUUCUAAAAUGAACUGACAGUCCAAAGUGAGUACUUCAUUGCUUGCUAUCCUGCAGGACUCCCCGCUUGCAACUGCUGGGUUUUUCCUAGCUCUGCAAUCACGCCUGGUCCCACCAUUCACUCUUCCCUGAAAUAGCGUGGAAGCCUUUUUUCCAUCAUGCAAUCCCUAUUCUGCAAUCCCAGGAACAUGCAUGUGAAAGAACUACAUAGUUGUUUGACCCACAUAACUCUAGAGAGCUGCAGUUGGCCAUCUAUUUUCUGCAUUUUUCAUCAUGGCUUGCGGUGCUAAGGACUAGUAACAUGAUUUCUUUUCUUUUUGUAGGUAUCCAAGCAAUACCAGUUUGGCGAAACCUGAAGAAGGUACCUCAAGGGGACACUAGGCAGCCUUUGGAAACAAAUUAGCCUGUGGCAUUUUUUUAAAAAAUAAUAAUCUGUAAUACUGUAUUUUUAAUUAGGUUGUCUACUUUUUAGUCACUACAGGUGAAAGUCUGCAUCAUGUUAAAUGCAAAGGGUGAUCACCAGAAUUAGUCAUAUUCAGGAGUAGAUCUAUGGACUUAACUCCAUUGAUUUCAGAGGGCCUACUCUGGCUAAUGUUGGCUAUCACCCAGAAACCUUUUAAAAUGGGUUCAAAACGUGGUUUUAAACAGUCAGUGAAAAGCAAUAUGCGGUUUUAACUAGGGUAGCAAACUUAUUAAAGACGUUUUAAUUGAUUAAUCACAUGAGUUUCGAUCUAUGCAGUAUGCAUAUGAGUAAACGGAAUAUUUCUAAGCAAAAGGUAGUAUUUUCUUUGUUAGUAGAUUGUAUGUGUCAUCUUUGGCAAUAUCAAAGAAGCGUUCUUUUGGAAAGAGAUGCUAGAGAAGGCUUCUUUUAGAAUGGUGUUUGCCUUCUGCACUUUUAAUAUUCGCAAUACUUUGUUAAAAAAUCUGCCCAGCUAAUUGGAGGAGAUCCUUUUUUGGGUUGGUUAAAAAAAAUGUAAUCAUGUAAUCCUAACUGAUUAAUCAGUUCAAACACUGCAGCCCUAGCAUCCUCUAUUAGUGCCUUAUGUACAAAAGUGUGUUUUUAACGUCUUAAAUCUUUGGUGUAAUUAUGAAUGCUAGUACAUUCCCAUGGAAUGGGGCAGUCAACUCUGCACAUAUCCCCAAGCUGCACAGCCCGUUCUGAAAUCAGCAAGGCAAUGCACAAUGGCAGAAGCACGCAGGCGGUAAGCCAGGUUCAAUCCCUUCGGUUAAAAGAAUCUCUGGAGGCAGGCCUGAGAAACUCCUGUGCCUGAGACCUUGAGUUCUUGCUUCUCAUCGUAGGCCAGGGUCAUCCAGUGCGGUGCCUUCCAAAUGAAGGAUGAACUACGACUCCCAUAAACCCUGGCCAUAGGCCAUUGCUGGUCGGGAUUCAUGGGCAUUGGAGGCCAGCAAAAAUCUGGAGGGCACUGCAUUGCCUAAGUUGUUAGUAGACAGUGCCUGCUAGUCACGAUGGUCGUAUACUACCUCCAGGAUCAGAGACGGUAUGAUUGUUAAACGCCAACUGCUGGAAAACAACAAUAGGGGAGUGCCGUCAUCCACGUAUCAUUCUGGAGGCCUUCCCACUGAGGCAGCUGGUUGGCCACUGUGGACAAACAGACCAGCAUUCUGACGGUGCAAAGGGUGCUUUGCAUGGUCUGUUGUUGUUUAGUCGUGUCCGACUCUUUGUGACCCCAUGGACCAGAGCACACCAGCACUCCUGUCUUCUACUGCCUCCCACAGUUUGGUCAAACUCAUGUUCAUAGCUUUGAGAACACUGUCCAACCAUCUCGUCCUCUGUCGUCCCCUUCUCCUUGUGCCCUCCAUCUUUCCCAACAUCAGGGUCUUUUCCAGGGAGUCUUCUCUUCUCAUGAGGUGGCCUACCCUAAUCAUUUAUUUACGCCUACCCUAAUCAUUGUCAGACAACAAGGAUGGCUGGGAACAAUGUGGACUUGUACGGUCAACCUUGAUGGCUUCUCGGGUGAUUGCAGAGGCAUCUGCUGCCGUAAGACACCUUGUUUGCCCGGGAUGUUCACCUGCACUGGGAAUGUACAAAAUACCUGAAUACCUCUCCUUUGAGUCCUUUUCUGACUCUCAGUCGUGCAACUCUGACAAAAGAAAUUAGAGAUGAUGGAUAGGAAACUUUCCUUGCUCCAUGCUUCUUUCUUAUUUCAUAAAAGGACAAAGUUCUUGGUUUUGCAUGCAGAAAAACAUCCCAGGUUCCAUCCACAGGUAGGGCUGGGAGAAAAAACCCUUUUCUGAAACCCUAAAGAGCCACUGCCAAUCAACGUAGACAGCGCUGAGCCAGAUGGACUGGGUCUGUAUAAGGCAACUUCCUAUGUUCCUGUGGGUUUUUUAAAACGUAUUUUUAAAUUAAUUUUGAAUAUAUGAACAUACAAUCAGCUUCAGUUCCCCAACCCAAUAACAACCCCAGCUAUGUACAGUUGCAUUAGUAACAAUAAAGUAAAACAUUGACUCGAUGGCUGCCGAUUUAUAAAGUGCUAUUCCACAGGCUCCCAUGUGUCUUGGGUGGUUCAUAUGCUUGUUCUUUCUUUGGUGCAAAUGAAAUAAUUCCUGUGGUUUUUAUGAUGGGUUUACUCCUGUUUGAAGUCCAGAUCCUGACCUCCAAGAGAGACCCAAAUUGGCCAGUGCUCUUUCCAUCUCCGUCAGCAUCGCUUAAGAGAAAUUUGCGUGCAGCCCUGAUUUUUCUUUUUUCCAGAAUCCGAAGUCCAAAAAUCCAACUCCAAAGGCUUUGCCUUCAGUGCUCCUUGGUGGGCACCUCUUUCUAUUUGUGGGGAGACUGGAUCUCCCACAUAAGACCUCAAGGAUGGGACUUUCCUCCCGCUUUGCCUUUUUAAUAGUUCCCUGGUGUUCACUGCCAAACCUUUAUUUCUUUUGUGCAACAUUCAUGUUUCUGCUCAAGUGAUCAAACAAGAUGCAAAAGCUGUUUCAAAUAAGGUUUGUCUCUCUCACACACACAGAGGAACAUCCUCUUUCCUCUCCCCCAAAAGAUAUAUUACUUCCUAAUGUGAAAAUGCAAUUGUUGCCAGACUUGUAAUUAACACAAAUAAACUGCUACAUCUUUGAAAAGCUCUCAGGUACUUGAUGAAUGUGCUGUGAUUAAUGUAGAGGAACUUGUUUUUAUUAUGAGUUCCAAAACUGUUUUGGGCAAGAGCCCUGGUUACUGGAAAUGGAUUAUAAAUGCUGCAAUAUUUGCUUCUGCAAUGCACCAACAUGGAUGGGGUUAAACCGGGGUCCUGAGUCUCUGGAAAGGGGAAAGGGAAAUGUUCACAUAUAGAAGGAAAUUCUAAGGCCAGACAUAUAGUCAACUGGAUUUUGAUGUAUAUCUGAGGUGUUUUCAUUGCCUGUGUGCCGUCGCCCUUCGUUCAAAGAGAUCGAGGGCAUACUACUUCUCAUUGAAACUCUUAUUAAAGCCUUCAGUUUAACUUAACCCUUAUACUCCUUACCUCCUCAACACCUACUGAAAAUAAAGCUGAAUUCAUUUUAGAUUAUUCUGUAGCUUAGUGGUGGUGCAUAUGCUUUACAGGUAAAAGAUCUCUAAACCACUGAGCCUCUUGGGCUUGCCAAUCAGAAGGUCGGCGGUUUGAAUCCGCACAACGGCGUGAGCUACCGUUGCUUUGUCCCAGCUCCUGCCAACCUAGCAGUUCAAAAGCAUAACCGUGCAAGUAGAUAAAUAGGUACCACUACAGCAGGAAGGUAAAUGGCAUUUAGACCUGCUGUCCACAUGACCCAGAAAGCUGUCUGUGGACAAACACCGGCUCCCUCGGCCUGAAGCGAGAUGAGCUCUGCGCCCCAUAGUUGCCUUUGAUUGGACUUAACCGCCCAGGGGCCCUUUACCUUUUGCCUUUUUAAAAGAUCUCCAUUUCAAACCAUGGCAUCUCUAGCUAAAAAGAUCAGGGUUGGAGGGGAAGGGGAAUACCUUUCUCUGAGACACUGUAGAGAUACUGCCAGCCAGAGUGGGAAAUACUGAGCUCUAUGGACAAAUAGUCUGACCUGGUGUAAGGCUGUGCUCUACAUCGGGGGUGCCAAAACCUGUGGUCCUCCAGGUGUUGAAUCACAGCUGCCAUCAUCCCUAGCAAUUAGCCAUCCUGGCUGAGACUUAUGAGAGCAACCUCUUUAGUGUGGCAGCUUCUCCACCCCUGUUCUGCUCGCAACUGAAAGCAUAUUCCUUACCAUUUUACUACCCAUUCACUCAGUUUGCAAAUGUCCUUUUGGAGCUGUUUGCAAUCUCUCUUUGUUUCACUGACUGAACUAUGCAGUAUGAUCAGCAAACUUGGCCACCUCACUGCUCCUAAUUCUUUAUGGUUUAUGAACAAGUUAAAAAGCAUGGGUCCCAAUACCGUGCCUGGUGUUUUGUAUGUGCCAUAGAAGUUCACUCCAUUGGUUAAUCUAACCAUAGGAAACAACUGUGUAGAAGAGAGAGCUUUUACUUGGCAAACACCAACACACCCACAAGCUGUUGGCAGUUGCUACAAGAAGUAUUCACUCUCUGAGCCCAGAGAGGGUUCUUUGCUUUCAAAGUCCACAAGGCAAGUACUAAGUUGAGAUGCUUUCAAAGUCCUGCAACUUCCAGAGUUCUCUUGAGUCCAGAAGACUUGUAAGUUGUCCACCUUCUCUCAGAUGAGCUCUUCUCAAAGCUUCCACAGUUCCAUAAAUUUCUCCAACAGUCUUCACAAGUCUCCCCUACGUCCCAACAAAGAAUACCAUAACCAGAGCCCUUUACGUACCUAAUGCUAUGUGCUAGUUUGCCAAGCAACUCAGAUAAGACAGUCACAGGAUGCUUUGCUGAGUUGGAAGGGACCACGAGGAUCCUCUAGUCCAACCCUGGCAAUGCAGGAAUAUUUUGCCCAACAUGGGGCUCAAACCCCCAACCCUGAGAUUUAAGAGUCUCGUGCUCUACCUACUGAGCUAUUGCCCACCCAUGUCAAGUGCACACCCAGGCUGGCUUCUAUGCAGUGUGUUAUGUGGGCAUAGAAUGCAGAAAGGGGCCAUAGCUCAGGGGCAGAGCAACUGCUUUACACACACAAAGUCCCAGGUUCAAUCCCACGUAUCUCAAGUUAGGUCUGGAGUGGGAACAUCCCAUGCUUGAAGUCCUGGCGUGCAACUACCAGGCAGUGUUGACACUACUAAGCUAGGAGGACCAGUGAUCUUACACGGUAUAAGGCAACUUCUGGUGCUCCUAAGUUCUGUAGUGGUGGCAAACCAAAAAAUUCUGGAGUUGCUUUCACAAGGGAGGAGCCCCUGUGUAGGCGAAAGGCUUGCUAUAUACAGCCUAGCUAUUGGGACACGGGUGAUGCUGUGGGUUAAACCACAGAGCCUAGGACUUGCCGAUCAGAAGGUCAGCGGUUCGAAUCCCUGCGACAGGGUGAGCUCCUGUUGCUCGGUCCCUGCUCCUGCCAACCUAGCAGUUCGAAAGCACGUCAAAGUGCAAGUAGAUGAAUAGAUACCGCUCCAGUGGGAAGGUAAACGGCGUUUCCGUGCGCUGCUCUGGUUCACCAGAAGCGGCUUAGUCAUGCUGGCCACAUGACCCGGAAGCUGUACGCCGGCUCUCUCGACCAAUAAAGCGAGAUGAGAGCCGCAACCCCAGAGUCUGCCACGACAGGACCUAAUGGUCAGGGGUCCCUUUACCUAUUGGGAAGAAGGAAAUUCAUGCAACAAUUAGUUUAUUGUCUUACCUGUAAAGAGCUUUGAAGCUUAAGAUGUUUCAUGUUCCCUUUAAACCCCCCCACCCCCAUUUUUAAGCAUUGUGUUCAAGCAAUGACAGCUGAUAGGGGUCUCCAAGGCAAAAGGAACCAACUGUUUUGGUGUCCUCCUGAGGUAGCUAUUCUGCAUGCAAUGUGCUGUACCCUGAGAGACUGGUAACUGGUGUGCUAUGAGGAAUAAAUCACGAAAGACUCCUGCGCCCGGCCACCAAGGAGGCUGUUGCACGCCUGUGUGAUUUAUUGCUGUCCCUUUGCCUGCUCCCAGUCAUUCUUUACUCACAGCGAAGCCAUAAGCUCAUCCGUCUUCUACAGCUCUGUGCUGGAAAUUAUCUGAACGGGCGCUCUCUGGGUGCCGAGAUUGCAGCAGAAGUCCCUCUCGUCCAGUAUGUUGUCUCUGCAUAAAUCACUAUUAGAGCACCCCCUUCCAAACAGCGUUGCACACCCAGAACAAAAGGGUCGUUAGCAGAGGGGCUGUAGAGGUUGUGCUUUGCAAGAUCAGGCAGCAGGUGCUGGGAAAGACCCUAUAGAGCUGCGGCCAGCCAGAAUAGAUUGUACUGGGCUAGAUCAAUAGUUUGAACUGGUAGAAGGCCACUUCUUCUGUUUUCAUGUCCCUAUGUGGGAAGCUAGUUCUUCUUGCACAACCCAGCAGGUUUUUUUUGGGAGGAUCAUAGAGUUGGAAGAGACCCUGAGGUUCAUCUAGUCCAGCCUCCUGCAGGAAUAUGCAGCUGUCCCAUAUGGGGUUUGAACCUGCUACCUUGGCAUUAAUAGCACCAUGCUCUAACCAACUGAGCUGUAAGGUGGUGUAAGAAAAGUGAAGAGUACCUCUCAAUUUCUUCUUCUACUUCUUUGAAAAAUGGUGUACUACCCAUUGGGAGUGUUACUACUGAGCUGAAUCCUAGAACAAUAGGAUCCAGAAUGCAGCAGUCCAAUUGGUCCGCAGGAGCCACCCAAUCCAGUUCCAGGUGCAAGUGAAUCAGUGACCUGAUUGGCCUGCAGGAACAGCCAAUCAGACUUCCGGAGGAGGUGAAUACGCAACCUGAUUGGCCUACAGGAGCAGCCCGGAAUUAGCCAAUCAUGCAGGGCCCAUUGUGUAAAUAAUGUAUAUGUAGCUAGACGUUUUGGGAAAAGAUUCAUUCUUUGCUACUAUGAGCUGAAUAAAGAGCAUGAAAUUCACACUCAACUCCACGAGUAUAUUUCAGGGGGAAAGUGUCCUAAGUUUUAGAGGACGCAACAGGUAGAAAAAUAAGUGGUCCGCCAUGACCGGCAGCUAUUCUCAAGUGGUCCAUGUGGGGGAAAGAGUAUGGGAACCGGUAAUCUAGGGUGCAUUCACAAUUAAACAUUUCCACCCCUCCAGUUACUUAACCAAGGCUUUCUGCCAUUCUAUGGGUCUGUACUGAGAAUUGCUAAAUCGGAAUCUCCAUUCAGCCACAAACUUGCAAUUGAAGAAUAGUGGCAGAGAGUUUACUCUUACCAACGGCACACGUACAAAUUUGUGUUAAGCCGUGGGUCUCAGGUUUUGAGAAGGGUCCCUUGGCAGGGGCAUACAAGACACCUCGGGGAAAGGGAGUGCAAAUUUCCAGGAAGGAAGAGGUUCCAGAGGGAGGCAAUUUGGAGACAAACUCUCUUUGCGGCAUCAUUUAACUCUGCAAUCAGCCAAAACGCUCCGUUAGCCAAGCUAGCUGCAGAUGAGCAGAUAGGGAGAUAGGACUCAUCUCUUGGGCCAGCUCAUCCGUUGCAAAGGAUUUAACUCUUAUUAGGACAUUAAUCCAUAUUAUCUUUACAAGGCCAAGCAAAAUAUUACAAGAUGCUGUGCAAGCUUUCACGUUCUCUUAUUCGGGGUUGCUGGUAAACGAAGAGGAGAGGAGAGGAAGGAACUUGCUAUUGCUAAGUUCUGGAGAUCUGUAAGCACAGAUUGAUUAGCAGUUGGGUUUACAUUGCUUGGGAACCGAAUUCUUAUGGAAAAAUCGACUGGCAAAGAUACAUUGACAAAGCAGCAAUGAAAAUUCUGGUAGGUUUUCUGCAGCUUGCUCCAGUUUUACAUCAUACGCACAUAAAAAGGCAACAUGAGCACAGACCACCUGCUUCUUCUGAGGAAAUGGAAAUACACUUUUUCUGAAAGAGGGAAAUUGUUUGUAUUAUACCGACUAAUUUGUUUGACAAGAUGCUGCACUCUUUGAGGGGCAUUCUGUUUGUUAUAUCUCUCUGUGUAUAAUUUAUUAAUUUAUUAUAAUUAUUAUUUAUUCAAUUUAUAUACCACCCUUUUUCAGAAGAUCCCAGGGUGGUGUACAACAUUAAAAACACAUUACAGAACAUCAGUGGUAAAAUAAUAAUAAAGACAGACAACCUAUCAUACAUAUUAAAAGUAAGGCGAAUGGCAGAGAUUUACAGUUAAGGAACGAUAAAUGUAUUUACGAGGUAUGGUUGCAAUUCAGAUUGCUAAGAAUGUCGUCUGCCCAUUUCCCUACAAAACGUUGAUCAUUUUUCCUACAUAGGCAGUUAUCUUUCUACAAGGGCUGACAUGGAUGCCAAAAUCCAGCAUCAUCUGAGCUCUGGGAGCGCAGCGUUCUCCUGAUGGAAGUGCAGAGUGUUUGAGGACCGGGACAUUCGCAGGGAAACCAAAAUGCUUGUUUACAAAGCUAUUGUCCUACCAAUCUUACUGUACGCUUGUGAAACAUGGACCACGUAUAAACACCAUCUCCAACUCCUCAAAAGAUUCCAUUAAUGGUGUUUCUGAAAAAAUUUACACAUCACUUGGGAAGACAGGUGAACAAAUGCACUGGAAGAAGUGAAGAUCACCAGUGUCAAAGCAAUGAUUCUUCAACAUCAACUUUGUUGGACUGGUCAUGUUGUUCAGAUGCCUGAUUAUCAUCUUCCAAAGCAACUACUCUAUUCCAAACUUAAGAAUGGAAAACGAAAUGCCAGUGGACAACAAAAUAGGUUUAAAGAUACUCUCAAGGCAAAUCUUUAAAAAUGCAGUAUAAGCAUGGAUAAUUGGGAAACACUGGCCUCCUGUUGGAGAAUAGCCUCUCCCAAAGGUGUCGUGGACUUUGAAGACGCUCAAACUCAGGACAAAAGGAGAAACGCGAUGAGACGAAGGCACACUUGGCAAACCCUCACUGUGAUCAACUCCCGCCCGGAAACCUAUGUCCCCACUGUGGAAGGGUAUGCGGAUCCAUAAUUGGCUUCCACAGUCACUUACAGACACACUGUUAAGACCAUAUCACAAUCUUACUCGGUUAUGAGUGAUCGCCAAAGAAGAAGUUCAUGAAUUCUUUCUCCAGGCCAAAACAGAGCCUCCUUGUCAGGUGCAGGCUACCAGCAGAAAAGCUAGAUUAUAAGGGUUUUGUGUUAUGGAGAAUCAAGGCAAUCUUAACAAAAAGAAAGUGGGGGUUAAUUUAAGGUGGUGUGCUAAACAGAAAAACUAACAGAAUCUGUUAGAGUGCUUCUUCAGAGAAAGGGAUCCCAUAGGCUUCUGGAAUAUGCUGGACUACAACUCCCAUCGUGCAUGGCUAUUGGCCACACUGGCUGGGGAUGAUGGGAGUUGGGAGUCCAACAGCCGUUGGCGGAAUGCCAUAGGCUCCCCCUCCCUGCCUCAUAGAAUGAAGUCCCAUCUCCAGAUACCCCACAUUUCCUGCAUCACAGGGGGUUGGAAUAGAUGGCUCUUGGGGUCCCUUCCACCUCUACAAGUCUGUGAUUCUACGAAAUAUCCUCUUCCUUCAGGCUAGGAUCGCACUGCUGAAUGGCCGACUUUGGCAUUCAGCUUGAUAAAGCUGGUGUUUUCAUUAAAGGGUUUAAUCUGGAAUGCAUCCCCAAUGUUUGCAUGAGUCGCAAUGGUGGGGGAACCCAUAGCAUAUCAACCAGUCUGAAGACAUUAGUAUUGCAAUCACCGGCUGCAUCUGUGCAGGCCUGGCCUCUUGGACUCGUUUCCCAUGUGCGGGAAGACAGCCAAGACAAAUUGGAUUCCUUUGAUAACGUUCAGACUGGACCAGCUGCUACUGCAUAAAGGCCUAAGCCAAGAUGGCGGCGUUCUAUCUCCCGUGUGAGAGGAAGGAAGACUCUGAAUGCCAGUUGGUGGUGCUUCGAUUUAUUACAUUUAUAUGCCACUUUCCAUUCAAAUGGGUCUCAAAGUGGCUUACAAGCAAUAAAUAACAAUAACAUGCUGGCUAGAACAUAACAGAACGUCACAAAUACAGAAUAAACUACCGUAUUUUUUGCACUAUAAGACUCACUUUUUCUCUCCUAAAAAGUAAGGGGGAAUGUGUGUGUGUCUUAUGGAGCAAAUGCAGGCUGCGUAGCUUUCACUGCGCAGUGAUCUCUCUUGCUGUUCUGGUUUCUGAGAUUCAGAAUAUUUUUUUUCUUGUUUUCCUCCUCCAAAAACUAGGUGCGUCUUGUGGUCUGGUGCGUCUUAUAGAGCGAAAAAUACGGUAAAUCAUCAGUAAAACAAUUGCAAUCUAUAAAGCACAAAGCAACAACUUAAACAAUAAGCCAUAUUAUAUUAUUAACAAAUCAAUUCAGCAUUUAUAAUCUAUAACACAGGGGUCAGCAAACUUUUUCAGCAGGGGGCCAGUCCACGGUCCCUCAGACCUUGUCGGGGGCCGGACUAUAUUGGAGUGGGUGGGUGGGAAUUAACGAAUUCCUAUGCCCCACAAAUAACCCAGAGAUGCAUUUUAAAUAAAAGGACACAUUCUACUCAUGUAAAAACACGCUGAUUCCCAGACUGUCCACGGGCCAGAUUUAGAAGGCAAUUGGGCUGGAUCCGGCUCCCAGGCCUUAGUUUGCCUACCCAUGCUAUAAAACAAUAUUAACCUUUAGCCAGAUCCAGCAGGGCUUCUUAUGUUGUUGACAAUGGAGUGUGCCUCGGGGGGUGAAGUCAAACUGCUGCGUUAGGAGACCAGUUUGGGGCACAAGCCUGGGCAGUGUAUAUUUAGGGAGUCCUGGGCUGCCCAAAGGACAAGACCUGCCUCUCAGCGCUCGUGGUGUGGUCCAAAGGAAAGCAGAGCAGUAUGUUUGGCACCAGCUUGGCUGUAGCAGUUGCAGGAAGGAGACACACGAGGCACCAUCCAUCCAUCUUAGGGACUCCAUUCUGGAUUUGUGGAGGGUUUAAUCCUUAGCCUUUUCGUCUCUCCAAUAUGUCCCCCAAGGCAGCGGAGGUUUAGGAUCAGAGUCUUCCUUCUCCUCGAUGGGCUACCUUCCCAGGCUGACGAGCCCCAUGUGCCUCUUGUUCAUAAACACCCCAUCAGAAUCCCCAAAUGCUUGUGUAAGUCGCAUCUCCCAUUAGCCCUGGUCACCGGGGUUUCCUGGUUGGAGCAGAUGGGAGUUGGAGUCCCACAACAGCUGCAGGGCCACAGGCUCUGUAUCCUUGACCUCAUGGAUGUUCUAAACCAGGCUCCUCCAGUCUGAUGUUGUCCAGAUGUUGAGGACUACAAACCCCAUCGGCCCCGGCCAGCAUGCCCAGUAGACAAGGAUUCUGGUGGCUGUCGGGAGUCUGCAAAAUCAAGAGGGCACCACUGCAGGUGUGGAAAAACGCCUGGAGGUGAAGAAUAACAGGACAGGUACCCAGACUUGUCUCAAACAGAUACAGUGGGCAGUCAUGGGAUAGAGCACUGGCUGCCAAUUAGUUUCCGGGCCCAGUUCAAAGCGCUGUUUUUGACCUAUAAAGACUUACACAGCUCAGGCGCUCAAUACCUUAAGGAACGUCUGUCUCCGAACACUGAGUUUGUAAUCUCUAUAUCCCCACCUCCUUGAGAGGUUUGGAGGGUGGCAGCGUGAGACGGGGCCUUUUCUGCAGUGGCUCCCCAACUAUGGAACACUCUCCCCAGAGGUGAAAAUAUUCCUCUUUACCCAGGCCUUCGGUUACUGAAUAAUCUAUGGCCUGUUAAAUGUGCGAGAGACUGUUAUUAUGAUUACAUGGUUAUUAUGAUGUGUAUUAUGUUUUCAUUAUUAUGCUGAGUAAAUUAUGUUCUUAAUGUUGUACACCGCCCUGGGACCUUUGGAUAAAGGGAGGUGUAUAAAUUGAAUAAAUAUUGUAGUAACCUGACUGCACUAUAAAGGCUGGUUCACACAUUCGUGUUUGCCAGCUGGUGAAAAUAAGGCACAGUAACUUGCAGAUGUGAAUGGGGCCAUCAUUGCUCUGACACAAGGGAGGCAGUGCUCAUACCCUGAACCAUCACAAACACCCCCAUGUUUGAGGGAAGGGGAAGGCGCUAUCUCUGCGUGGAGAAGGUGUCAGGUUCGAUCCUCGGAAGAAAUAGUUUUGCUUUUUUUUUUUUACAAAGGAUCCGGUAUGAGACGAUGGGAAAGGCUCUCCGCCCAGACCCUGGAGAGCCAUAUGGGGGCUUCAAACGGACACACAGCACUUCCCUCCAGCGCCCUCAGAGAAAACAACCGACGCGCGUGCGAACGUGUGAACCUGCGCCCUUGCUGCACUAUGCGGAAGAGAAGCGCGCGUUUGCAGGACAUGCGUUAUGGGAAACGUUUCCAUCUUUCCACGCAGCAGCGACACCUGCAUGUUUCCAGGGCACGUAGGUCUGGUUCGUCACCUAUACGCUAGUUUCUUGGCGGGGGGGCCAACCCGGCGUCUGUUAAUCCGAAUUAAGGACCGGGGGUGGGCGGCACUUUUCCUCCUGCAUUUGCCGCGACCCGAUCCUGGGCGGGGAGCUUCGCCUUGGCGCGCCGAGGGGGCGCCCGAAGGACGGCUCCCCGCCUCCUCUCCCCUCCCCGCGGCCGUCCAGUGGGCGGAUCUCGUCGGCGCCGCGGCAGGAGGAGAGCGCGAGCGGCGGGCAGGCAGGCAGGCAGGACGGCAGCGCGGGCGAGGCGCGGGGCGCGGCGGCCGGAGCGCAAGGUGAGCCUGGCGGGGCAAGCGAUCGCCCCGGGGAAGCGGUUGCACAUUGCCAAGGCGGGAGCGGGGAUGCAGAUCCGGAGCGGGCGGCCAGGCAGGCAGGCAGGCGAGCACCGAGGCAGCAAGCGCGGAAUCCCGCUGCAGCAAAUGCCCGGGGGUGCAUCGCGCACGGCGGCCCGGGAGUGCCAAGCGCCCGGGAGGAAGAGGGGCGGGACGGGCGAGCAGCCGCAGGCAGCCCCCACCGGUGCAACGAGGGGGAGCGCGCGGCGUGCAGAGCCGCGGAGGCGUGCAGCAGCAGCAGCAGCAGCAGCGUGCGCGCUGGGGGCUUGGCGGUGGGGAUGUGCGUGCCGGGCGCCUUGCAAGCGCGAGGCUUUUGCAGCUGCACAAGGGCAGCGCGCCCGCUUGUUCUGCAAAGAAAGGCGCCCCUCGAAGCUGCAAGGCGCGCCCGCUCCCAGGCUCCGCAGCCGGGAUGAGGAUCGCCUGAGCGCCAGCAACAACGAGGUGCAGGUAGUAGCAGGUUCCCCUUAAAUGAUAGGCAGUAUUUGGGGUGGGGGGAGUGAUUAAAAAAGAAAGAGCGGUGCAUAGCCCAGGUCUUGGUCCGCGUAAGCCGCUUGUUAGAGAUUUCGACGAUUAAGCGGCAUACAAAUUUUUCAAAAGGGAGAUAUGCAAAUCUUCACGCGGCCAACCUGAGCAUGGUCCCUUGGGGCAAAGCGAAGGGCUCCUUCUCAGCCUCAGUGACUUGUCUGUAGAAUGGGUGCCUCGGGGAUCUCUUGCCCGGUGGUUUGGAAAGGUCUUGCUGGUUCCCGGAGUCGGUGCUGGCAGCUUCAAUCCUUUGUCUGAAGAACAGGUGGAAUUGUAGACUGGCACACUUUCUGUGAAUCGAGAGUCAGCAGUUCUGACUGCAGGUAUUCGGGGCUACCUUUACGACGUACCUUUAAAAUAAAAUUUUAAAAUCCCACUUAAUGGAGUCCUGCAAAAAUGCUGGGUUUGCAGUACAGAAACUACCUUGUAGGGGCUUGUCGCUCUUGUGAGCGGCGUCAGAUUUUUGCAAAUCAAAUUUGCAUGCUAUUAUAUACAUUAGACAUGCACAAGGCAGCUUGUGUUUUGCAGGGUUUGGCUAAUUGAUUUAAAAGGUUAUCUGGCUUAACCGGGUGUCAAUUUUUUUAAUAUAUGUAUAAUACACCCAUAUUGUGGUGCCUGGCAGGUAGCAGCUUAGAAUGCCCCCCCCCCCCGUUUUUCUUGAAUAGAGGAAAUAAUGCUUUCAGUGGAACUUGAUGUGACAGGUGGAAAUCAUUUUUUAUCCUGGCCUUUAACACCUGUGACAGGUGUUUCCACCCUAUUCCUGUGACUGUAAUUUGUUUUAACUGUUUUCAAUACCCCUUUCUUAAAAAAAAAACCUUCCAAACUAUUGUUCAUUCAUUUGCAAAUAAAUACCAAUGUAAUCAGAUAACGAGGUUGUAGGAUUGACUAACAUUUCUUUCACCCUGGGGUUGUGCUUGCAGAAAAAUACACGAUAAUGGCUGUCACUGCAACUCCCCCUUUCUCUCAGUGCAAGGACUGCUAAAAACGUUCUUUGCGCUAUAUGGCUUCAUUCUGUGCUCUGGCUUUCUUCUCUGCCACUGGCUGCUUUUUUUGCAGCUGGCUCCGUGUACCGAGUUCCGAUCAAGACAUGCAAAGAACUUCCCCAGUGGUCGUGUAGAAUGGGUGGAGGUACUUAACAUUGUUGUUGUUUAGUUGUGUCCGACUCUUCGUGACCCCAUGGACCAGAGCACGCCAGGCACUCCUGUCUUCCACUGCCUCCCGCAGUUUGGUCAGACUCAUGUUUGUGGCUUCGAGAACACUGUCCAACCAUCUCAUCCUCUGUCGUCCCCUUCUCCUUGUGCCUCCAUCUUUCCCAACAUCAGGGUCUUUUCCAGGGAGUUCUUCUCUUCUCAUGAGGUGGCCAAAGUAUUGGAGUCUCAGCUUCAGGAUCUGUCCUUCCAGUGAGCACUCAGGGCUGGUUUCCCUAAGAAUGGAUAGGUUUGAUCUUCUUGCAGUCCAUGGGACUCUCAAGAGUCUCCUCCAGCACCAUAAUUCAAAAGCAUCAAUUCUUUGGCGAUCAGCCUUCUUUAUGGUCCAGCUCUCACUUCCGUACAUCACUACUGGGAGAACCAUAGCUUUAACUAUAUGGACCUUUGUUGGCAAGGUGAUGUCUUUGCUUUUUAACAUUGGGCACCUUUAAUGAUGCAGUGUCAGACUGGGACCUGGGAAACCAGGGUUCAAAUCCUCCAUUCAGCCAUGAAUCUCACCUUUUUGGGUCUAGUUCACACACGCAUUUACAUUGCUAGAUUUCUCUGCGCUCGGUGGCUGUGUGAACUGGCUCCCAUUGCGAGUGGCAGGGACACACUGCAUCAGAAUGGUGCACAACUUUCACCAGUGGUCUUCAGGUUUGUCCCAUGGCACAUGCUGAUCACCAGUGGAAGCUGACGUCAGUGGCUGCUAAUAUGUAGGCAUGGACCUUGCAUCUUUCUCGCGCCCUCUCUUUUCUUUGCAGACUUUCUCGUGUUUCUGAUCAUAGCAAGUUCAAGCCCAACGGCGUCGAGAGCUGCUAUCACAGCUCGGCCGGCUUGCUCCAGAACACAGGUUCCUUCUUCUGGGAACAGGCUUGAACUUUGCCAUUCUAACAGAAUUGCUGCUUUCUCAAAUACUAUCUGCCCAUGUGGAACCAUUUAAAUAGAGCGGGUGGAAUUCAGCGCUGCACUGUUGCACUUGUUCCGGCUUUCACAAGCAAUUUCAGCUGGCCAGUGCUGUCCUGGUCAUUCUCCCCGCACCAAAAGAGUGAAUUUCACAGGGAGGGGGGAGCCUGGUUUUGAGAGCAGAAGUUUUUCCGUAGGGCACCUGCCAAUGGAGGUGAAUCCCGCCGAGUAUACGUACCGUAUUUUUCGCUGUAUAAAACGCACUUUUCUCCUCCUAAAAGGUAAGGGGAAAUGCGAGUGCGUCUUAUGGAGCGAAUGCAGGCGGGAGGCUCUGCUCAGCGCACCCUUUAAAGAGCCGCGUGGAGCGUGUGUGCGGCUCUUCGGGGCUUUUCCCCGAGGAGGGAGAAGGGCUGCCCUGGCUUCUGGGAUUCAAAAUAUUUUUUUCUUGUUUUCCUCUUCCAAAAACUAGGUGCGUCUUAUGGUCUGGUGCGUCUUAUAGAGCGAAAAAUACGGUAAUUGGUUUCAUAAGGUGCCUCUUUAGAGCUAGACAUGGUGGUUAGAAUACCAGACUCGGUCUGUAGAGAGAGGGAGCAGGAGGAGAGAGAGAGGCAGGUUCAAAUCCCCACUAAGCCAGGACUGGGUGACCUUGAGCCAGUCACCAGCCUACCUCAAAGGUUUGUUGUAAAGGUAAGUUGGGGGGUGCAGGUGGCGCUGUGGUCUAAACCACUGAGCCUCUUGGGCUUGCCGAUCAGAAGGUCGGCGGUUCGAGUCCCCGCGAUGGAGUGAGCUCCCGUUGCUCUGUCCCAGCUCCUGCCAGCCUAGCAGUUCGAAAGCACAUCAGCGCAAGUAGAUAAAUAGGUACCGCUGCAGCGGGAAGGUAAACAGCAUUUCCAUGCACUCUGACUUCCGUUGCAGUUGUUUGGCUUCGCCAGAAGCAGUUUAAUCAUGCUGGCCACAAGAACCGAAAAGCUGUCUGUGGACAAACGCCGGCUCCCUCGGCCUGAAAAGCGUGAUGAGUGCUGCAACCCCAGAGUCACCUUUGACUGGACUUAGCCGUCUAGGGGUCCUUUACCUUUUACCUAAGCAUGGGGUAGAAAUAGAGGUAGUAAUAAUAUUUAGGUUUAUACAGCACAACAAGCUUCAGGUCAUUGGUGGCUCGCCACAAAUUAGCCCAGGGCUGAAAUCUUUUUCAGGCACAAACUACACAUGUAUAGUUGAUUGCAUAGACUUUCCAAACGGACUUGGGUUUUUAUAGAAAGGAAGUCAUAGACAGAUGAACUUAUGUUGCAGCAAAUCUUCAUAGAAUCAUAGUAUCGUAGAGUUGGAAGCAGGGUGGAUAAAAAUCAAGGUUUUUGGUUUGUUUUUAAACCAAACUAACAGAUUUUUUAAAAUUUGAAACAGAUUUUUUUAUUUAAAUCAGAUUUUUUAAAUUUAAAACAGAUUUUUAAAAUAAAAUGCUUUUGGAGGAAAUAUCUUUCUAAAGAUUUUCUAUUUAAGUUACAUUAUAGUGCAAAGGCUAUUCAUCAGGAAAUAAGGAUUUGUUUUAAGUUUUUCAUGUGUCCUAAAAACUCAGUCUAAGUUGUUUUAAAAAAAUGUUCAGCCACAUCAGUUAACAAGCAUGGAUACAUAUGCUAUAAUGUUAUUGUUUUAGUUAAAUAAAUUGUUAUGAAGGAAAUGAUUAUUUUUCUCGUUCCAAUAAAGUACAGCAGAGCAGUUGUCAAAAUAUAAACAGUUCACUUAUUAAACCUCACCAUAAUUUCAUCAUUAUCGGUCUAUGUAUUUCUAAGAGUAUCACCAAAUCAGUAAUUUUUGAUAGAACUGUAAAAACAACUCUGAAAAUUUAUUAUUCCAAAAAUGAAACCUUCAUCUAGUUGCAAAUAUUAAGGUGGUACCAGCAAGAAUGAGUCUUUCUGUAAAAAAAAAAAGAGAUAUAAAUCAAGUCUUACUGACUAGUGAUUUAAAUCAUUAGCCAGUAAGACUUGAUUUAAAUCUUCUUUUUUUAACAGAAAGACUCGUUCUUUCUGGUAUCACCUUAAUAGUUGGUUAAACAUUUGGUUAAACACUUAAGAUGUGUUUAAACAUUUCAAAUUCACCCUGGUUGGAAGGGACCCCUAGGGAUCAUCUAGUCCAACCCCCUGCAAUGCAGGAAUCUCAGCUAAAGCAUCCAGUACAGAUAACCAUCUAACCUCUGCUCAAAAACCUCCAAGGAUGGACAGCUCUUUAAGUUGAAGUCACCGCUAGCGAAUGUGCGCAGCUAUCGUUGGAGUCCACUGGCCUGAUCUUGCGUUGACCUGAAGGCAGGAGGAAUGUUUAGAUGGGGCAUCUUGUUUUACUGCAGCCACCCGCAACGUGGAUAUUGUUGUCCUCCAGACUCCCAUCAGGCCUUGCCAGCGCGGCCAACGGGCAAGGAUGAUGGGAGUUGUAGUCCCAAGAGGGUGUCGGAUAUCACCAGACCAUGGUCCCAUCUGCCGCAGCCCUCUCUGCUCCCUGAGAGAGGUUUGAGGCGCAGGAUCCUUCCCCAAACAGCUCCCAUGUUGUUAUUUAGUCGUUUAGUUGUGUCCGACUCUUCGUGACCCCAUGGACCAGAGCACGCCAGGCACUCCUGUCUUCCACGGCCUCCCGCAGUUUGGUCAAACUCAUGCUGGUAGCUUUGAGAACACUGUCCAACCAUCUCGUCCUCUGUUGUCCCCUUCUCCUUGUGCCUCAAUCUUUCCCAACAUCAGGGUCUUUUCCAGGGAGUGUUCUCUUCUCAUGAGGUGGCCAAAGUAUUGGAGCCUCAGCUUCAGGAUCUGUCCUUCCAGUGAGCACUCAGGGCUGAUUUCCUUCAGAAUGGAUAGGUUUGCUCUUCUUGCAGUCCAUGGGACUCUCAAGAGUCUCCUCCAGCACCAUAAUUCAAAAGCAUCAAUUCUUUGGCGAUCAGCCUUCUUUAUGGUCCAGCUCUCACUUCCAUACAUCACUACUGGUAAAACCAUGGCUUUAACUAUACGGACCUUUGUUGGCAAGGUGAUGUCUCUUCUUUUUAAGAUGCUGUCUAGGUUUGUCAUUGCUUUUCUCCUAAGAAGCAGGCGUCUUUUAAUUCAUGACUGCUGUCACCAUCUGCAGUGAUCAUGGAGCCCAAGAAAGUAAAAUCUCUCACUGCCUCCAUUUCUUCCUCUUCUAUUUGCCAGGAGGUGAUGGGACCAGUGGCCACGAUCUUCGUUUUUUUUUAUGUUGAGCUUCAACAGCUCCCAUAGAGCCCUACAACUAGAGGCGCCAGGUGUGGAAGCUGAGGUGCUCUACAUGCCAAGCAUGUGCUCUGGGCCAGGGGUCCUCUGGCUGUUAGACAGCUGUUAAAACAGCUGCUCUAAACCAGCGUUUGAGGUGGGUGUACCAAAGGCUUAGCUCCCUUUAUUCCUGCAUUGCAGGGGGUUGGACUAGAUGGCGGCUUGAGAUUACUUCCAACUCUACAAUUCUAUGAUAUAAAAAGUCCCCCCCCCAAUAAUAUUUAUUAAAUUUCAUACAAAGGCAUAACUUAAACAUAACAUAAAAAGAAAAAAACAAUAAUAAAAGAAAAAAAAGAUAAUAGAGAAAAUAAAAUAUUACAAACCUCCCACAUACCACCACAUACAUAAAUACAAUAAGACUUAAAAAUUAAUUAGUUAAACUCCAACUUCAUAAACAUAUUACUUGACUUCCUCUAAUCUCUUCCUUGUAAUUGAAUGUAGCAGUUUCCAAUAUCAUUAUUCCAUAUAACAAUAUUCCGGUUAUAAUCAAAUUUCCUAACUUUUCUUAUCCUUCUGUUUCUUAUUUAUUUAUUUAAUCCUAAUUUGAUCCUAGGCCUAAUUAGUUCUUUCAAGUAAUUACAAAUCUUUAAUGUUACAAUAUUUAUUCAAAUAGUCUUUAAAUUUCUUCCAGUCUUCUUGAUUUUCCUCUUCUUUCUGGUCACGGAUUCUCCCGGUGAGAUCAGCUAGCUCCAUAAAGUCCAUCAUCUUCAUCUGCCAUUCUUCUACCGUUGGUAAUUCUUGUGUUUUCCAUUUUUUGGCUAUUAAAAUCCGUGCAGCAGUUGUGGCAUACAAAAAUACUUUUACAUCUCUUUUGGGCAGUUCAGAACCUAUUACUCCAAGGAGAAAGGCCUUUGGUUUCUUCAUAAAUGUAUAUUUCAUCAUUUUAAAAAAUUCAUUAUAAUUUUUUCCCCAGAAGUCUUUUACCUUUUUUUAAAAAAAAGUCUUUUACCUUUUACCGAGGAAGCAGGCUUAGUCGUUGUUUGAGGACUAUCCCUGCCUCCAGGUCUGGUCCUGACCGGAAGAAUACUGGAAUCAACAAGGGAAACCCACAUGACCUGAAAGUGUUGCUGUGCAAUGCCAGGUCAAUGAUGAAUAAAACCUCUGCCAUCCACGACCUGAUUGUGGAUGGAGGAUUUGACCUGGCAUGUGUGACAGAGACCUGGUUGGAUGAAGCAGAUGGGCCCGUCCUUGCCGCUGCUUGUCCACCAGGUUUCUCUUACGCACAGCAACCCAGGCCUUGUGGGCGGGGAGGGGGGGUUGCAGUGAUUUUUAGGAAGUCAUUAGUUUGCACCAGGCGUCCUAUUGGAAAGACCCAGUUCUCUGAGUGCAUGUUCUGGAAGUUGGGCAAUAGGGGCAGUACAGGAUUCCUAUUGGUGUACCGACCUCCCCGCUGCACCAAGGAUUCCCUGCCCGAGCUGCUUCAGGUCGUGGCGGAUGUCCUCCUGGAGACACCUAGUUUGGUUGUCCUAGGGGACUUUAACAUCCAUGCCGACACGACCUUACAAGGGGCCGCUCGGGACUUCGUGGAAAGCAUGGCCUCCAUGGGGCUGUCCCUGAAUAAGUCUGGCCCAACUCAUAGCCACGGGCAUGCCUUAGACCUGGUGUUCACCUCUAUGGAUGUUGGUGAUCUGACAUUAAGUAAAAGCGAAACCAAAGAAGUGCCAUGGUCAGAUCACUUCCUGGUGCAACUGGACUUCUCCGUGACCCUUCCCUCUGCAGGGAGGCGGGACCGAUUCAGAUGGUCCGCCCCGCCACUUAAUGGAUCCAAAUGGUUUCCAGAGAGUGGUAGGGGAUGUUUUAUCCCAUGUUGAUGGCCUUUCAGCUGAUUCCCUGGUGGCCCGCUGGAAUGUGGAGUUAACCAGGGCUAUUGACUGUUUGGCUCCAAAGCGCCCUCUCCGAUUGCAUGGAGUCCGGACAGCCCCGUGGUUUUCCACGGAUCUGAGGGCAAUGAAACAAUCGCUGAGACGGCUAGAGCGCCGGUGGCGGAUAACCCAUUCUGAAUCUGACCGGACACGGGUUAGAGCUCAAUGUCGAGCCUACCAAGUGGCGAUAGCGACGGCGAAGAAGACUUUCUUCACCGCCUCUAUUGCAUCUGCGGAAAACAGCAGCAGGAGACUCUUUCAGGUGGUUCGCAAUUUAGCGGAACCACCUGCUCCAUCAGGGCCCAGUAGCGGCCACAUGAUCUCCUGCAAUGACUUUGCAAAGUUUUUUGCAGAUAAAGUCGCUCAGAUUCGAGAAGAGGUAGACUCCACCGUGGGAGCAGGGCCGGGGCGGGAGAGUGCUAGAGUCCUGUCUAGUCAAGUUGUGUGGGAUCAAUUCCAAUCUGUUACCCCCGAGGAUGUGGACAGGCUGCUUGGACGAGUGAAACCAACCACUUGCCUCCUUGAUCCUUGCCCAUCCUGGCUUAUAAAAGCUAGCCGGGAAGGACUGGGCGAUGGGCUUCGUGGGGUGGUGAUUGCUUACCUCCGUGAGGGAGGCGUCCCCGACCCGCGGAAAGAGGCGGUUAUUAAACCGCUUCUUUAAAAACCAUCUUUAGAUGCGGCCACGAUAGCCAACUAUCGCCCAGUCUCAAAUCUUCCAUUCUUGGGCAAGGUGAUUGAGCGAGUGGUUGCUGAACAACUCCAGGCACGCCUGGAAGAAGCGGACCAUUUGGAUCCCUUCCAGUCGGGAUUCAGGCCUCAUCAUGGGACUGAAACUGCCUUGGUCGCACUGGUUGAUGAUCUCCGGCGGGCUAGGGACAAAGGUGAGAGCUGUUUCCUAGUUCUGCUGGAUCUCUCAGCGGCGUUUGAUACCAUCGACCAUAACAUCCUUCUGGACCGUCUUGAGGGGCUGGGAGCUGGGGGCACUGUUAUACAGUGGUUCCGCUCCUUCCUCCUGGGCCGUGUUCAGAAAGUGGUGGUGGGGAUGAGUGUUCAGACCCCUGGGCCCUCACUCUGUGGGGUGCCUCAGGGUUCUGUCCUCUCCCCAUGCUUUUCAACAUCUACAUGAAGCCGCUGGGAGAGAUCAUCAGGGGAUUUGGGCUGGGUGUUCAUCAGUAUGCAGAUGAUACCCAGCUCUACCUCUCUUUCAAAUCAGAACCAGUGAAGGCAGUGAAGGCCCUGUGUGAGUGCCUGGAGGCGGUUGGAGGUUGGAUGGCGGCUAACAGAUUGAGGUUGAAUCCUGACAAGACAGAAGUACUGUUUUUGGGGGACAGGAGGCGGGCAGGUGUGGAGGAUUCCCUGGUCCUGAAUGGGGUAACUGUGCCCCUGAAGGACCAGGUGCGCAGCCUGGGAGUCAUUUUGGACUCACAGCUGUCCAUGGAGGCACAGGUCAAAUCUGUGUCCAGGGCAGCUGUUUACCAGCUCCAUCUGGUACGCAGGCUGAGACCCUAUCUGCCUGCGGACUGCCUCGCCAGAGUGGUGCAUGCUCUGGUUAUCUCCCGCUUGGAUUACUGCAAUGCGCUCUACGUGGGGCUACCUUUGAAGGUGACCCGGAAACUACAACUAAUCCAGAACGCGGCAGCUAGACUGGUGACUGGGAGCGGCCGCAGAGACCACAUAACACCGGUCUUGAAAGACCUACAUUGGCUCCCAGUACGUUUCCGAGCACAAUUCAAAGUGUUGGUGCUGACCUUUAAAGCCCUAAACGGCCUUGGUCCAGUAUAUCUGAAGGAGCGUCUCCUCCCCCAUCGUUCUACCCGGACACUGAGGUCCAGCACUGAGGGCCUUCUGGCGGUUCCCUCACUGCGAGAAGCCAAGUUACAGGGAACCAGGCAGAGGGCCUUCUCGGUAGUGGCGCCUUCCCUGUGGAACACCCUCCCACCAGAUGUCAAAGAGAACAACAACUACCAGGCUUUUAGAAGACAUCUGAAGGCAGCCCUGUUUCGGGAAGCUUUUAAUGUUUGAUGUAUUAUAGUAUUUUAAUAUUCUUUUGGAAGCCGCCCAGAGUGGCCGGGGAAGCCCAGCCAGAUGGGCGGGGUAUAAAUAAUAAAUUAUUAUUAUUAUUAUUAUUAUUUUUUUCCCUCUUGCAAUGUGCUUGCAAUUUUUUUUUUAAAAAAAUAAUAAUAAAUGAAAAGGGGGGAUGGGGUGGGCAUCCGGAAUUAUUAUUUGAUUCCACCCACCACUGAACCCAGUGGUGUUUCCAUUUCAUGUAUACAUGCAGAACCUGGGAAUCUAACCCUCCGCACAAGUGGGGAGACGCCUGUGCUGUUGCUAUCACGAAUCAUUUGUAAGGGCACAGGGAUCUCAACGAAAGCUCUUAGAGUGAGUAAUCGGAUGUUUGGGAUGAGCCUGAGGCUUUGCUGCGAAUCUUGGUUCUCGGCGGAAAACUCCCCCUCCUUCCUUCCACCCACUUUUAGAAGUACAGUGGUACCUCGGGGUACUUACCGUAUUUUUCGCACCAUAGGACGCACUGGACAAUAGGACGCACUUUGUUUUAGAGAGGGGAGAACAAGAAAAUUUUUUUCCCCCUCUCUGCCCAGCGCCCCUUCAGCGAAGUGGCAGGAGGCGCUGUGCAGAGAGGGGGAGAACUUUCCCCUCUUGUUUUCCCGCUCUAAAACAAGGUGCCGUUUAAGGUGCGAUCAGGCGGCUACCUUGGAAGCCUGGAGAGCGAGAGGGGUCGGUGUGCACUGACCCCUCUCGCUCUCCAGGCUUCAGGUUCCUUUCGACCUGCUCUUUGGGGCUGGCGGGGGAAGCCCACCACCAGCCCCAAAGAGCAGGUCAGGGAGCAGCGGAAAGGCGCAGCGGAGAGGCUCCUGCCAUAGCCGCGCGUCACCUCUCCAGCCGGGAGAGGGUCGCGGGGGGCUGCUUUAGCCCCGCGCGCACUCUCCCGGCUGGAGAGGUGACACGGGGCUGUAGAGGUUCCUGCCAUAGCCGCGCGUCACCUCUCCAGCCGGGAGAGGGUCGCGGGGCUAUGGCAUCUUCGCUCCAUAGGACGCACACACAUUUCCCCUUCAUUUUUGAAGGGGAAAAAGUGCGUCCUAUAGAGCGAAAAAUACGGUAAUUCGUUCCGGAGGUCCGUUCUUAACCUGAAACUGUUCUUAAACUGAAGCACUACUUUAGCUAAUGGGGCCUCCCGCUGCCACCACCAUGCGAUUACUGUUCUCAUCCUGAAGCAAAGUUCUUAAUCUGAAGCACUAUUUCUGGGUUAGCGGAGUCUGUAACCUGAAGCGUAUGUAACCUGAACCGUAUGUAACCCAAGGUACCACUGUAUCACAAUGGCAUUUGCGGUUGAAGGGCUUCGCCCGUAGGUAGCGGCCGCGAAAUGCUGAAGACAUGUGCUUGGCGAUUUAUGCUGCAGUUGCUAUGGAAAGGGAAAGCAAGACUAUAAAUAAGCAUCCCUUGUGCAGCGCAGCUCGCCUUUUUGAAGCAGAAAGCCGUGGGUGCUAGCAAGAAAGCGCCUAUAUGACGUUUGUGUCGCAAACGGGACUUGGGUUCCCACAAAGUAGACAUCCCUUCCUGUCCACGGCACCAGGGCAUAUAUAUUUUUGCAGAACCUGAGCUUUCUUCAGGAGUUUGUUGAUGGUGGGGAUGACUCGUCCUCUCUGCUGCAGAGGGCCUUCUCGGUAGUGGCGCCCGCCUUGUGAAACACCCUUCUGUCAAAUAUAAAACAAAUAAACGACUACAGUGGACCCACCGGAUACAAAUUAAAUUUGUUCCGGGGGUCGUCCGCAUCCCGAAAAGUCCGUAGGCAAAAGCGCCGCUUCUGUGUGCUGGACGCGCAGAGUGCUUCUGCGCAUGUGUGCACGACAAAACACGGAAGUAUACACUUCCGGGUUUGCAGCAUUUGUAACCCGGAAGUUAUGUAUCCAGAGCGGUCUGUAACUAGAAGGUCUACUGUAUGUGACUUUAAGAAGACACCUGAAGGCAGCCUUGUAUAGGAGAGUUUUUAAGGUUUGAUGCUCUUUUAUGUUUUUAUAUCUGUUGGAAGCUGGAGUCGGGGUUUGAAGCAAUUCUCCACAUCUAGGCAGAUGUUUAACUGAUCAUCAAAACGGCAACUGGACAUUCCAUUUUGGCCACUGUAACUUUGGUUUGAUGCCUUUUGAUGCCUUGCUUACACAGUUGUACCUUGGUUUUCGAACAGCUUCGUUCUCAAACGUUUUGGCUCCUGGACGUCGCAAACCCGGAAGUAACUAUUCUGGUUUGAGAACUAUUUUUGGAAGCCGAACGUCCAAUGGGGCUUCCGCGGCUUCUGAUUGGCUGCAGAAGCUUCCUGCCGCCAAUCAGAAGCCGCGCUUUGGUUUCCGAACGUUUUAGAAGUUGAACGAACUUCCGGAACGGUUUCCGUUCGACUUCCAAGGUACGACUAUAUCUGAGUUUCUAACACUGCUUUCCUCCACUGUAUUUUCUGUUUAUGGCUACAUUCAAUAGAGAUGUAAACUUGGGGCCCCUACAGUCAAACCCAAUACCUGCCUACAAAGGUGGUUAAAUAUAAAUAAAAAAAUAAAAUAAAGCGCUUCUCCCUGCAAAGCAGUCUGAUUAUUUUUUGGAGCAUUAAUUUGUGUGGGCACCCUGUGUACAGUGCAAUAUUACUUUCCCCCAUUUUUCUUUCUCUCUCCCCCCCCCUGCAGGUGCCCACAAAGCAAUCCCAUCAAUGAGGAAAGUUGUUGCGUUUUAUAA